AUGUCAACACAAGCACCAACGUUCACACAGCCGCUGCAGAGCGUCGUGGCACUAGAGGGUAGUGCCGCGACGUUCGAGGCUCAAGUUAGUGGUUCUCCAGUUCCUGAAGUGAGCUGGUUUCGUGAUGGCCAGGUUCUUUCCGCCGCCGCUUUGCCCGGCAUUCAAAUCUCGUUCAGCGACAGCCGCGCUGUUCUGAGGAUCCCUGCUGUGACCGCCGCACACAGUGGGAGAUUUUCUGUCAGAGCAACCAACGGAGCUGGACAAGCAACGAGCACCGCUGAACUCCUCGUUACAGCCGAGACAGCGCCCCCUAGCUUCCUCCAGAGACUGCAGAGCUCCACAGUGAGACAGGGCAGCCAGGUGAGGCUGGACGUCCGUGUGACAGGAAUCCCAACACCUGUGGUGAAGUUCUUCAGAGAGGGAGCCGAGAUCCAGAGCUCAGCCGACUUCAGAAUCCUUCAAGAAGGAGACCUGUACACUCUGCUGAUCGCUGAGGCUUUUCCAGAGGAUUCUGGGACUUAUUCUGCGACCGCCACCAACAGCAGCGGACGAGCCACCUCCACCGCUGAGCUGCAGGUUCAGGGUGAGGACGAAGCCGUCCCAGCAAAGAAAACAAAGACCGUGAUUUCAACCGCUCAGAUUUCACAGACCCGUCAGACCAGAGUGGAAAAGAGAAUGGAGACCAGUUUCCAGGCCUCCGCCAUGAUGGAGGUGCAGGUGGAGCAUAUGACUCAGCAGCUGGCUCAUAAGACUCCACCCAGAGUUCCACCCAAACCCACGUCCAAGUCCCCGACUCAGCCAUCACUGGUUGCCAAGGUGACUGGAGGACGGCAACAGUCGCCAUCACCUGUCAGACAUGUGAAGGCGCCCACGCCCACACCUGUCAGGUUAGUCGGAUGAAGCCUAUAACAUGACCCCCCUUCAAGACUCUCCGUCUCCCCCUACAGGCCAGUCAAGUCCCCGAUCACCACACGCAAACAGCUGGUAGUUGGCGCCGACGUCCUGCCUCCAUGGAAGCAGGGAGACCCCGGCGUCCCCCCGACGGGCCUGGAGCAGCGUUGGGAGGCACAUGUCAAAGAGGCUGAGGGAGGGAAAAGAGCUGGGGCGGUGGCCAAAGUGGUGGCCGCCGUCGACCUGGCUCGGGUCCGACUGCCUGUGCAUGCAGAGGGCGGUCAAGCUGAAGACGAGUCUGAGGCUGUAGAGGCAGAGUUUAGGAUGCAGGCUGCCGCCGCCGUGGCCACUGCUCAACAAUAUCAAACCGCCUGGACAACAACAGGAGUGCAGGCUGGCCAAAUGCUUACCACUGCUCAGGAGUUUACAACUGAACCAACCAUGCCACUGCCUCAGAUUCAGAGAGCGACAGAAAUCUCCUUCAUCCAGGUGGACACUGGUGGUCCUGCCCCAUCACCUGUUCCCCAAUUUACAGUUUCUAAAGUUUCAGUCCCCAAACAUGAGUCUAGCUCUGAGGUUUCCAUUGCCGGCUCGGCGAUUGCCACUCUACAGAAAGAGUUAUCCUCAAGCUCUGCCACCACUAAAAAGAUCAUCAGGCCUGUCAAGUCUCCCAUCCCGUCUCAUAGAGUGGGGGAGGCCAGAGAGACCCUGGAGUCCAUCCCUGCACCGUUUAAAGAGCUCACUGAGAAAUAUCAGAGUCAUUACGGUGCUGAGUUACUGACAGGGGUGGUGUACUCUGGGGGUCUGGAGAGAAUGUAUGAGGACUGGGGAGCCCAGGUUUUGGAGACAGCAGCUGUACCUUCAGCAGGUGGCGGCGUGGUCCCUCCCACACUGGUGUCUGGUUUGAAAAACACAAAUGUGACGGAGGGCGAGUCGGUGACCCUGGAGUGCCAGAUCAGUGGUCACCCUGCACCCGUCAUCAUGUGGUUCAGAGAGGACUACAAGAUCGAGAGCUCCAUUGAUUUCCAGAUUACUUAUGAGAACGGAAUCGCCCAGCUGGUGAUCCGCGAGGCGUUCGCUGAAGACAGCGGACGCUUCACCUGCACAGCAACAAAUGAGGCUGGAACCGUCAGCACCUCCUGCUACCUGCUCGUCCAGGUGUCUGAGGAAAUUGAGAGCAGAGAGGAAGUUGAAACUGUUGAGAAACUAGUCACUGAAGAAGCCAAAGAUGAGACCAUGUCUCAGGUGAGCGCAGCUGAGUCCGACACUGCUGCCGCUGCUCCUUUCUUUAUCAAGAAACCCACCGCUCAAAAGCUGGUGGAAGGAGGAAGUGUCUUGUUUGACUGCCAGAUUGGAGGGAGCCCCAAACCUCACAUCAUCUGGAAGAAGAGUGGCAUACCACUCACUACUGGAUACAGAUACAAAGUGGCCUACAAGAAGGACACUGGAGAAUGCAGGUUGGAGAUCUCCAUGACCUUUGCUGAUGAUGCCGGAGAAUACUCUGUUUUUGCCAAGAACCAGCUUGGAGAGGUCUCAGCCUCUGUCAGUCUGCUGGAAGAAGAGGAAUAUGAAAUUUAUAUGAAGACACAGGAGGUUACCUUUAAGACUGAAGUGAUGGCAGUAGUGCAGGAGCCCAGAGUGGGUGAUGUUCCCCCUGUGGUUGUUACACCAAUGGCGCAGAUGACCACCAUUAUCUCUGGACAGGAAUUCCACCUUUCUGCCAUUGAGCAGAGGAUUAUCCAGGAGAUUGAACUACGUAUUAUGCAGAUUACCUACACUGAAAUAGUGACUGAGGAUGGAGAAACAAUAAUGACUGCUUCUGCCACUGAGGCCCAGCAGCCUUCCUUUGACACACCUGUCAAAAACUACAGAAUCAUGGAAGGAAUGGGUGUAACUUUCCACUGCAAGAUGUCUGGAAUACCACUUCCCAAGAUUGCUUGGUUCAAAGAUGGACAGCGAAUCAGGACUAGCGACCGUUACCAGAUGGAAGUUCUUCAGGAUGGACGAGCCAGCCUGCGUUUGCCAGUGGUUCUGCCAGAGGAUGAAGGCGUGUACACCGCCCUCACCACCAACAUGACAGGAAAUGCUGUCAGCUCUGGAAAGCUCUACAUUGAGUCAUCUGGAGCUGGAGCCCCUCAAAGAUACACACCACAGCCAGCGAUGCAGAGAAUCAGGUCCACAUCUCCCCGUUCUCUGAGCCGCUCUCCUGGACGUUCUUCAAGUCGUUCUCCUGGACGCUCUCCUGCCAGAAGGCUUGAUGAGACAGAUGAGGCUCAGCUGGAGAGGCUCUACAAGCCUGUGUUUGUAAUGAAGCCUUCUUCGUGUAAAUGUUCUGAGGGGCAGACUGCAAGGUUUGACCUGAAAAUCGUUGGCAGACCCAUGCCCGACACAUACUGGUUCCACAACGGACAACAAGUAGUAAGUGACUACACCCACAAGAUAGUGGUUAAAGAGGAUGGUACCCAAUCCCUUAUUAUUGUCCCAGCCUUGCCUCACGACUCUGGAGAGUGGACCGUCAUUGCUCAGAACAGAGCUGGACGUUCAUCCAUCUCUGUGACCCUCACAGUUGAUGCUAAGGAAACUUUGGUGCGCCCCCAGUUUAUUGAGAAACUGAAGAAUAUCAGCGUGAAGCAGGGUACUCUUGUUGAACUGGCUGUAAAAGCCAUUGGAAAUCCUCUGCCUGAUAUUGUCUGGCUGAAAAACAGCGACAUUAUCACCCCACACAAGCACCCAAACAUAAGGGUUGAAGGAACGAGAGGAGAUGCCAAAUUCCAGAUUCCCUCAGCAGCUGGCUCAGACAGUGCCUGGUACACCGCUACAGCCAUCAACAAGGCUGGCAGAGACACCACACGCUGCAGAGUCAAUGUUGAGGUUGAUUAUGUUGAACCUGAACCAGAGAGGAAGCUCAUUAUUCCCAAAGGAACGUACAAAGCCAAAGACAUCGCAGCUCCAGAGUUGGAGCCCCUUCAUCAGCGAUACGGUCAAGAGCAGUGGGAGGAGGGUGACCUUUAUGACAAAGAGAAGCAGCAGAAACCUCAGUUCAAGAAGAAGCUGACCUCUAUCAGAAUGAAGCGCAUUGGUCCCGCUCAUUUUGAGUGCAGACUAACUCCCAUUGGUGACCCUACCAUGGUGGUGGAGUGGCUGCAUGACGGCAAACCCCUGGCAGCUGCUAACAGAAUGCGAAUGGUCAACGAGUUUGGUUACUGCAGUCUCGACUAUGAGGUUGCUUAUGCUAGAGACAGCGGUGUCAUCACCUGCAGAGCCACAAACAAGUUUGGAGUCGACCAGACCUCGGCCACCUUUGUUGUGAAGGAUGAGAAGGGCCUUGUGGAGGAAUCGCAGCUUCCUGAAGGCAGGAAGGGGGCACACCGAAUUGAUGAGAUGGAACGCAUGGCUCACGAGGGAGGACCCUAUGGAGUCACAGCUGAAGAAGAAACUGAGAAAACAAAACCUGAGAUUGUCCUUCUUCCUGAACCAGCCAGUGUUAUGGAGGGUGACACAGCUAGAUUCCGUUGCAGAGUGACCGGCUAUCCAGCCCCGAAGGUUAACUGGUACCUCAACGGACAACUUAUCCGCAAAAGCAAGAGAUACAGACUUCGCUAUGAUGGCAUUUAUUAUCUUGAGAUCAUUGAAAUCAAAUCCUAUGAUUCAGGAGAGGUGAAAGUAGUGGCUGACAACAGCAUUGGUGUAGCAGAGCACACUGUGAAACUUGAGAUUGGGCAGAAAGAGGACUUCAGAACACAUCUGCGCCGUGCACCUGAGGGCAAGGGAGCUGAAGCUGCAACCGAACCUGGAAAAAUAUCAUUUGAGGUGGUGAAGGCCGAGGCAACUGCAGAAGACUCUCAGCUGAAAGAAGUGGUCAAGCUGAAGAAAGCCCAAAGAGUAGUCCAUGCGAAAGCCACAGAGGAGUCAGAGGAGCUGAGGAGCAAGUUCAAGCGCAGGACGGAAGAAGGUUAUUAUGAGUCCAUCACAGCAGUGGAGCUCAAGGCACGUAAGAGGGAUGAGUCCUAUGAAGAUCUCCUGAAGAAAACGAAGGACGAGCUGGCUCACCGUGCCAAGCAGAAGGAGGAGGCUGAAAAGAAGAAAGAAGAAGAGCGCCGCAAAGUUACAGCUAAACCACUUAAACCAGAAAGAGUCAAGCUCUCAGCCAGCAUGGAGGCUCCAAAGAUCCUGGAGCGUAUCACCAGCCAGACAGUUGCUCAGGGUGAAGAGGUCAAGUUUCGAGUCAGAGUUGUGGGGAGACCGGAACCUGAGUGCCAGUGGUUCAAGAACGGUGUUCAGCUGGAGAAGUCUGACCGUAUUUACUGGUACUGGCCUGAGGAUCAUGUGUGUGAGCUGGUGAUCAGAAACGUCCGUGUGGAGGAUUCUGCCAGCAUCAUGGUUAAAGCUACAAGCAAAGCCGGAGAGACUUCAAGCCAUGCUUUCUUGCUUGUGCAAGGGAAGCAAGUCAUCACAUUCACACAGAAACUGGAGGACGUCAAUGCAAAGGAGAAGGACACCAUGGCUACCUUUGAGUGUGAAACUAACGAGCCUUUCGUCAAGGUGAAAUGGCUGAAGAACAACAUGGAGAUCUUCUCUGGAGAUAAAUACAGAAUGCACUCUGACAGAAAGGUCCACUUCCUGUCUGUGCUGAUUAUUGACAUGAGGGAUGAUGCAGAAUUCACCUGCAUGGUUAUCGAUGAUGAUGUCAGAACAACUGCUAAGCUGAACGUUGAAGGAGCCCCGCUGGAGAUCGUGAAGCAGCUGGAGAGCACAGAGGUACCUGAGACCUACUCUGGAGAGUUUGAGUGUGUUGUAUCUCGUGAGGACGCUGAAGGCAGCUGGUUCUUCGGGGAAAAGCUGCUGUCUCCUAGCAGUAAAUAUGUUAUGACCUCCCGCCGCGGAAGACACGCCCUGUCAGUCAAAGAUGUGAAGAAGGAGGAUCAGGGAAAAUAUACCUUCAAAGUCGGAGAGUUUAAGACAAGUGCUUCACUGAAGAUGAAAUUGCGCCCAGUGACCAUGAUGCAGCCUUUAAGUGACAUGACGGUGUGCGAGGGUGACAUUGCACAGCUGGAGGUUAAGUUCUCCCAGGAGAACGUUGAGGGAUCCUGGAUGAGGAACGGGCAGCCGGUCUCAGCUUCAAACCGUGUGCACAUGGUUAUUGACCGACAGAUCCACAAGCUCCUGAUUGAAGACACCAACAAGGACGACUAUGGAAUGUACUCCUUUGUGGUUCCUGAUCACGGCAUCUCAACCACUGCAAAGCUGGUCAUUCAGACAAUCGGCAUCUUGAUUCCACUGAAGGACACAAGUGCCGUUGAAGGAACCAAAGCUGUUCUGGAGACCAAGAUCUCUGCUCAGGAUGUCAGCUCAGUCAAAUGGUACCACAAUGACAAACAGCUAACGCCCAGUGACCGCAUCCAGAUGGUGGCUAAGGGAGCCAAGCAGCGUCUGGUCUUCAACAGGACCUAUGCCUCCGAUGAAGGACAGUACAAACUGGUGGUCGGCCGCACUGAUACCAGCUGCAGGCUUUCUGUUCAGACUGUCAAGAUCCUGAAACCGAUGUCGGACAAGGAGUGCUCAGAGUCUGAGAAUGUCACUUUCGAAGUCGAGGUUUCUCACUUGGGUAUUGACGCUUUCUGGACCUUCAAGAGGCAGCCACUGAAAGCUAGCGCAAAAUACAAGAUGGAGUCCAAGAACAAGCGCCACACCCUGACUGUCAUGAACGCCAUGAAGGAUGAAGAGGGCGAGUACAUGUUUGCUGCUGGUGAGAAGAUGAGCAGUGCUUUGCUCACAGUCUCAGGUGGAGCAAUUAAAAAGCCCCUGCGGGAUUUGGUGGUGGCCGACUCCCAGACUUCGGUGCUGGAGUGUGAGGUUGCCAACCCCUCCGCUGAGGGCAGGUGGCUGAAAGAAGGACAACCUGUUGACUUCAAUGAGAACACGCUAAGCGAGGUGGACGGUGCCGUCAGACGCCUCAUCAUCAAUAUCACCAAAGCCACAGACGUUGGAGAGUACACCUAUCAGGUGGCUACGUCCUUGACCUCAGCCACCCUGAAAGUGGAGGCUGUGAAGAUCAAGAAGACUCUGAAGAACCUGAACGUGGUUCAGACUCAGGAAGCUGUGUUCAGCCUGGAGCUGACCCAUGAGGAUGUGAGGGGAGCACAAUGGAUCAAAAACGGUGUGGAGGUCCAGAACAGCAAUAAAUAUGAGAUCACAAUUGAAGGCACAGUCCACACCCUGAAGAUCAAGAACUGCACCACACAGGAUGAGUCUGUCUACUCCUUUAAACUGGGGAAACUGGCAGCCAAUGCCAGGCUUAACGUUGAAACCCUCAAGAUUCUGAAGAAGCCAAAGGAUGUGACAUCUCUGUUGGGUGCAACUGCCAUGUUUGAGGUGGGCAUCUCUGAGGACGACAUCCCUGUGAAAUGGAUGUUCAACAACACAGAGCUGAGGCCCAACGAGCACUACAGGAUGCUGUCUGAGAAGAAGAACCACAAACUGAUUGUCCAGGAUGUGGACAACAGCAAAGAGGGAGAGUACACAGCUGUGGUGGGCCACCUUCAGUGCAUCGCUCGCCUCACUGUGGAGUCUCUGCGCGUCACCAAACCCCUGAAGAGCGUGGAGGUCCCAGAAACUCAGGUGGCCACACUUGAGUGUGAAGUGUCUCACUUCAAUGUGCCGUCCACCUGGCUGAAAGACGGUGUGGAGAUUGAGAUGAGCGAGAAGUUCCGGAUUGUGGUUCAAGGGAAACUCCACCAGCUGAAGAUCAUGAACACCAGCAGGGAUGACUCCGCAGAGUACACCUUCGUCUGCGGGAACGACCGAGUGUCGGCUAUGCUAACCGUUAGCCCCGUCCUUAUCACUACAAUGCUGGAAAACCUGAAUGCUCAGGAAAAAGACACGGUCACUUUCGAGGUCAACGUCAACUACGAAGGAAUCACCUACAAAUGGCUGAAGAAUGGCGUGGAGAUCCGGUCCACGGACAGAUGUCAGACUCGCUGCAAACAGCUCAGUCACACUCUGAGCAUCAGGAAUGUUCACUUCGGAGACAGCGCUGAGUACACCUUCAUGGCCGGCUCUGCAGUCACUACAGCCAAACUCUAUGUUGAAGCUCGUGUUGUUGAGUUCACCAAACACCUGAAGGACCUGAAGAUCACAGAGAAAAAGAGAGCGACGUUUGAGUGUGAAGUUUCCGAACCUAAUAUCCAGGUGAUGUGGAUGAAGGACGGUCAGGAGCUUGAGAUGUCCGACAGAUAUAAAAUGACCUCAGAUAAAUUGGUGCACCGCCUGGCUCUGCCGUCUGUCCGUCUGUCUGAUGCCGGUGAAUACACCGCUGUCGCCGGGUCAAGCAUGUCGAUGGGCCGGCUGGCAGUGGAGGGACGGAACGUCAAAAUCUCAGAGCCUGCCAGCAGAGACAUCACUGUUGUUGAGAAACAAAGGGCAACCUUUGAGUUCGAGGUGAAUGAGGAUGAUGUGGAGGGUCACUGGCUGAGGAAUGGGGUGGAGAUCCAGUUCUCAAUGGAGGAGAGGUUCAACUACGCUACCAUCAGGAAGCUGCACCGCCUCACUAUCUCUGAGACGUACAGAAGUGAUGCCGGCGAGUACACCUUCUUAGCCGGCAAGAACAGGAGCACCAUGAACCUCCAUGUUAAACUGCCGGAGCCUCCUCAGAUCAUUCGCCAUAUGCAGCCCCAGACCGCAACAUCAGGUAGAUCAGUGCGCUUCUCGGUGCAGGUGAGCGGCAUCCCGUUGCCUCAGGUCUUCUGGUACAAAGAUUCUCAGGCUCUGUCCACCAGCUACAAGUGCAAGUUCCUCCAUGACGCGGAUGAGCACACACUGAUGCUGCUCGAAGUCUUCCCUGAAGACGCUGCCGUCUACAGCUGCGAAGCCAAGAACGACUAUGGAGAGGCGACAAGCUCCGCCCCUCUCACUGUGGAAGUUCCUGAGGUGGUCGAAACUGUGCGGCUCUCUGCUCCAGUCCUUUUGGCUCCCAUGCGGGACGUCCUGGUUGCAGAGGGUCAUCCUGCCCGUUUCCAGUGCACCAUCUCUGGGGAAGAUCUGCAGGUUUCUUGGUUCUGUAAUGACAGAGAGAUCAGACAGUCGGACAUCUUUAGGAUGUCUCAUUAUGGUGACAUCUGCCAGCUGGACAUUUCCAAAGUUCAAACCAGCCAUGAAGCAGAAUAUUCAUGUGUGGCCACAAAUUCAGCAGGAAUGUCCACAAGUGCUGCCACUUUGAAUAUUGAUGGUGAUGUGUCAAGCACUGUGGCUGAGACUCAGAGUGAACAUUUCAGCUCUCCGUCUGUGGGACAAACUUCCCACAAGGUUGAGUUUUCUGAGUCAGUCUCUGAGAGUUCCUCAGUGUCUUGGAGGACUGUUGAGAUUCAGAUGGAGAGUAUGAGCUCACUGGAGAUGAGCUCUGACAGCAUCUUUGAUAUCAAACUCUCGACCAGACCUGAACUGUUGAUGGAAAUGAGCGACAUCCGUGUGAAAAGCGGAGAGAUGGCUGAGUUCAGCUGCUCCUUCAAAGGGCAGCCCUUCACUGGGGUAGUGUGGGAUCACAAUGGCCAAAGUCUGGCGGACACGGAGCGGGUGAGGAGCUCUCAAAUGGGGGGGCUGUUGUCUCUGAUCAUCCAGAGUGUUGGCAUGGCAGAUCAGGGCAUGUACUGCUGCACCGCCACCAACCAACACGGCCAGAUCAGCUCCUCUGCCAAGCUGACCGUCGAAGCUAAAGAAGCAAAUCUCAAAGCAGAAACCCCCAUUCCCGCUGAUUCUGUACGUAAAGUGUCUCAGGCAGACAGGGAGACCCCUAGUGACCCCCCCAACCAAGAAAAGCAGGAGGUUGUGGACAAGCCUGGACCAUCUCCUCCAUCUUCCCAGAGACCUUACAGCCUCAUCAGCCACCUAUACUUCCCUGACGUGGAGCCUCAGCGUCUCUCCAGCUUCCCUGAGUUCCUGAUCAAACUGCCGUCUGAGCUUCUGAUCACAAACAGAGACAGCGGCUCCUUGUAUUGCGUUAUGAAGGGGGUUCCCUCCCCGUUCCUCAUUUGGCUUUACAACCGGUUGAAUGUUGAGGAUUCUGUGUCUUACUCGCUGAAACAUGACGGCCCCUUGUGCUGUGUAAAUGUUAACAAUAUGGGACCCGGACAAGGGGGCUCUUACACUUGCAAAAAUGUGACCUCAGCUGACGAUGCUGAGUGCAACACGGUGAUGAAAGUAACUGAAGUGCAGAAGGAACCUACGGAUCAGGUCAAGGAAGAAGUGAAAGCUUUCUCUAGCUCAACCAUCACAGAGGAAGAGGAAACCCAAGAGUCUUACUACACUGGUCUCAAACUAGCAGAUAAAACCAGAACACUUGAACUUAAGCCUGAGUCCAAACGCUUCUCCAGCAAUUUGGAGAAUAAGAAAGAAAAGCCAGUUUUUCUCAGCCAACUUUCUCCAGCAGCUGUGACUGUUGGAGAAACUGCUAAAUUGACAGUCAGAGUGUCAGGUUUCCCUAAACCCACUGUUCAGUGGUUCUACAACGGGCAGACUAUAACAAAGUCGUCCGUGUAUACAUUCAUCCACGAGCGGGAUGAGUUCAGCUUGGUCAUCACCAAAGUUCAAAGGGAAUUUGAGGGAGAGUACUCGUGUACUGUCAGUAAUAGAUUUGGCAAAUCAACCUGCACCUCUCAUAUGCAUGUUCAGGUUAAGGGGCCAGAAAAAGAGGAAACAGUAGACAGAAAACCCUCUGUACCUGCUGGAAAAGCCCCAGAAUUCAUCAAAAAUAUUGAGUCUGUUCAGCUGUUUGAAGGCGGUCAGGCCUUCUUCAGAUACAUGGCGACAGGAGAUCCUCUUCCUGAGAUUCAGUGGCUCAAAGGCAGCUUUCACAUUCAGCCUGGUGGGUUCUGUAUCAUUGUGAGCAACCCAGAUGGAUCAGGCUUUAUGAAUUUAAAGAGUGUCAAACAAGAGCACAGUGGUGUCUACACCUGUAAAGCCUCCAACCAAUACGGAGAGGCUUCUUGUUCUGCCAAGCUACUGGUGUGCAGGGAGAAGGUUCAGGAAGAGCACACAAUGGUUAAGAAAACCAAAGGUUUGAAAAUAUCCAUGACUGAACAAACCACAGAAUCAAGAUUUUUAGCUGAGAGGACCCUGUCUGAUCAGAUGAUUUACACCAUUAGCACUGAAGACAGGCAGAUUAUUCCCAGUGAGGAGGCAGGAACCUUCAGGGAGCUUGAUAUCUCUGCGGCCACCCUUCAACGAGAGCUGCUCACCCAGCAGGCUGCAGUGCUGCAGUCUCAUGAAAUACAGGAAAGGGUUUCUGUAGCUCCCAGUCACCCCCCUCAGGUCUCAGCAGUCCCUAUGAAACAGCUUCACAUGUCAACCUUCUUAUCUUCAGUCCAGGAGAAACAAAAGAUCACCGAGCAGCACUCUGAACGGAUUCUCAGUCCUGAGAUCGUAGAACUUGAAUUUGCCAAAGAGCACCCCUCGAAACUCAUGUCGGCCACAACUGAAGAGACCCUCCCCCUCUCCACAGUGAGAGCCGAGGCCUUAAUGGAGCAGGCUACAGAGCACCUGAAGACAUCGACAGAACCCAGGCAGCUCAUUAGCAGUCACCAAGUCCAGUCCACACUUGCUAUCCUAGAUGAAACUUCUGAAGCCACCCACAGGCCAGAGGAGGAGAGGAGUUUCAGAGUCACAGAGGGGGUUAAGAUUUUAUACUCGGCUCAAUCUACAGGGCACCUACCAAUUACAGAGAGACACUGUGAGUCUCUGUCAGAUUUAGAUUCAGCUACUGAACCCUUUAUUGAGAGAGAACAGUCUAAACCAGUGGUAGCACCAGUGAGUGAAAAUAGAGUGGCUUUAUCCAAGGAGCAGACAUUUAAAAUACACAGACCAGAACAGGAGAGUAUCAUCCCAGACAAAGUGACAGUUUAUAAGUCGGCUGUAACCGCUGAAGAGAGAUAUGAACUCCAAGGUGAAAAGGCAGGGCAGGUGCCAGGCAUAGCAUCUUCUUUGUGUCUGCAGCCCCAGAGAGAGGGAGAAAGAGUCCUGAACCUGCAGGUUAUCAGUGAGCAGGAUAUUUUACAGUCUGAGGGCAGGUUCAGCAGUGAAAAGCCAUCUACAAAGCAGGCAGAGGCAAGGAAGAGUCCAACACUUCUGCACUCUGUCACCCAAGAAGAGCAAAGGACCACUGUUUGUGAAAUGACCUCAGAGUUCUCAGCAAAGACUGAUACUACAACUGUUCAGCCAAAGAAAGAGUUACCGUCAACUAAAUACCUCCAGUCAAUUCAUUCUGUAGCAGUUUUACCAAAGGAAGACAUACUUACCAUCACUAAACCUGACCAGCAGGUGGCCGCCAAGAAGCAGGAAAAGGCUAGAACUCAUGCAGCUUCUUCAGAAGAGCGAAGAGAGAUCACAGCAGAGUAUCACAAAUAUCUAGAUGUUUCUGUAACUGGAGUUCAAUCAAAGCUUCAAAUUGAGCCCAGGUCUUCCAACAUCCUCGCAGUCUCCUCCAAACCCAUACAGCUGCCUAAAGAGGAACCAUUCAUGAGUGAUGCCAAGCAGCAGCGUGCCCUAGUCCAGAAAGAGGAUAACUGGAGAAUCAUGCACUCUUUAAGUAUCACAGACACUCAGACUUUGGAGGAGGGUCACACCAUUAGCAUUCAAACUGAUGAGAAGUUCAAAACUGAGACAAGAAUUGAGCCCAAGAUCCCGAAAAAACCUGUUUUCAUUGAGGAGAAGGCAGUUGCUACUGAAAGCUGUUCUAUCUUAGAAGCAGCUGAGCAGGACUAUGCAGUUCAGAUCCAGGAAGGUCAGACAGUCCAACGGUCGGUGUUGCUGGAAGAAAAGCGUGUCAUAACCGGAGAGCAGUCCUGUGAGAUGCAUAAGUCUGAGGGCUCAGCUCUCAGCAUUCAGAUGCAGCCUAAUGAAGUACUGUUUGUUCAUGAGUCUCAGGACACUCAGACUCUUCCCAAGGAACUCAACUUUGUCAUUCAGAUUCCCAAGCCUUUCAGUUUACCUCUCCGCCAUCAGCUCAGAGAUGCUCUUAAGUCUGCUGUGGCUAGUGACCAGCUAGAGUUACUGGCCGAUGUUGUGGGAAGGUUAGAGGCAGUGGAGGUUCAGGAGGUGAAGGUUAACAGAGAGCCCAAACGGGCCACAUGUACAUACUUGAUAACAACACCAGGUGCCCCAAUGGAGAUCACACUGUCAUUUGAUGGAGAAUACCCUCAGACAGCUGACCUCAGGUCUGAACUCCAGGUAGCUCUGAAGGCUAUGGUUUUCCAGGAACAGCAGAGUCUCACAUCAGAACAACCAGGUACCAUGCAGAUCGACAAGCCCCAGAGAGUGCUGGUCAGUUCAGCACCCUCCAAAAAGGUUUUGUCGACUGUGGUGGACACCUUGACAGUGGCAGAGAGUGCAGUAGGGUUUCCUCCUGCUGUAUCUCAGUCUGCAGCUGUCAAAACUGAAGCCAUGGCUUCCUUCCACAGUGCAUCAGUUCAGAGUUGUUCUGAGAUCCGUGAGUCUAAGCAGGUGAGCAGUAUUAGAGUCGGGUCAGAGAGGCAUACCGCUGCUGCUGAAGUGACUGCCUUAGUGCCUGUGGAUCAGACUCCUGCUGAACAUCAUGUGAAAGUUAUCAUCCACAAAGAAAGCAGAGAAGAGUAUCUCUCAGAGGCUAUUAUGAUAAGUGAGUCCUCUGACAGUCUUCUAGAUUAUCCUGUUGUUGUUGAUUCUCUGGAAGACAUUUGUGCUGAGGAAAAUGGUAAGGCCUCUUUUACCACCACCAUUAAGUACACCACAAGAGUUAACUGGUUUUUCAACGGCCAGUUGGUAAAAUCUGGCAAAGAGUUCAAGUGUUCUGAAGACCUUGACAAAUACACAUUAAUCAUUGAAAAAGUGGUCAAGGAGAAGCACCAAGGAGAAUAUGUUUGUGAGGCUGAGAACGAAGCCGGCAAGACGACAACUUCAUCAAGACUCACUGUGGUCUCAAGAGUGAAACCUGUGUUCAGGCACAGGAUAGUCCCCGUGGAGAUCAACAUUGGCGGCUCUGCCAAGUUUGAAUGUGAAACUGAGGACGCUCCCAACGUGAGCUUCAAGUGGUUCAAAGAUGGACACCCCAUCAAAGAGGGGGACAAGUACAGGAUUAUCAGUCGCUUUAGCACUGCCAGUUUGGAGCUUCUGAGCCCAAAUAAGGACGAUAGCGGUGAAUACACCUGCAAGGCGUCCAAUCAGCAUGGAAGUGACGAAUGUUCUGCCUCUCUCAGCGUGACAGAGCUAUGUCCUCCUGCCUUUAUAACUAAACCUGAACAGCAGACUAUGUAUGUUGGGAAAAGGGCAAUGAUACAGUGUGUAAUAACAGGAUCUGUUCCACUGAAUGUUGUCUGGCUCAAAAACAACCAGACCCUACCCACAGUGCCCACACACUACCAGAUCCAUUGUGAAAAGAAUAAGCACACUCUUGAGAUAAUCAAACUUGAGCCGGAUGACAGGGGGCUUUAUGUGUGCAAGGUGUCGAAUAAUGUUGGGACAGCUGAAUGCAGCAUGGAGCUGCGUGUUAUUACCCAGCCCAACUUUGUAAAGCCCCUGGGUCCAGUCGCAGCUGUGGUUGGAGCUCCUCUACACCUGGAGUGUCAGGUGGAUGAGGACACUGGAGUAAAUGUCACCUGGACCAGAGAUGGUAGAAAAGUCCACCAGUCUCCGGACUGUAAACUGUCUUUUGAGGAUAAGACAGUGAGUCUUGAUAUCCUAAAGACCACACUGAAAGAUUGUGGAAAUUAUGUAUGCACAGUGACAAAUGAGGCUGGGAGUGCCUCUUGCUCCACUUCUGUGAAAGUACAAGAGCCGCCUAUCUUUGUAAAGAGGCUCGAAGCUAACACAGUUUGGAAGCAAGGCAGCACUGCACGGCUGCAGUGCAGCAUCAAAGGAUCCCCUGAACUCCAUACCAGCUGGUUCUUUAAUGACAGCAAACUCUCUGUGGGUGGCAGAUACAAUGUUAGUCAGAAGGAUGGUCUCACCACUCUUGAGGUACAGGAUGUCAUGCCAAGUGACAGUGGAAACUACUCCUGUGAGGUUCAUAAUGACUCUGGCUCUGAAAGCAGCAGCACUAAAGUCACAGUGAAAGAACCCCCAUCUUUCAGAAAGGAGUUACUCCCCAUAGAGGCGGUCAGAGGAUCUGUAGCUGUGUUGGAGUGUGAGAUUUCAGGCUCUGCACCAUUCGAGGUGGCCUGGAAAAAGAAUAAGAAACGUCUGUCCCCAGAUAACAAAUACAGCAUAGUCUCACAGGGAGCUCUGAGCUCUCUCGAGAUCCGCUCAUUUGAGAGCGCUGACACUGGGGAAUAUGAAUGUGUCGUGUCAAAUGAGGUCGGGUCAGUAACAUCGAAGUCAGUAGCUAAACAAAGAGAGCCACCUAUGUUCUCUAAGAGGAUUGAGAGUGCUACAGCAGUGUUGGGAAACACAGUGAAACUACAGGGAGCCCUCAAAGGCUCAGCCCCCAUCACUAUCAAAUGGUUGAAAGAUUCUGAGCUGCUCAGAGAUGACGAUCCGAGUGUGAAAAUGACGUUUGAAAACAACAUCCCUAGCAUUUCCUUCUCAUCUGUUGAGAUGAAGCAUGGGGCCAAGUACACAUGCCUUGCUGAAAAUGAGGCGGGGCAGCAGAAAAGUGAAGCUGUCUUAACAAUUCAAGAACCUGCUAGGAUCAUAGAGAAGGCAGCGUCCAUCAGUGUGACUGCAGGGGAUUCAGCCACUUUGGAGUGCACAAUCUGUGGAAGCCCAGACCUCAAAGUGAAAUGGUUUAAAGAUGGCAAGGAGCUGAUGAGUGGGCGUAAAUAUAAAGUGAUUGUGAAGGAGAACACUGCCACCUUAAAGAUUCUCUCAGCAGAUAAAGGAGACACCUCGGAGUACAUGAUGGAGGUGUCCAAUAAAGUAGGAAAAGACCAGUGCACCUGCUCAGUCACCAUUAUAGAUCGUGCAGUGCCACCAUCCUUCACCAAAUCUCUAAAGAAAGUUGAUGGAAGUGUUGGUAGUAAUGUUACUUUGGAGUGCAGAGUUGCUGGGUCUCAGCCGAUGAUUGUUUCCUGGUACAAAGACGAUAAAGAAAUCCACAGUGAUGGAAAAUAUAAGAUUGAUGUCAGUGAGAGUACAGCCUCCGUGACUGUAACCGGCCUGGAGCAGACAGAUGGAGGAGUUUAUAAAUGCCGGGCCUCGAAUGAUGCCGGAGAAAAAGAGACCAGUGGUACCUUGUCUGUAAGAGAGCCUCCGGUGUUCACAGUCAACCCGGAAUCCCAGGACGCUUCACCGGGAUCAAAUGUUGUCAUAAAAUCAGCUUUCACAGGAUCAGCUCCUCUGGUUGUGAAAUGGUUCAGAGAGGAAAAAGAGAUAUUCACAGGGGGGAAGUGUUUGAUAAAGAAAGAUGCUACUUCAAGCACUUUGGAGCUUCACUCUGUGAAACCCAGUGACUCUGCUAGAUACACAUGCCAAGUAUCCAACGAUGCUGGGAAGGUGGAUUGUACUGUAGACCUCUUUGUGAAAGAAGCCCCAACGUUUACAAUCAAGCUUGAGCCCUCACAGCAACUGAAAACAGGACAGCCUCUGAAGUUGUCCUGCAAAGUACAGGGCACUCCUGUUAUUAGCAUCUUGUGGUUUAAAAAUGGGGAAGAAAUAGCCUCAGACCACAGACAUACAAUGUCCUUCGACAACUCUAUAGCAACUCUGGAGGUAGACGACUGUUCUAUAGAGGACAGCGGAGAUUAUGUCUGUAUGGCAUCCAGCGAGGCCGGCAGAGACCAGUGCAGCAGCUCAGUAACCAUGAAAGAACCUCCAGUGUUUGUGAGGCCUUUUGAAUCGGCUGAGCUUGUGAAAGGAUCUUGCAUUGUCUUGGAAGGGGCCGUAACAGGUUCUCCUCCAUUUGAAAUAAGCUGUUUCCUCAACGAUAAGCUGAUCAGAAGCGACCCAAGGCAUAAGAUCAGCUUUGAGAAUGAAACUGUCACUCUUCAGAUCUCACACUGUGAGACUGCAGAUGCUGGGACAUACCAGUGCACUGUUGCAAACGAUGUUGGGGAGACAUCUUGUUCUUGCCAGAUUUCUCUUAAAGAACCACCAUCAUUUGUUCAAAGACUAGAGGAUAUGUCCUGCAUGGUGGGAUCUGAGAUCUCUAUGAAGUGUAUGUUAUCUGGAUCACUUCCCAUGACUUUCACCUGGAUAAAGGAUGAUCAUGAGCUCACAGAGGAUGAGCAUGUUAAGAUGUCCUCUGAAACCAAAUGUGCCGUGUUGAAUUUGAAAAAUGCUCAGUUAUCACACGGUGGGAAAUAUGUCUGUCAGGCAAUGAACAAAGCCGGGACUCGCAGCUGUGCCGCUGUGCUCGUAAUGACAGAGCCAGCAAAUAUCACAGAACAUGCAAAGUCUAUCAGUGUAACUCAAGGUGACCCAGCCAGGCUUGAAUGCAGAUUCUCAGGCACUAAACCGCUGAAGUCCAGAUGGACGAAGGCGGGAAAGGAGCUGACCUCAGGCCAGAAAUAUAACAUAAGAGGCACAGACGCCAGCUCUGUGCUGAAGAUUGUUAAAACAGAGAAAAGUGAUAGUGGUGACUACACUUUUGAGGUUUCAAAUAAAGCUGGUUGCAGUUCCUGUGAAGCAGCUGUGACGGUCUUAGAACCGCCGUGUAUUCUUGAAAAGCCAGAAUCCGUAAAUGUGUUGCCUGGCUCAAAGGUCCAGUUAAAUGUACUGGUCUCUGGUACAGCACCACUAAAGAUCAAGUGGUUUAAAAACAAGAAAGAGAUUUUAUCAAGUGCUGACUGCUCCGUGAUCAAAGACAACACCUCAAGCACACUGGAGCUCUUCUUUGCCAAAACCUCAGAUUCUGGAGACUACAUCUGUGAAAUACAGAACGAUGUGGGCUCAACGUCAUGCCAGGCAGCACUCUUUGUCAAAGAGCCGCCAUAUUUCCUUGAAAAACCUGAAGGUGUAUCAGUGGUAGCAUCAGGAGACGCUAAAGUGUUUGAGUGCAAGUUAGCUGGUACUCCAGAGAUCUCUGUGCGCUGGUUUAGAGAUGGAGCUGAGAUUCAGCAAAGUGUCAAACACAAGAUCUCAUUUUACAACUCUGUUGCCACCCUGGAGAUUUGUGAAGCUAGUGAAAACGACAACGGUAAAUACAUCUGCGAAGCGUGCAACGAAGCAGGCACAGAGAGUUGCAGUGUUGAGCUUGAAGUGAAAGAACCUCCUUCCUUUUUGAAAGAGCUCAUGCAUCUUGAAGUUGUAAAAGGCUCCACAGCAGCGUUUGCUUGCAAAGUGGCAGGAAGUGCUCCAUUCAAGGUCACAUGGUUCAAAGAUAGAAAGCCUAUCAAAUCCAGCCAGAAGUAUGUUAUUGCUGAUAGUGACAAUGUGAGCUUGAAGAUCCAGGACUGUAAAGCGGACGAUGUUGGUACUUAUAAGUGCUUGGUAGCAAAUGAAGUUGGAAGUUGUACCGGCUUUGCAGCUUUGUCUCUGAAAGUCCCUCCAACUUUCCAUAUGAAGAUAGAAAACGUCUCAACUAUUGCGGGAGGUGCCGCUAUCUUCUGCUGCAUGGUGGAAGGUUCUCAGCCUCUCUCUGUGCAGUGGCAAAGAGAUGAUAACUGGAUCCCAGAGGACCCAAAGAUUGAGAGAACAUUUCAAAACAACGAGGCCACACUCAGGAUCCCGGUCUGUGAGGCGCCUCACAUGGGAAAAUACACAUGCCAUGUUGUUAACGAGGCCGGGCAGGACAAAUGCUUUGCCAAGCUGGUAGUGCUAGAACCACCCACGAUCACAGAGAAGCCUGAGGUAGUCAAAGUGACUUGUGGAGAUCCUGUUACUCUUGAAUGCAAGGUAGCUGGAACUCCUGAGAUAAGUGUAAAAUGGAUCAAAGAUGGUAAAGAGCUCCAGUCAAGGAAGAAACACAGUCUCCACUUUGUAAACAACCUCAGCCGUUUAAACAUACCGACCUCUCAGCUGGAAGACGGUGGAGAGUUUCUGUUUGAAGCCAGAAACUCUGUUGGGACCUGCAGCUGUAAAAUCCUGCUGGUUGUUUUAGAGGAGGUCAUUCCUCCGGUGAUCCUUAGAAAAUUAACAAACAUUCAAGCGAUCAUGGGUUCAGUAGUAACCAUGGAGUGCAAAGUGGCUGGUUCUCUUCCAAUGUCUGUUGAAUGGAGCAGAGGGAAACAAGAGAUUACCAAGAGCUCCAAAUAUAAGCUUCUGCAAAUUGAAAAUACUCUCUCACUGGAGUUUAAACUGACAGAGAGUGAUGAUACCGGAGAAUAUUCUUGUAAAGUAUCAAACAAAGCAGGCAGCAUUGUGUGCAGUGGAGUUCUUACAGCUAAAGUGCCACCAAGGUUCAAAUCUGAGCCUGAGUCUCAGGCUGUUAUUCCAAAGUCUACUGUGUGCUUCAGAAGUGACUUUGAAGGAACACCUCCAUUUAUGGUCAAAUGGUUCAAGGAUGACACCGAACUCAUCACAGGACCCUCCUGUACAAUUAAAAUGGAGACGUAUUCUUCCUCUGUAGAUCUGCACUCAGUCGGGACUCUGCAAAGUGGGAUUUAUUCAUGCCAAGUUAGCAAUGAAGCAGGCGCAGUGAAAAGUGCAGCAGACUUGUUGGUGAAAGAACCACCACAGUUUGUCCAGAAACUUCCUCCCACUACCUUUGUGAAGCAGUGUGAGGGAUACCGUUUCGAAUGCAAGGCCAUGGAGGCACAGUCUCUGACUAUGUGCUGGUACAAAAAUGACCAAAAGAUAACCGAUGGAGGCAACUAUAAAACAAUGUUUGUAGACUCCACCGCAUAUCUCCAGCUUUGCACCACAAAGUUCGAGGAUAAUGGUGUCUACACCUGUGAGGCUCAUAAUGAUGCUGGCAGUGCAAGCUGCAGCACUGUUCUCAAAGUUCAAGAGGCCCCAUCUUUUACUAAUACCCCAAGCCCAGUAGAGGGCAUUAAAGGGAAAGAUGCCAGCCUACACUGUGAGGUGUACGGCACGCCACCAUUCCAGGUAAACUGGUACAAAGACAAAAGGCCACUGAAGGAGAGCAGGAAAUAUAAGAUGGUCAUUGAAGCCAGCUCUGCCACUCUUCACAUAAUGAAGCUGGAGCUGGAUGAUGCUGGUCUCUAUGAGUGCAGAGUGUCCAACAAUGUAGGAACUGGAUUCUGUCACACCACCGUUAGCCUGAAAGAACAACCAGCAUUUGUGAAGAAACUGGUGGACCAAUCAGUCAAGGUUGGUCAGCAGCUGACUCUGACAGCUACAGUGAAAGGCUCCGAGCCUCUGACUGUGUGCUGGGUUCAGGACAAAGAUCACAUUCUCAGAGACGGUGAUAACAGAAAGAUUACCUUUGAGAAUAACGUGGUCACUCUUGUGGUACCUAAAGCCGACUUGACCACUGCUGGUAAAUACACCUGCAAGCUGAGAGGAGACUCUGGAGUUGUUGAGUCUGUCUCCCAAGUGACCGUUCUAGAGCCCGCUGCUAUCGUGGAUUGCCCAGAGUCGUUGAACGUGAAGUCAGGAGAAAAUACCUCUCUUGAAGUCACAGUUUCUGGCUCACCAGAACUGAAGGUUCAGUGGUUCAAGGAUAACAAAAAACUCUCUGCUGGUGCCAAGUAUCAGAUGUCCUUCACAAAGAAGGUUGCAGUCCUGAAGCUUCGCUCUGCAGAUAAAGCAGAUGCCGGAGAAUACAAGUUAGAGGUCACAAACCAUGUUGGUACGGCCUCUUGCAAAACUAAGCUCUCUGUUUCAGAUAAGUUGAUUCCUCCGAGCUUCAUAAGGAAGCUGAGAGACACCCACCUUGUUGUUGGUAAGCCUGGUGAGAUGGAGUGUAAGGUUGCUGGCUCUGCUCCCCUAACAACAUCCUGGUUCCACAACGGCCAAGAGAUCAAGAGUGGACCAAACUAUGACAUUAGCUGCACUGAUAAUAACUGCAAACUGAGAGUCCCAACAAUCAAGAUGUCAGAUUCUGGCAAAUACACAUGUAAAGCUGUAAACUCUGCUGGAACCAGCGAGACCAGUGCUCCCAUGAAUGUGACAGAACCUCCUUAUUUUGUGGAAUCACCCGAAGCGAAGGAAACACUACCCGGCAAAAAUGUGUCUUUCUCAGCUAAAGUGAACGGCAGUGCUCCACUGAAGGUCAAAUGGUUCAGGGGAGCUAAAGAAAUGCAGCAUGGUCGGGGCUGUGAGAUCGGCCUGAAGAACGAAGUCGCUACUUUGGUGCUUCACAAAGUUGAGAAAUCCCAUGCAGGAGAGUACACCUGCCAAAUCAUUAACGAGGCAGGGAAGGAAAGCUGCCCGGUUAAUCUGUUCGUUAAAGAACCAGUCCACUUCGUGAAGAAGCUGAAGGACGUAUCUGCCGAAAAGGGAAAACCCUUGAGGCUUGAGGUCACAUUUGCUGGAACUCCGAGGGUAAAUGUGACCUGGAAGAAGGAUGGUAAACCCGUCUGGGCCUCAUAUCAGUACAAUGUGAUCACCACAGACACCUCCUGCAUUCUGGAGGUUCUUAGCGCUGACAGGACGGAGGCUGCCGGUAGAUACUUUUGCGAAGUAGACAACGGAGUCGGAAGUGACAAAUGUGAAGCUCAAGUGUCAAUAUUAGAGCGACCAUACUUUGUCGAAAAGAUGGAGCCAGCAGCGCUAACCAUGGGCGAUGCGGUCACCCUGAAAUGCCGUAUUGCAGGGACCCCUGACAUCUCUGUAGCUUGGUUCAAAGGUGAUGGAAAGCUGCGCAAGUCGAACGUUUGCUCGAUGGAUUUCACAAACGGUGUUGCAACUCUGAAACUGAUCAAAACAACCAAAUUUGAUCACGGCGAGUACACCUGCCAGGCAGAGAAUCGGGUCGGCUCAGCCUCUGCCAGGUGUAACGUAAUGGUGAAAGAACCUGUGCGCUUUACCGCCAAGCUGGAGGACACUAUUCUCAUAGUCGGUCAGCCGCUGAAACUGGCCUGUGCUUACAUUGGAAGCCAGAGGGUCAACGUCACAUGGAAAAAGGACGGCAAGCUGAUUUGGGCCUCUUAUCAGUACAAUGUUAGAACCACUGAUUCUAUCUGCGUUCUGGAAGUCCUUAACAGCAACAGGCCAGAGGCAGCUGGGAAGUACACUUGUGAAAUUUCAAAUGGGGUGGGAACUGACGUCUGCCACGCUCGAGUGAGCCUAGAGCCCGCUCGCUUUGUCCAAAAGCUGGAAGACACGUAUUUCAGACUCCAUGAAAGGCUGACCUUAAAAUGCAUGUACACUGGAAGUCAGAGAAUCAACAUAACCUGGAAGAAAGACGGCAAACUAAUCUGGGCAUCGUACAAGUACAACGUGAAGACCACCAAAGACACCUGUUUCCUGGAAGUGCUCAACAGCGACAGAGAAGAGGCUGUUGGGAAAUACACAUGUGAAAUUUCUAACGCCGAAGGAAGGGAUGUGUGCCAUGCUAAUGUCAAACUAGAACCGGUUCGAUUUGUGAGAAAACUGAGAAACACCUUUUAUAAAAUCGGCCACCCUCUGACGCUGGAGUGCACGUUUACCGGCAGCCAGAGGAUCUACAUCAGCUGGAUGAAGGACGGCAAACCCAUCUGGGCUUCGUACAAAUACAACGUUAAAACCUCCAACUUCUCCAGCACCCUGGAAGUUCUCAACAGCGACAGUGGGGAAGCUGUCGGGAAAUACUCGUGCGAAAUAUCCAAUUCAGAGGGCACUGAUAUCUGCCAUGCUAUGGUUAAGAUAGAACCUGUGCGCUUUAUCAAAGAGCUGGAAGACACCACUUUCAGAUUGGGCCAGCCGCUGACACUGUACUGCGGGUUCAGUGCCAGCCCGAGGGUCUAUGUGAGCUGGACAAAGGAUGGCAAACCAAUCUGGGCUUCCUACAAAUACAAUGUCAAGACCACAGAUAACUCUUGUGUCUUGGAGGUCCUAAACAGUGACCGUCUGGAAGCAGCGGGCAGAUACUCCUGUGAGAUCUCAAACUCUGAGAACUCGGCUAUCUGCCACGCUCAGGUCAAGCUAGCACCUGUGCGCUUCGUGAAAAAGCUGGAGGACAUGACCUUUAGGGUUGGACAGCCUCUGAAGCUCCAGGUCAUGUACACGGGCAGCCAGCACGUGCACGUGACUUGGACUAAAGACGGCAAGCCCAUUUGGGCUUCGUAUAAGUACAACAUCAAGACCACGAACGACUCCUGUCUGUUGGAGGUUCUCAAUAGCAACAGAGAAGAGGCUGCUGGGAAAUAUUCCUGUGCAAUAUCCAAUGCUACUAGCUCAGCUAGCUGUCAUGCUCAUGUCAGACUAGAACCUGUGCGCUUUUUGAAAAAGCUCGAAGACACACCUUACCGUCUGGGCGAUCCAUUGCGUCUGUCUUGCACUUACGCUGGAAGCCAGCAAGUGCACGUCAGCUGGACAAAGGACGGCAAACCAAUCUGGGCUUCGUACAAAUACAACAUCAAGACCACCGAUUGCUUGUGCUUUCUGGAAGUCCUCAAUAAGCCCACACGCUUCAUCAGAAAGCUGGAAAACACCACAUUCAGAGUCGGCCAGCCGCUGACACUUAGGGUCGCAUUCACGGGUAGCCAACGAGUGAGUGUGAGCUGGAGGAAGGAUGGCAGUCCGAUCUGGGCCUCUUAUCAGUACAAUGUCAAGACCACAGACUGUAGCUGUGUGUUGGACGUCCUCAACAGUGACAGAGAAGACGCUCAGGGAAGAUACACUUGCGAAAUUUCCAACGCAGAUGGAUCUGACAUCUGCCAUGCUUAUGUCAAACUAGAACCUGUGCGAUUUGUCAAGAAGCUGGCGGACAUGUGCCAUGAACAGGGUAAACCCUUGAGGCUGGAGUGCACUUACAGCGGCAGUCAGAGGGUCAACGUGACAUGGAAGAAGGACGACAAGCUGAUCUGGGCUUCUUACCAGUACAACGUCAAAACCACCGACUCCUCGUGUGUUCUGGAGGUUCUCUACAGCAACAGAGCCACAGCAGCAGGAAAAUACACGUGCGAAAUUUCCAAUGCAGAAGGAUCGGACACCUGUCAUGCUCAUGUUAAAAUAGAGCGCAAAGUGCCUCCAAACUUCACCAGGAAGCCCUCUGAGUCUAUGGUGGAUUCUGUGGGUAAGACGGUGAAGAUAGAGGGCCGGGUGUCAGGCUCUCAGCCUCUGACCGUCACCUGGUACAAGGACAACAGCGAAAUCUAUGGCUCUGACAAAUACGAUGUCAGCUUCCACAACAACAUGGCUGUGCUGUGUGUCAGAGACUCGUCCACCUAUGACAGCGGAGAGUACACAUGCACAGCCUCAAACGAAGCUGGAGAAGCUUCAUGUCGGGUUUCUCUCUCCAUCUCAGAAAGCGGCCAGGUUCCAAAGUUCGACAUCCCUCUGGAGCCGACGACGGUGAACGAGGGCGAGAAGCUGAGCAUCAAAUGCCACGUGAUCGGCUCGGCUCCUCUGAACAUCCAGUGGAUGAAAGACAGGAGGGAGCUGACGUCCAGUGGAAACACCAGAAUCACAUUUGUUGGCGGGAACGCCUCUCUGGAGGUCAGCUCUGCUUCAAAGAGUGACGCUGGAGAUUAUCUGUGCAAGGCCAGCAACGCCAACGGCAGCAACUUCUGCAAGUCCAGGGUCACUGUGACAGCCGAGCCUGCCGCCCCAGCUGCCCCAGCCGCUGCCCCUGUCAAGAGACUUGACAACCUUUUCUUCAUCGAGGAACCUAAAAACAUCUCGGUCACAGAGAAGGGCACUGCAACUUUCAUCGCCAAGAUUGGCGGGGACCCGAUCCCCAGCGUGAAGUGGAUGAAGGGCAAAUGGAGGCAGAUCACUGCUGGUGGUCGUAUCUCUAUUGAGCACAAGGGCCAGGACGCCAAGAUGGAGAUCCGAGAGGCCACCAAGUCUGAUGCUGGUCUCUACAGGUGUGUGGCCACCAACAAACACGGAGAGAUCGAGUGCAGCGCUGAGAUGGCUGUCACCAAGAAGGAGGAGAUGGAAGGACUGGGAGACAUCAGGACGAGGCUGAAGAAGACACCAUCAAAGCAGAAGAGUCCAAAGAAAGAGGGAGACAUCGACAUUGUGGAGCUGCUCAGAGGUCACGACCCCAAAGAAUAUGAGAGGAUCCUGACCGAGCACGGUAUCCACGACUACCGCGCCAUCCUGCAGGCCAUCGAGUUCCUGAAGAGGGAGAAGGAGAUGGAGACUGGAAAAGUGGAAGUGGAGCAUGGCGGCCGGGUCGAUGAGGCGGACAUGGCUCGAUUCAUCACACAGCUGGAGGGACGUGUCGGCACCGAGCCCGUCUCCGUGCUUGAGGACAUCACGGACCAGACGACAGCUGAGAACCAGAGCGCCACCUUUGAGUGCCGGGUCCGGAUCAACUACCCGGAGAUCACACUCACCUGGUACAAGGGCACGCAGAAGCUGGACAGCAGCGAUAAGUACGACAUCAGCACAGAGGGCGACCGCCACUGCCUGAAGAUCAAGAACUGCAUGGUGAAAGAUCAGGGCAACUACCGCGUGGUGUGUGGACCUCACAUCUCCAACGCCAAGCUCACCGUGACAGCCCAACAAAUUCAGUUCACUAAAAGCAUCCGAAGUAUCUUGGUGGACGAACGCCCUGCUGCCACCUUCGAGUGCGAGUUGGCCUUUGACAAUGCCAACGUGACUUGGUACAAAGACUCAUGGGAGCUCAAAGAGAGCACAAAAUAUAACUUCAGGACCGAGGGGCGCCAGCACUUUAUGACCAUCCGCAACGUAACUCCGAAGGACGAAGGCAUUUACUCGGUGAUUGCUCGUCUGGAAACGACCGGAGAAGCUCGAAGCACCGCUGAGCUUUACCUGUCGGGCAAAGAGAUUGGGUUAGGAAGGGUUCCUCAGGACGUCCCAGACUCAUCGGUUCACGUGUCACAAACGUCUUCCAUGGUGGUCCGAGGUGAGUCUUCUGCUGAGUUUUAUCAGUACGAAGAACGAACACAAGUCAAAGAAGAGAAAAAACCUGUGGAGGAAAUAAUUGAGAGGACUCAGUUGGAUAGCAGAGAAGGAACCCCUCAAGCUCCUGAGGGUUACAGGAGAGCAGAGGAGAAACUCUCUGAGCCUGCAGCGCUGUCUUCAGUCUCCUUCACAGUACCUGAGGCGAUGAAACUGCAGCCUGAUGGGACCGUGUCGGCUCAGUCGUGGCAGGAGGAAACUCUGAGCGCAGCAGAACCUUCAGUUUACACCAAACCGCAGCCCAAACAAGAGCUAGUGACUGUUCCUGGGAAGGUCACUCCUCCACCUGCUCCACCUGAGGAGCCUCAAAGGGUUCCUCCUGAGCCUAAAGUAGCCCCCCAAAAAACCCCUGAGCCAACCGCACCCAAACUGAAGCCUCAAGAACCCAAAGUAGAACCUGUGAAGAGAGCACCUGAAGCACCAAAACCUAAAGUGCCAGCUCUUAAGCAAAAGGGUAAGAUUCCGGUUCAAGAGACCAAAACACCUGAAUCACCGAAGAAGAGUAAGCUCACCAGAAUACCCAAAGAGAAGGAACCAGAACCAGAGGUCAUUACGCUGAAGAAGGUUCCAGUGAAAUCUCCAGAGCCUGAGAAGCAAGUCAUAACUCAUAAAGCAGAAGUGACCAGGCAUCAAGACCAGGAAUUGAUAGUUCAUGCGCUUCACGACAGAGAAGAUCGAGAGAUCUUUACACUCGGAAGAACUGAACGAGUCUUCACCGCAGAGGAAGAGACGGUUCAGUUUGACUAUUUUGAGGAGGCUGAAAGAGAUGAAGUUGUGUCGAAAGCAGAGAAAGAAGGAUGGACAAGAACUCCAAAACCACAGAAGGAGGAAGAACCCGAGGUGCCUAAGGUCGAGAAGAAGAAAAUAACCAAACUGCCAAAGACAGAUGAGAAGAAAGAGUCAGUCAAACUGAAACCGUCUGAAAAAUCAGGAAAACCAGAAGAAGAACCACAAGGAAUCAAACUAAAAAAGGUGCCGACCAAACUCAAAGAGCCUGAGAAGGAAGUCAUUACUCACAAGGUUGAAGUGGUGAGGCAUUUCGAUACCGAACUGACUGUUCAGAAGCUCCGGGACAGAGAAGAUCGAGAGGUCCUCACACUCGGGAGAACUGAACGAGUCUUCACUGCAGCUGAAGAGACGUCUGAAAUGAAGCAUCUGGAGGAACCUGAACAACUGGAGCCAGAAGAAGAAAAAUCUAGAUGGAUACGAAUCCCUAAAUUCCCAAAAGAUGAAGAGGAGCUAGAUUUAACUAAAAAGAAAAUAAAGAAGUUGCCAAAGAAAGAUGAGGACCAAGAAGAAGUGACACUGAAACCAUUUGAAAAACCUCAGAAACAAGAAGCAGCUGAAGCUCCAAAAGCUAAGAACAAAGGUGAAGCAAAGACAGAUACUGAAUGCACUCCAUUCAAGAGAGCUGAGACACCACAAAGAGAUCAACCCUCUGCUGCUGUUAGACACAAGAAAGAUGAAGACACUCCCACGAGGAGUCCAAAAGGAACUCCUGAAGUCAGUGAAGACCAGAAGGAGACCCCGCAGGUGAAAAAGGCUGAUAAAGUCCACGAUGAGGAACCAGCAGCCACCGACAAGCUCCGGGGAAAACCUAAAACCAUUACCAAACAAGUCAAAGAGAAAGAGCAGGUUGUGUUGAAGCCUUUCACACACGACACCAAACCUGAAGAAAAGCAGGAAACAGAAUCUGAAGAAGGGGAGAAGAAGCCUGCAGACACCAAUGUCCCCAGCCAAACUCCACAAGAUGACAUUCCUAAAGAUGUGAAAGAACAGCAGCUCAGGAAAGUUGAUAAGACCGCAACUCCUACAAUAGAGGACGAGAAACCUCAGGAGAGAGAGAAACCGGCUGUUUCACAAAAGAAGGCAAGUCCACCAAAACAGAAACAAGCAGAGAAAGAGAUCCCAUCAAAACCAACAGACAUCUUAAAGAAAGGUAUCCAACUGAAAAAGACUCCUUCUCCCAGAGUCGGUAGAGACAAAGUGGAAGAAGAAAAGCCUCUAAAGCCUAUCGAACAACUGAAAAAGGUCGAGCUUAAAAAGACACCUUCGCCAAAACCCAAAGAAAAAGAACCGGAGCAGGUCCCCAUAGAGCCGAAGCCAAGUGCUGAAAAAGUCAAACGGAUUCCUAAAACAGUUUCCCCAAAAGACUCAGUCGAAGCUGUGACGCUCAAAAAGGUCCCAAAGAAGCCGACCCCAGAGGAGGCAUCAGAACCAGACAGGCCUGGUAAAGGACGGGUCCCAUUGGUGAAGGAGGUCUCUCCUGGAGCCGUGCAGAUGAAGAAGGUUCCCACCCAGCCUGAAGAGGAGGUGUUUGAAGAGGAAGAGGAGGCGAAGGAAGAAGAGGAAGCCUGGGGAUGGGAGCUGGUUCCCUCAGAUGACUGGGAAGUUGAAGGGGUGGAUGGGGCUCGGGAGACUCCGGUGGUCCCGGGUGGAAAACGAGAUGGAAAACCAUCAGAGGAGGCACCAAAAGGCAGAGGCCGAGGAUUUGGGGCGAGACAGACCCCGUCUCCUGGUGAUGGUGGGCGGGGCCGAGGCCUGAAGCCUGGUGGAAAAGGUCCGUCACCACCAGAGGAACCCUUCGGAGGGUUCAAGCUCAAAGCAGUCCCUCUGAAGUUCAUCAAGAAGAUUCAGGACAUCGUGCUGCAGGAGGCCGAGUCUAUUGGCUCGUCUGCUGUCUUCGAGUGUGAGGUCUCGCCCUCCACUGCCAUUGCCUCCUGGAUGAAAGAUGGCAGCAAUCUCCGCGAGGGUCCCAAGCACAAGUUUUCUGCUGACGGCAAAGAUCGCAAGUUGGCCAUUAUUGACGUUCAGCUGUCAGACAUGGGUGAAUACACCUGUGUGGCCAAGAACGCCGGCAAGGAAAUAACGUGCACCGCCAAGCUCAUCGUUGAAGAGCUGCCCGUUAAAUGGCUGAAAGAACUGGAACCAGAGACGACGUGUAUGAAGAGUCAGCCCAUGUAUCUGACCUGUGAGUUGAACAAAGAGAGGGACGUGAUCUGGAAGCGUAACGGCGCUGUCCUUAAGAAAAAGGCUGGAAAAGUGGCCAUUAAUAUCAUUGGUAUGCAGCACGCCGUGACCAUCCAGAAUGCCACUGAUGAGGACGCCGGCGCCUACACGUGUGAGGUUGAAGGACAGGAGGACGUCAAGACGACCACCCAGGUUAAAGUAAUCGAAAUCAUCAAAGACUGGCUGGUGAAGCCUCUGAGAGACCAGCACGUCAAACCCAAGGCCAAGGCCGAGUUCAAAUGUGAGCUGUUCAAGGACACUCCCAAUUGGAAGUGGUUCAAAGGCGAGAACGAGCUCACGCCUUCUGACAAAGUGGAGAUCAACAAAGAUGGAAAGGACAUGACGCUCACUAUCAAAAACUGCCAGCCAGAUGACGUCUCAGACUACACCAUCGAGGUGGAGGAUCGCAGAUACACAGCCAAGCUCACUCUUGGAGAGCGCGAGGCUGAGAUCCUGAAGCCUCUGUCCAGCGUGGAGGUGGUGGAGAAGGAGGAGGCCAAGUUUGACACUGAAAUAUCUGAGGAUGAUGUGGUUGGAGAAUGGAAACUGAGAGGCAAUGUGCUGAUGAGAUCUCCGACCUGUGACAUUAAAUCUGAAGGAAAGAAGCGUUUCCUCACGCUAAAAAACGUGCAGCUGGAUCAGGCUGGUGAAGUGUCGUAUCAAGCUCUGAACGCCGUCACGAGCGCCAUGCUCACUGUCAAAGAGAUCGAGAUGAGCUUUGUUGACUCGCUGAAGGACGUUUCUGUGCCUGAAAAGAAACAGGCUAAGUUUGAAUGCACCAUCACCAAGGAGGUGUCAAAGGUCAUGUGGUUCAGGGGGGCGGAGAUCGUCACCCCGUGCCCUAAAUAUGAAAUAAUUGAUGAUGGACGGAAACACAUGCUGAUCAUAAACAGCUGUGAGUUUGAUGAUGAGGCUCAGUACACCAUCGAGGUGUUGGGUCAGAAAUCCAGCGCUCAGCUGGCCGUUGAAGGCAUGAGGCUGAAAUAUGUGCAGCAGCUUCAGGACCAAACGGUGAAAGAAGGUGUAACAGCUCGCUUUGAGCUUGAGCUGUCGCACGACAGCGUGCCUGUGGUUUGGUACCGAAAUGAAGUGAAACUCCACGUGAGCCGCACGGUGCUCAUACACGUGGAAGGAAAGAGACAUUUCCUCGAAAUGAGGAGUCUGUCUCUAGAUGAUACCUGCCAGGUUAAGGCAGAGGCCAAAGGAAUUUACUCCAUGGCAAAACUGACGGUGAUAGAGGGCGAUGCCGUGUUCGUGGUAAAGCUACAGGACUACACGGCCACCGAGAAAGACGAGGUCAGUCUGGACUGUGAACUGAGCAAAGACGUCCCUGUCAUCUGGUACAAAGAGGAGAAGGAGAUCGUCUCCUCCAAGACGGUGGUGAUGAAGUCUGAGGGCACGCGGAGGUCUCUGGUCCUCAAGAAGGUGGAGCAGAGCGAUAAAGGAAAAUACGUAUGUGACUGUGGGACAGACAAGACAGCGGCCAACCUCAACAUCGAAGCUCGUGACAUCAAAGUGGUUCGUCCGAUUUACGGCGUGGAGCUGUUCGAUGGAGAGACGGCUCGCUUCGAGGUGGAGAUCUCAGAGGACGACAUUCACGGCCAGUGGAAACUGAACGGAGAAGUCCUUAGCCCGUCCUCUGAUGUGGACAUCAUUGAGGAAGGAGGCAAACACACUCUGAUCCUGUACAACUGCAAAGUGCAGAUGACCGGAGAAGUGGCAUACGCCGCAGCCAACGCCAAAUGCUCUGCCAACCUGAAGGUCAAAGAGCUUCCUCUGAACUUCCUCAGCCCGCUGAGCGACGUUCAGGUGUACGAGAAGGAUGAGGCCAGGUUCGAGAUCGAGGUGUCGAGAGCACCGAAGACUUUCCGCUGGCUGAAAGGUUCUCAGGAGCUGCAGGCGGACGAAAAGUACGAGAUGAUCCAGGAGGGAAACAUGUACGUUCUGCUGAUCAAGUCGGCCGCGUACGACGACGAGGCCAAGUACAUGUUUGAGGCCGAGGACAAGAGGACGACCGGCAAACUCGUCAUACAAGGUAUCCGCCUGGAGUUUGCCAAGCCGAUUAAAGACGUGACGGUGAAGGAGCGUGAAACCGCAGAGUUUAGCGUUGAACUCUCUCAUGAAAAGAUCACCGUGGUCUGGUACAAGAACGACGUCCGUCUGCACCCCAGCAAGGUAGUGCACAUGUCGGACCAGGGAAAGAUCCACACGCUGGCCUUCAAGGAGGUCACCAUCGACGACACGUCCAUGAUCAAAGUGGAGGCCAUGGACAAGACCAUGACCGCUAUGCUCACUGUGAUUGAGGGCGACCUCUACUUCACCACCAAGCUUCAGAACUACACCGCCGUGGAGAAGGACGAGGUGAAGCUGGUCUGUGAACUCAGCAAAGCCGUCGCUGACGUCAAAUGGUUCAAAGACGGGAAGGAGAUUACUCCCUCCAAGAACAUUGCCAUCAGCACCGAUGGCAAGAAGCGCAUGCUGAUGGUCAGGAAGGCAGAGAAGGCCAACAUCGGAGAGUACACCUGUGACUGCGGCUCCGACAAAACCACAGCCAAUCUCAACAUUGAAGAGCGCGACAUCAAGGUUGUUCGCCCGCUGUACAGUGUGGAGGUGACGGAGAUGGAGACAGCCAAGUUUGAGACAGAGAUCUCAGAAGAGGACGUUCACGGAAACUGGAAACUGAAGGGAGAAGCUCUACAUCAGUCUCCUGAUGUGGAGAUUAAAGAGGAAGGAACCAAACACAUGCUGAUCCUCUAUAACGUCCGUAAGGACAUGGCCGGAGGUGUCGACUUCACAGCAGCCAACGCCAAAUCCAACGCCCAGCUCCGAGUGAAAGCGCGCUCCAUCGGGCUGCUGCUUCCUCUGAAGGAUGUGACGGUGACCGCAGGAGAGACUGCCACCUUCGAGUGCGAGCUGUCCUAUGAGGGCAUCGCAGUGGAGUGGUUCCUGGGAGGACAGAAGAUGGAUGCCAGCGAGCGGGUGAAGACUCGUGUCACAGGUGGUGUUCACGCUCUGACCAUCAGAGACGUGAAGCUGUCCGAGGCUGGCGAGGUCAAACUCACCUCCAAAGACUUCCAGACUCUGGCCCAGCUCAUCGUCAGAGAGCCACCCGUGGAGUUCACGAAGCCUCUGGAGGACCAAACGGUGGAGGAGGAGGCCAAUGCCACGCUGGAGUGUGAAGUUUCCAGAGAGAACGCGGAGGUACAAUGGUUCAGAGAGGGACAGGAGAUCAGGAAGACCAAAAAGUACGACCUGCUCGCCAACGGGCGCAAGAGGACACUGAUUAUCCACGACUGCUCUCCAGACGACGCAAAGAUGUACACGUGCGACGCCAAAGAGUUCAAGACUUCCUGUUUCCUGGAGGUCACACCUCCUCACGUGGAGUUCGCGAAGCCUCUGCAGGACGUGGAGGUCAAAGAGAAAGAAUCUGCCAAGUUUGAAUGUGAAGUGUCGCGCGAGUCGGCCAAGGUUCGUUGGUUCAAAGAUGGCAGCGAAAUCAGGAAAGGAAAGAAGUACGAGAUCAUUGCUAAGGGUGUCCAGAGGAUCCUCAUCGUUCACAAGUCGGUGUUUGAUGAUGAAGCCGAGUAUGAAUGUGACGCCAGGACUUCAAAGAGUUCCGGCAUGCUCACCGUCAUCGAGGAAGCAGCCAGGUUCACUAAGAACCUGUCCAACGUGGAGGGCACAGAGACGGACAGCGUGAAGAUGAUCUGCGAGGUGUCCAAGGCCAGCGCAGAGGUCACAUGGUUCAAAGGAGAGGAGGAGCUGCCGGAAGGCGGCCGCUACGAGCAAGUCAUGGAUGGACGCAAGAGGAUCCUGAUCAUCCAGGACCUGAGGAUGCAGGACGCCGGAGAGUACAACUGCAGGCUGAGUCCCACCACCAAGACGUCGGCCAUGUUGAAACUCAACGAGCUGGCUGCUGAGUUCAUCGCUCGUCCUCAGAACCAGGAGGUGGUUGAGGGCGACAAGGCUGAGUUCGCCUGCUCUGUCUCUAAGGAGACCUAUGAGGUGAAAUGGUUCAGAGGUGACAAGGAAGUGGAGGCUGGAGACAAAUAUACUGUCAUCAGCGAGGGGAAGAGAAGAGCUCUCAUUGUGAAAAACUGCGAGCUGAAGGAUGAGGGAGGCUACGUUGCCCACAUUGGCACCGUUAAAGCCUCUGCUGAUCUGUUUGUGAUUGAAAAACUGAGGAUCAUCACGCCAAUAAGGGACACGGAGGUGAAGGAGGGAAGUGAGAUGGUGUUCAACUGCGAGACGAACACAGAGGGAGCGAAAGCCAAGUGGCUGAAGAACGAGGAGACCAUAUUCGAGAGCAGCAAGUACAUGAUGGCUCAGAGGGACAACGUGUUCUCUCUGAGGAUCAAAGACGCCAAUAAGGCCGACGAGGCCAGCUACACCAUCAGCCUGACCAAUCAGAGAGGAGAGGCAGCCAAAUGCACUGCCAGCGCGAGAGUGGCAGAGGAGAAGCUGAAGUUCCUGGACCCCAUCGAGGACGUUGAGACUCAGGAGAAGAAGACCAUCGGCUUCGUCUGCAAGGUGAACCGUCCAGAAGUGACGGUGAGGUGGAUGAAGGCCGGCCAGGAGCUGACGCUCAGCAAACGCAUCGUCUACAGAGCUGAUGGCCUCAAACACACGCUGACCAUUAAGGACUGCGUGAUGGACGAUGAGGGAGAGUAUACUGCUGUGGUAGGAGAUGAUAAGUGCUCUGCUGAGCUGAUCAUCAGCGAGGCGCCUACAGACUUCACAGCACAGCUCAAGGACCAGACCAUCACUGAGUUUGAGGACGCAGAGUUCACCUGCAAGCUGAGUAAAGAGAAGGCUGCAGUGAAGUGGUACAGAGACGGACGAGAGAUCAGAGAAGGACCCAGAUAUCACAUGGAAAAAGAAGGCAAGACAUGCCGACUGAUCAUCAAGGUCUGCAGACCUGAUGAUGAGUGUGAAUAUGCAUGUGGUGUGGACGAGAGGAGGACCAGAGCCAGGCUCUUUGUUGAAGAGACCCCGGUGGAGAUUGUCAGACCUCCUCAGGACGUGUUUGAACCUCCUGGUUCUGACAUUGUGUUCGAGGUGGAGCUUAACAAGGACAGAGUGGAGGUGAAAUGGAUGAGGAACAAUAUGAUCAUUGUCCAGGGAGACAAAUACCAGAUGAUCAGCGAGGACAAAGUCCACAGGCUGCAGGUCUGUGAGAUCAGACCCAGAGAUCAGGGAGAGUACAGGAUCGUGGCCAAAGACAAAGAUGCCAGAGCCAAGCUGGAGCUUGCAGCUGUACCAAAGAUCAAAACCACAGACCAGAACCUGGUCACAGAUGCUGGUAAGCCCUUCGUCAUGAGCGUUCCCUAUGACGCCUACCCUCGCGCUGAUGCCGAGUGGUUCUUUGAGGGCUCCAGUCUGCCUGUCCAGGACAUCGACACCUCCAUAGAUAGGACUGAGUUCAGACUUAAGAGCCCCAGCAAGGAGAACCAGGGCCGCUACAGAGUGGUGAUCAAGAACAAGCAUGGGCAGGGAGAGGCCUUCAUCAACCUGGACGUGAUUGAUGUUCCCGGACCCGUCAAGAACCUGAGAGUAGUGGACACUGCUGAUGGUGAGGUCAGUCUGGCAUGGGAGGAGCCUGAGAGCGAUGGAGGAAGCAAGAUCAUGGCAUAUGUGGUCGAGAGACGUGAUGUAAAGCGUAAGACUUGGACCCUGGCUACAGACCGUGCUGAUACUCCGGAGUACUGUGUUAGCGGCCUCCAGAAGGACUCCAUGUACCUCUUCAGAGUCUGCGCAAGAAACCGAGUCGGCAGUGGACCCAUUGUGGCCACUGAGGAUGCCGUCCAGGCCAAGAACAAGUUUGAUGUUCCAGACGCUCCUGAGAACGUUGAAGUUAGCGUGGUGAACAGGUUUGGUGCCACUGUUAACUGGGAGCCUCCUAAGUUUGACGGUGGUUCUGAAAUCACGGCCUACGUGAUUGAGCUCCGUGACAGGACCUCUGUGAAGUGGGAGGCAGCCAUGUUUUGCGGUGCCAAUGACCGCUCGGCUACACUGAACGAUGUGGUGGAGAACAAGGAGUACAUCUUCAGAGUCCGAGCCGAGAACAAGGCUGGCAUCGGCAGGCCCAGCGCUGCAACCAAACCUGUCAAGAUCAUGGAUCCCAUUGAGAGGCCAAGCCCACCUCUGAACCUGAACUUCAGCGACCAAAUCAAGACUGCUGUCACGCUGACCUGGGAGACGCCAACCAGCAACGGCGGCAGCAUGAUCACCGGCUACAUCAUACAGAAGUGUGACGACGGCACUGACAAGUGGCUUCGCUGCAACGCCAGACUGUGUCCAGAUCUCUCCUACCGGGUGUCAGGUCUGAAACCAGGUCAGAAGUACCUCUACAGAGUCUGUGCUGAAAAUGCCGCCGGUGUCUCCGAUCCUACAGAGCAACUUGGCCCCCUGCUCGCAGAUGACCCUCAUGUGGGUCCAACGUUGGACCUCAGUGCCUUCAGGAAUGGUCUGGAGGUGAUCGUCCCUCAGCCUCUCACCAUCAGAGUUCCCAUCACCGGAUACCCGACCCCCAAGGCUAAGUGGACCUUUGGAGAGAAGGAGUUGACCACUGCUGAUGAGCGUGUCUCCAUGGUGACAAAGCCCACAUACACAGAGUUGACUGUCUCGCCAAGUGUCCGUCCAGACAAAGGCACCUACUCCCUGACUCUGGAGAACGACGUCUCGUCGGUCUCUGGAGAAAUCGAAGUUAAUGUCAUCGCAUGCCCCAGUGCUCCCAAGGACUUCAAAGUGGCUGAGGUGACCAGACAUCAUGUCCACAUGAUGUGGGAGGUCCCCGAGCACGAUGGAGGAAGUCCAGUCACCCACUACCAGAUAGAGAAGAGAGAGGUGUCCCGUAAGACCUGGGCCAAGGUGGCAACUGGUGUUCUGGACCUGGAGCACACAGUUACAGAUGUGAUUGAAGGAAAGGAGUAUCUGUUCAGUGUCACAGCCUGCAACAAGUGUGGACCAGGAGAGCCGGCGUACAUUGAUGAGCCCAUCAACGUGUCCUCUCCUGCCACUGUUCCUGAUCCUCCUGAGAACCUGAAAUGGCGAGAUAAGAGUGGCAAGACCAUCUUCCUGUCUUGGGAGCCUCCCAAGUACGAUGGUGGAGCCCCACUCAAAGGUUACGUGGUGGACAAAUGUCAGCGUGGCACAGACAAGUGGGAACCCUGUGGUGACCCCAUCCCUGAACUGAAGUUCCAGGUACAGGGCCUGAUCGAGGGCCAGUGGUAUGCAUACAGAGUCCGAGCUUUCAACAAGCUGGGAGCCGGCCGACCCUGCAGGGCUACUGAUGAGAUCCAGGCUGUGGACGCCAGAGAGCCUCCAGAGAUCCAGCUGGAUGUGAAGCUGCUGGCAGGUCUGACCGCCAGGGCUGGAACCAAGAUUGAGCUUCCAGCUGAUGUCAUUGGAAAGCCUGACCCCAGGGUGAAGUGGACCAAGGCCGACCAAGUCCUGCGUGCUGAUGACCGCAUCACCAUCGACACCCAGCCUGGACACUCGAAGCUGUCCAUUGGAAACACCACCAGAGGAGACACCGCCACCUACAUUAUCGAGGCAGUCAAUGCCUGUGGGCGCGCUACUGCAACUAUUGAUGUCAACAUUCUAGACAAGCCCAGCCCUCCAGCUGCCUUCGAUAUCUCUGAGAUCACCAACGAGUCCUGUUUCCUGGCGUGGAACCCUCCCAGGGACGAUGGUGGCUCGCCAAUCACCAACUACAUCGUAGAGAGUCGACAGACAGACAAAGAGGAGUGGGUGAAGCUAUCAGCCACUGUGAAACACACCACCUUCAAGGCCUGCAAGCUCACAGCAUUGAAGGAGUACAUCUUCAGAAUCAGCGCUGAGAACCAAUACGGCAUUGGAGAGCCUGCCGAACAUGCACCAAUCAUUGCCAAAUAUUCCUUUGAUCCUCCUGGUCCUCCAACAAGAGUCACUCCCUCCGAAAUCGCCAAGGAUGCAGUGACUCUGACCUGGUUCGAGCCGGAUGAGGAUGGUGGUAGCCCCAUCACAGGAUACUGGGUCGAGAAGUUUGAUCCAGAGAGCGACAAGUGGAUCAGAUGCAACAAGCUGCCAAUCAAGGACACCACCUUCAGGGUGAAGGGGCUCCCCACCAAGAAGAAGUACCGCUUCAGGGUUCUGGCUGAGAAUCUGGCUGGACCGGGAAAUCCCAGCGUAGAGACAGAUCCCGUCCUCAUCAAAGACCCAAUUGAUCCUCCAUGGGCUCCCGGCAAACCUUCCAUCAGGGAUGUGGGUAAGACCACCGCCCAGCUGGCAUGGACCAGGCCAGAGCACGAUGGUGGCGCAAAGAUCGAAGGCUACAUCAUCGAGUUCCAGAAGACAGGCAGCGAGGAGUGGAUACGCAUCGCAGAGGAUGUUCCACAGACUGAGCACCAUCUGACGGGCCUGAUGGAGAAGCAGGAGUACUCGUUCAGGGUCAAGGCUGUCAACAAGGCCGGAGAGAGCGAACCCAGCGAGCCCAGUGAGCCUGUGGUCUGCAAGGAGAGGCUCUAUCCUCCGUCCACUCCUCAGUGGCUGGAGGUGGCCAACAUCACCAAGAUCAACGCUGACCUGAAGUGGCAGGCUCCGAGCAGUGAUGGAGGCUCGCCCAUCACUAACUACGUGGUGGAGAAGAGGGAUGUGAGGAGGAAGGCCUGGCAGGCUGUGGACACCACGGUCAAGGAGCUGAAGUACACGGUGACUCCUCUUAACGAGGGAUCUCUUUACGUGUUCCGCGUCGCCGCUGAAAACGCAGUGGGCAUGAGUGAAUUCUGUGAGCUGGAGGACGCCGUGCUCGCCAAAGACACUUUCACAACUCCUGGGCCUCCCUAUGCCUUGACUGUGGUGGAGGUCACCAAGAGACACGUGGAACUGAAAUGGGAAGCUCCUAAGAGUAACGGUGGAAGACCUAUAACCAAGUAUGUGAUUGAGAAGAAAGAGAAGCUGGGGACUCGCUGGCUGAAAUGCUGCAAAACUCCAGACAAACAGACCCAGUUCAAGGUGACAGACGUGGAUGAAGGAUCUGAGGUUCAGUUCCAGGUCCGAGCUGAGAAUGAGGCUGGAGUUGGAGAUCCAAGCGAACCCACUAUGAUCCUCACCAUUGAGGAUGCGACCAGCGCUCCAUCUCCUCCUCUGGAAGUGGCCAUCCCUGAUGCCAGCAGAGAGCACAUCAAUGUCACCUGGAAGCCUCCUGCCAAAGAUGGCGGCUGCCCCAUCACCGGCUACCACGUUGAGGUGGCUGAAGCCCGUCCAGAGCUGAAGUGGCUCAGGGUUAACAGCAGACCUAUCAAGGAGCUUAAUUUCAGGAUCAGCGAUGGAAUCAAACCAGAGAAGAAGUACGUCAUCAGAGUCCGCGCUAUCAACACUGUAGGUGUUAGCGAUCCCUCUGAGAUCUCCGACAAGGUCUUCACCAAGGACCCUGACUGUGCGCCAACCAUGAACUUGGAGGCACAGGACGUGGUUGUGGUUGAAGGUGAAAAGCUGCACCUGAACAUCCCUUACAGGGCGAUCCCAACCCCUAAGAUGGUUUGGCAAAAGGACACAGUUGAGUGUAAGGCUGACGACCGGCUUUCUAUGACUGUGGAGAUGAACAGCGCUCACCUGGAGCUGCUUAAGUGCACACGUGCCGACGCCGGCUCCUAUGCCAUCACUCUGGAGAACAGUCUGGGAACCGCCACCGGGACUGUCAACGUCAAAGUCAUCGGGCUACCCGGUCAGUGUAAAGACAUCAUGUCCAGUGAGGUCACCAAGAACUCCUGCAAGAUCAGCUGGGAAGCCCCAGAGGAUGAUGGUGGAACCCCGAUUGUAAGCUACACACUGGAGCGCCGUGAAGCCUCCAAAAAGACCUAUAUACCCGUCAUGUCAGGAGAGAACGUCCUGACCUACACUGUCAAAGACCUCUAUGUCAACUGUGAGUACUACUUCAGAGUGAAGGCAGUGAACAAGGUCGGAGCCGGAGUGUAUAUGGAGCUACGCAACGCUGUAAUCACAGAGGAAGUCAAACAGAAACCAGACCCCCCAAUCCAGGUGGAGGCUCAAGACCCCUCAUCCAAGUCCAUCACAGUAACCUGGAAGGCUCCAGACUACGAUGGUGGAUGUCCCAUUCAGGGUUACAUCGUGGAGAAGAUGGAAAAAGAUGGCGACCGCUACGAGAGGGUCACCCCGAGCCUGGUGCCUGGUUUCUCACAUGUGGUGAGCGGCCUGAAGGAGGACGUGGAGUACCAGUUCAGGGUCCGCGCUGAAAACGCUGCAGGAGUCAGCGAGCCAUCACGCAGCACGCAGAUGAUGAAGGCCGCAGAUCCUGUCGAAAAACCAAAGGUCACCCUCCACGCUCGUGUGCAGUCUGGUCUGUGCAUCAAGAAGGGCGAGGAGAUCCGCAUCGAUGCCUACAUCUCGGGCUCGCCGUAUCCAAAAGUCACCUGGCUGAAGAACAACGAGGAUGUCACCAAAGAGCCCACCAAGAAAGUCGUCCCACUGAUGAAGAAGAAGACCAAGUCCAAGGUUCCUGAACCAGAGCCGGUGUACGUGACACCCCUUCAUGAGCGUCUGGGACUGGACCAGACCAAGAGAGGUCAGACGGUCCUGAUGAUCCGUGACGCCAUCAGAGUCGACCACGGAGAGUUCACCAUCCAGGUGGAGAAUACACACGGAGUCGCCACCGCCUCCUGCACCGUCAAUGUGCUUGACAAACCCGGCGCUCCGAUCAAUUUCACCUUUGAUGAGGUCAGAAACACGUCUUGCAUCUGUAACUGGGAGCCUCCAGAGGACGAUGGAGGCAGUGAGAUCCUGAACUACAUCCUGGAGAAGAAGGAUAACAAGAACAAGGAGGUUGACUGGAUCACCAUCACCUCCACCCUGAAGGGCACCAGCUGCCCCAUUACCAAACUCAUCGAGGGGAAGGAGUACAUCUUCAGGGUCACCGCUGAGAACAAGUACGGCGUCGGGCCACCGUGCAUCUCCGAGCCGCUCGUUGCCAAGAAUCAGUUCGAUCCUCCCGAUGCUCCCAACACUCCCAGAGUCCGUGAGGUGACGGCGAGCUCUGCCCACAUCUCUUGGCAAGAGCCAAAGGAUAACGGCAGCCCGAUCCUGGGCUACUGGAUCGAGAGGAAAGAAGUGAACAGCAAACACUGGACCAGAGUGAACCACGCCCUCCUCAACUCUCUGGAGGUGAAGGUCAGCGGCCUGAUGGAGGGACUCACCUACAUUUUCAGAGUGUGUGCUGAGAACCUGGCCGGGCCCGGGCCCUUCAGCGAGCCCACAGAACGUAUUGUGGCCAUGGACGCCAUCUUGCCUCCUGGUCCCCCCACUCCAUGGAUCGUGGACACAGGGAAGGACUUUGUGAUCGUGGCCUGGAAGCCUCCACUGUACAAUGGAGGAGGAGACAUCCUGGGAUACCAUGUCGAGAAGGUUCUGGCCGGGGAGAAGGAGUGGACUCGCAGUACAGAGUUCAGGUGUAAGGAGCUGACCUACACGGUGACCGGUCUCACAGAGGAAGCAGAUUACUACAUCCGUGUUGUAGCCGUUAACGACGCCGGACCUGGAGCUCCUGGAGUGACAGAACCUGUUACAGUCAAAGAACCGCAAGAAACUCCCGCUGUAGACUUUGAUGACUCAGUGAAAAAUGGAGUGAUGAUCAAGGCCGGGGAGUCUCUGAGGCUGCCCGCCAUCGUGACUGGACGCCCUCAGCCUGAGGUGAAGUGGUCCAAAGACGAAGCUGACAUCGAUGCUGAGCGAAUGCUUGUUGAGACGGUUGGAAAGAACAGCACUCUGUUCAUCAAGAAGGCGGUGAGGGCAGAUCACGGAAAGUACAAGAUCUCCGGCACCAACAGCAGCGGGACCAAGACGGCCGAGACCAGAGUUGACGUCAUGGACGUCCCCGGGCCGGUGGUCGACCUGAAGACCGUGACUGUGACAAAGAAGAACAUCAUCCUCACCUGGUCCGACCCCUUGGACAACGGCGGCAGUGACAUCUUUGGCUAUGAGGUGCUGAGGAAGGACGCCAAGAUGAAGCUUUUCCGCCAACCCAUCGAGACGGCGUCCUGUAAGUGCGACAUCCAGGGCCUGCUGGCCGGAGAGGAGUAUGACUUCAGGGUCAUCGCCAGGAACAAGUACGGCGACGGAGCUCCUGCCGACCUUGGGCCCAUUGUGGCUGAGGAUCCAAAAGGUACUCCAUCCGCCCCCGAGAAGCUGCACUACACCGACAGAAGCAAGACCACCAUCACGCUGGCGUGGCAGCCUCCACGCACUGAUGGAGGCAGCCCCAUCAGUGGUUACUACGUGGAGAAGAUGAGGUCUGACGGCGCAGAGUUUGAAGUGGCUAACCGCAAGAUCUUCACCGAGUGCUGCGGGACCAUCGAGAACCUGUCCGAGAACCAGGAGUACCAGUUCCGUGUCAAAGCCGUGAACGAGGUUGGAGAUGGAGAUCCCUCCAGGCCAAUCAACGCCAAGAUCCAGGACGAUGAAAUCUCUCCAGUGAUCACCAUCUUGAAGUUCUUCAAGAACAACUCCAUCAAUGUGAAGAAAGGCACGGCCAUCGACAUCCCAGCUGAGGUGAAGGGUCUUCCUCUGCCCACGCUGCAGUGGAUGAAGGAUGACGUGUUGAUCGAGGAGCCUGACGUAGAGAAGAUGACCAUGGAGACCGAGGAGGUGAACCGGACGACUGUCAGGUCAAAGAUCGCCAUCCCAGUAACCAUCCGGAGGGACAAAGGCAACUACAAGCUGGUGGCUGAGAACUGUUUCGGAAAAGCUCAGCAUGUCAUCCCAGUAGAGAUCCUCGACCGUCCUCUACCUCCGAGAAACAUCGUGGUGUCAGACAUCAAAGCAGAGUCCUGCUACCUCACCUGGGACGCCCCAGAGGACAACGGAGGCAGCGAGAUCACCAACUACAUUGUGGAGCGUCGGGAUGCCAGCAAGAAGAAGUCCGACUUCGAGGUCCUGACCAUCAACCUGAUCGACAGGAGAUACGGGGUCUACAAACUGAACCUGAACGGUGCCUACCAGUUCAGGAUCAAAGCUGAGAACAAGUACGGCGUUAGCGACGGCUGCGACUCAGAGAAAGUCCAGCUACGGGAUCCAUUUGGCCUCCCAGGACCUCCACGUAAUCCCAAAAUCAUCUCCGCCACAGCGACCACCAUGACCCUGACCUGGGAUCCUCCUCUGGACAAUGGUGGCUCCACUAUCCAGGGCUACUGGCUGGAGAAGAGGGAGCGUGGUGCUGUGUACUGGGGGCGGGUCAACCGUGCGCCUGUCACCAAACCGGCUGUGAAGGGUCUGCAGUACACUGUACUGAAGCUCAUCGAAGGAACUGAGUACAUGUUCAGGAUUUCAGCCUGCAACGCUGCUGGAGUCGGACCGCCCAGUGAGGCCUCAGAGUGCCGCUUUGCUGCUGAUCCCUGCAACCCCCCCAGCCCGCCUGGAGCCCCGGAGGUAAAAGACAAGACCAAGAGUAGCAUCACGCUCGGCUGGAGCCCACCAGACAAGGACGGCGGCAGCCCUGUCAAGGGUUACAUCAUCGAGGUCCACGAGGAGGGCUCUCCUGACUGGAGGAGGGUGAACCCUGCUGACAAGCUCCACCCGUCCACAGAAAUCACCGUCCCCGACCUGAAAGAGGGCAAGAAAUGCAAGUUUAGGAUCUAUGCCGUGAACGCAGCCGGAAACUCAGAGCCUGCCAAGACAGGCGACAUCUUGGUCCAGGACAUCCUGAUCGAGCCGACGGUGACUCUGGAUGUGAGCGCCCACGACCUGCUGAACUGCAGAGCUAGAACGACCAUCAGGAUCCCUGCCACCAUCACAGGACGACCCAUUCCCAAAGUCUCCUGGACAUUCGACGGAACCGCUGAGACUGAGAAAAAGAAUGAGCUGCACACACUGCCUGUUGACUCCGAGAUCCACUCCACUGACACCACAUCUGUGAUCGUGAUCCCAGAGAGUCAACUGAGCCACAGCGGUCGUUACAUCAUCAACGCUGAGAGUCCUGCUGGACACAAAGUGGUCAAAGUCAGAGUCAACGUGCUCGACCUGCCUGGACCUCCCAGAGACCUUAAGGUCAGCGACAUUACAAGGGGAACCUGCCGACUCACCUGGAAACCUCCUGAGUGUGACGGAGGAGAGAGAGUAAAGAGCUACUUCAUCGAGAGGAAGGCAGUGGAUGGCAAAGCCUGGACCAAGGUUAACCCCGCCUGUGCUGCCCAGUCCCUGGUGGUUCCAGACCUGAUCAACGGUCAGGAGUACCUGUUCCGCAUCAAAGCUGAGAACUGCUUUGGUUUCGGUCCGUUUGUGGAGACCCCUGAAGGAACCAGAGCCAGAGAUCCGAUCCAUCCUCCUGAUCCUCCAACAAGGCUGAAGAUCCAGAGCGUGAGGAAGGGCACCGUGACUCUGACAUGGAAGGCUCCAAAGAACGAUGGCGGUUCACCCGUCACCCACUACAGUGUCGACCUGCUGUGCUGGGAAGCAAGUAGUUCCCAGAAAGAGUCGUGGAGGAGGUGUAACAGGAGAGACGUGGACACCACCAGGUUUAAGGUGGAGGACCUGACCGAGGGAGACGAGUACGAGUUCAGAGUGGUGGCGCAUAACGCAGCCGGAGCCAGUCGACCUUCAACCACAGCAGGACCCGUUGUGAUCCAGGACCAGACCUGCGCUCCUUCCAUUGAGCUGAAAGAGUUCAUGGAGGCGGAACAGGGCUCCGACAUCAGCAUCGUGGCCAAGAUCCGCGGCUGUCCAUUCCCCACACUCACCUGGCACAAGGCUCCGCCCCACAAGUCCGAUGACAAGGUGGAGGUUCAAUACGACGAGCACAUCAACAAGAUCGUGUCAGACGACAGCUGCACAUUGCUCAUCCAGCAGGGCAAACGUCCCGACACCGGCCUCUACACUCUGGUGGCGUCCAACAGCCUUGGCAAGGCCUCCAAGGAGAUGAGGCUCAAUGUGCUUGGCCGGCCGGGUCCUCCCUCUGCUCCGAUUAAGUUUGAAGAGAUUGGAGCUGAGAGGAUCACGCUGUCCUGGCUGCCACCAAAGGACGACGGCGGAUCCAAAGUCACAAACUACGUCAUCUGGAGGCGUGUCGCCAACAGGAUGACCUGGGUCCCUGUUACCAAUGAACCAAAAGACCGUAUCUGGACGGUAGAGAACCUGAUGGCAGGGCAUGAGUAUGUGUUCAGGAUCAUGGCCCAGAACAAGUAUGGAGUCGGAGAGCCACUGGACAGUGAGCCUGAGAUCGCCCGCAACCUCUUUACCGUCCCCGGUCAGUGUGAGAAGCCGACUGUCACCAAUGUCAACAUGGACUCCAUGACAGUUAACUGGGAGGAGCCUGAGGACGAUGGUGGCACCCCAAUCACUGGCUACUGGCUGGAACGCAAAGAGACCACGGGAAAACGCUGGACUCGUGUCAGUCGUGACCCGAUCAGACCCAUGGGUAUGGGUGAGUCAUUUGUGGUUAGCGGACUUAUUGAGGGCUCACAGUACUUGUUCAGAGUCUCUGCCAUCAACGCUGCCGGAAUUGGACUCGCCAGCCCCCCCACUGACCCCUUCUUUGCCAGAGACCCCAUUUCCCCGCCCUCUCCUCCAACACCAAAGGUUUCUGAUUGGACAAAGUCCACAGUGGACCUGGAGUGGAUUCCUCCUUUGAAAGAUGGAGGCUCCAAGAUCAUCGGCUACUGGGUGGAGUACAAGGAGGAGGGUACUGAAGCCUGGGUCAAGGCCAAGGAGACCGAAACCCGAGGCACCCGAUUGGUGAUCACUGGUCUGAAGACCGGUGGAAAGUACAGGUUCAGGGUGAUUGCCUUCAAUGCUGCUGGUAACGGAGAGCCAGGAGAAGUCCCAGAGGUGCUUGAGGUCAACGACAGAUCCAUUGCUCCUGAGGUCGACCUGGACGCCUCAGUGAAGGAGAGAAUGGUGGUCCAUGCCGGUGGAGUGAUCCGUAUCAUCGCUUACGUUUCUGGCCAGCCAACCCCUGAGGUGACCUGGGGCAGAGACGGAGCUGCGCUGCCUCCUGAGGCCAAAGUGGAAACGACAGCCAUCAGUUCUUCUCUGGUUAUCAAACCCUGCAUCAGGAGGCACCUCGGCGUCUACACACUGACAGCCAAGAAUGCUGGAGGGGAGAAGUCCAAGAAGGUCACCGUGGAAGUUCUGGACGUCCCUGGGCCCGUUGGCAUUCCUUUAGUUGCAGAGAACCUGAGCACCGACUCCUGCAAACUCAACUGGUUCUUCCCUGAGAAUGACGGUGGUUCUCCAAUCAGUAACUACAUCAUUGAGAAACGUGAAGCUGAGCGCAAAGCCUGGACCUCACUGUCCUUCACCGCCAGCAGACAGAACGCUAUAUGUCAUGGCCUCACCACUGGAAAGUCUUACUUCUUCAGGGUUGCUGCUGAGAACGCCAUUGGUGUUGGACCCUUCACCACGACCGCAGCCGAGAUGAUCGUCAAGGAACCAAUGAGUGUACCUGACCGCCCUGAGGAACUGGAGGUCACCAAGGUCACCAAAGAUUUGAUCAGCGUCACAUGGAAGGCACCCAAAAACGAUGGUGGUUCAGAGAUCACCAUGUACAUCCUGGAAGCUCGUAUGAUCGGCAAAGACAAGUACACACGACUGACAAAGGAGAAGCUGAUGGACAGGAAGUUCACCUACGAUGGCCUUAGGGAGGGGGACACCUACGAGUUCAGAGUCAUCGCCGUCAAUGAAGUUGGACCCAGCAAGCCAUCUUUCUGCACCAAACCAAUCACCUGCAAGGAUGAACUCGAGCCACCAACCAUUGAGCUGGAUUUCCGUGAUAAGAUCAUUGUCCGUGUGGGAGAGAGCUGCCUGCUGCAGGGCCGUUAUACCGGAAAACCUUCCCCAUCCAUAGCAUGGUACAGAGAUGAUGAGGAGCUGAAGGCCGACAAACAUAUCAUGUUCAAGAAUACCCUGACCACCAUGUCGCUCGGCCUGAUGAAGGCACAGCGUGAGCACAGCGGCAGAUAUGUGGUGCAGGUAGAGAACAGUACUGGUUCCAGGAAGGGAGUCAGCAACAUCAUUGUUGUUGACCGUCCCACCCCUCCUGUUGGCCCUGUGGUGUUUGAAGAGGUGCAUAGGGAGUUCAUGGUCAUCUCCUGGAAACCUCCUCUUGACAGCGGUGGCGUUGAUGUCUCCAACUACAUCAUUGAGAAGAGAGACACCAACAGAGAUAUCUGGACCACUGUGACAUCUGCCAACACCAAGACCACAUGCAAGAUCCCCAAGCUUACAGAGGGCAGGGAAUACAUCAUGAGGAUCUCUGCUGAGAACAUGUACGGCAUCAGCGACCCUCUGGAGUCCGAGGAAAUGAGAGCCAAAGAUCUCUUCAGAGUCCCUGAGGCCCCUGAGAUGCCAACAGUUAGGGAGGUGUAUGGCACCAACGCCCUGGUUCUUUGGACCCGACCUCGGGAUGGCGGAAAGCCCAUCACUAACUAUAUUCUUGAGAAGAAGGAGACAAAAGCCAAGAGGUGGUCCAGAGCCACCAGAGACCCGCUUUACCCUAGCACUCAGUACAGAGUCCAGGACCUGGUGGAGGGCUGUGAGUACGAGUUCAGGGUGAUGGCUGAGAACGAACUGGGAACCGGAGAUCCUAGUGCCCCGUCCCAACCCAUCCUUGCCAAGGAUCCCAUUGUGCGUCCAAGCCCACCAGUGACCCCUGAGGCCUACGAUAAGACCAAGGACUCUGUCAGCCUGAGGUGGAAGAUGCCACGCCAUGAUGGAAAGGGCAGAAUCUUUGGAUAUAUUGUGGAGUACCAGAAGCCUGGUGCUGUUGAGUGGAUUCAGGCCAAUGAGACCCCAGAGCAGUGCCCCGAUCUCCACUAUAUUGCGACAGGUCUGACAGACGGACAGGAGUACGCCUUCAGGAUCUUCACAGUCAAUGCUGCAGGGAAAUCUGACCCUGCCUACGUCAAGCAAACCAUCAAAGUCCAUGACAGACUUGAGGCGCCAGAGUUACUUCUAGAUGCCAACAUGGCACGUGACCACCUGGCAAUGCUGGGAACUGACAUCACCCUGAGUGCAACCAUUAAAGGUGUACCGACGCCAACUGUCAGCUGGAAGAAGAAUGACGGUGAUGUUCCUGCUCACAUCAUGGUUGCUGUCACUGACAACAGCAGCAAAGUUUUUAUCCCCAAGUGUGUGCGCCCAGAUUCUGGCAACUACACCAUCACUGUUGAGAACACUGCUGGAAAGAAAUCAGCUACUGUUGCUGUGCUUGUGCUGAACAAGCCUACUCCUCCAAGAGACUUGGUGAUAUCAGAGAUAACCAGCGAGUCUGCCUACCUGACAUGGAAGGCACCCGAAGACAAUGGUGGUGCCGUCAUCUCCCAUUACGUUGUGGAGAAGAAGGAUGUUGCUGCAGAGCUCUGGGUCCCCGUCUCUGCCGCCAAUAAGAAGCCGAGUCUGAUGGCCAUGUAUCUAAUGGAGGGUAUCCAGUACCUGUUUAGGGUUGCUGCUGAGAACCAGUUUGGCAGGAGCGACUAUGUGGUCACCAGAACACCAAUAAAAGCGAUCGAUCCUCUCUAUCCUCCUGGCCCGCCCAAGAAUCUGCAUCACACUGAUGCAGACAAGACAGAAGUGUGGUUGGCAUGGGAGUGGCCUGACCGCACUGGGGGAAGUGAAAUUACUGGCUUCAUUGUUGAGCACCAGGAAGAGGGCCAGACUGACUGGGUAACAUUCAAGACAGUCAGCAACAACCAUGCUCAUGUUACUGGUCUUGAGGAGGGCAAGACUUAUCGCUUCAGGGUUAAGUCUCAGAAUGCCAUUGGUGUGAGCCGUCCUGACACCAGUGUACCUGUCACCUGCCAAGAGAAGACAUUGCCACCAACUAUAGAGGUUGAUGUGAAACUUAUUGAAGGUCUUAUUGUCAAAGCUGGCAGUCCUAUUAGCCUUCCAGCCAAGAUGACAGGCAUCCCCACUCCCACUGCCAAAUGGAUGACAGAUGACAAGGAGAUCAUUUCUGAAGGCCGCUAUAAGAUUGAGUCUGCUGGAUCCUCUACUAUCCUGAGUAUCCCUGAGUCCCAGAGAGGAGACACUGGAGAGUACAUCCUCACUGUGGCCAAUCCUGCAGGCAGUAAGACUGUUGCCCUGCAUGUUACUGUGCUGGAUCUUCCAGGUCCACCCAUUGGACCUAUAAACAUCUUGGAAGUCACCCCAGAUCAUAUGAUGAUCCAAUGGAGGGCACCCAAGGAUGACGGUGGAACGCCUAUUACCAACUAUGUGGUGGAAAAGAAGGAUGUGAAGAAGCCAUGGGAGCCCUGGUCUGUUGUUAGCUCCAGUGGCACAAGCACCAAGGCCAAGGUAUCGCGGCUGGAAAAGGGCCGUGAAUACAUUGUCCGUGUCCGUGCAGAGAAUAAGAUUGGCAUUGGUGCCGGGCUUGAGAGUCCUCCCACUAUUGCCAAGCACAUGUUUAACCCUCCUGGUCCACCAGGCUUGCCAGAGUGCUCUGAUAUCACAGAGAAUGCUGUGACAGUAGAAUGGACUCUUCCUGACUAUGAUGGAGGCAGCCCCAUUAGUGGCUAUGUGAUUGAACGCAGAGAAAUGACAGGAAAGUGGAUCCGUGUCAACAAAACACCUGUGCUGGACCUCAGAUACAGAGUCUCAGGUCUGUUUGAAGGCAACAGCUAUGAGUUCAGAGUGUUUUCUGAGAACAUUGCUGGUAUCAGUGAGCCUUCUCCCACCUCUGAUCCCAUCAAGGCUACUCGCGCAAUAACCAAACCAGGACCACCUGGAAAUCCUAAACUGAAGGACUGGAGCAAGUCUUAUGCUGACAUCUGCUGGACCAAGCCUACAAGAGAUGGAGGAAGUCCUAUCCUGGGUUAUGUGGUUGAGAUUCAGAAGUCAGGAACUGCCCAGUGGGAUAGAAUCAACAAAGAUCUCAUCAAGAUGUGUGCCCACAGAGUACCCGGUCUUAUUGAAGGAAUGGAGUAUAGAUUCCGCAUUAGGGCUACCAACAAGGUUGGAGACAGUGAACCUAGGGAGUUGAGUGAAACUGUCUUAGCAAAGGACAUCCUUGUGCCCCCUGAGCUUACUGUUGAUGUGUCAUGCCGGGACUCUUUGACAGUCAGAGCAGGUCAGAUCAUAAGUUUGAUCACAAGGGUAAAGGGCAGACCAGAUCCAGAGAUUACAUGGACCAAGGAUGCCAGAGCCUUGUCCCGGGACAAGCGCACAGAGAUGAACAAUAACUAUCCUCUGUGUGAGUUUGUAAUCAAUGAUGCAGUCAGGUCAGACUACGGUAAAUAUGCAAUUGUCGCCAAGAACAGUAGUGGACAGGCACAGGCCACAAUUAUUGUUAAUGUCCUGGACACACCAGGAGCUUGCCAGAACCUAAAAGUAGCCUAUGCGACCAAGAACUCCUGCAUGGUGUCCUGGGAGAACCCAGAGGACAAUGGAGGCACUGAAAUUACUCAAUACAUUAUUGAGUGUCGUCAGCCAAGCCAGAGGGGGUGGACGGUGGUGUCCAAUGACUGCACCAAGCGCCUCAUAAAGGCCCCUCUUACUGAAGGCUGUGAGUACUUUUUCCGUGUUAGUGCAGAGAAUAAGAUUGGCGCUGGUCCAACCAUUGAGAGCAAGACACCUGUGCUUGCUGUUGAUCCGAUUGAGAAGCCUGGUGAACCAAUUGACUUCCAAAUCUCUGAGAUUGGCAAGACUUUCUGCUUCCUUAAAUGGAAGAAACCAGACUAUGAUGGAGGUAGCCGUAACUUGGCUUAUCAUGUUGAGAAGAAGCCUAAGGAGGCUGAAGAAUGGGAGAGGCUUCACAAGGGUGCCAUAAAGGAGACCUACUUCAUGGCUGACCGGUGUAUUGAAAACCAGAUCUACCAGUUUAGAGUUCAGACUAAGAAUGAGGGAGGUGAAAGCAACUGGGUGACCACAGCUGAAGUUCUUGUGAAGGAACAGAUUGUGGAGCCUGAAAUCAAGAUUAAACUAGAUGGAAUACUUGUGGUCAAGGCAGGGGACUCUAUUCCUAUUGAGGCAACAGUGAAGGGCAAACCACAGCCCGAUAUCAGGUGGACUAAAGAUGAAAGCACAGAGGAGAUAAAGAAGAGCCCCAGGCUUCAGUUCGAAAGUGGUGCUGACUUCUCAAAGUUGCUAGUUACUGGUGCCAGGCGGACUGACAGUGGCAAAUAUGUUGUUACUGCCUCAAAUAGUUCAGGAACCUGCUCGGCUCAUGCCAAGGUCAAUGUACUGGAUAGACCCGGCCCCAUCAGGGAUCUUAAGGUGUCUGGUGUCACCAUCGACAGGUGUAAUCUCGACUGGGAGAUCCCAGAGGAUGAUGGCGGCUGCGAUAUUUACAACUACAUUAUUGAGAAAUGUGAGACCAAAAGAGGAGUCUGGUCAGUUCACACCAAUGCUAUCAUCACCAAUAAAGCUAAAGUCACCCGUCUUAUUGAGGGUAAUGAGUACAUCUUCAGGGUUCGUGCUGAGAACAAGAUGGGUCCUGGCCCUGCAGUGCAGAGUGAAGCCAUUGUCGCCGGCACCCAAUUCAGUGUUCCUGAUGCUCCAGAGGCACCUGAAGUCACCAAGAUUGCAAAGGAGGAGAUGACUGUGCAGUGGUCAGAGCCAGAGAAAGAUGGUGGAAAGCCAAUCACUGGUUAUCUGUUGGAGAAGAGGGAGGAGCAUGCAGUUAGGUGGUCUCCUAUCAACAAGGAUCCAAUUCCAUCAACUCGUUUUACAGUGACUGGACUCCUGCCCCUCCAUGACUACCAGUACAGAGUAAAGGCUGUCAAUGAAAUUGGCAUCGGCAGCCCAAGCAAGCCUUCACGUACCAUCACUGCCAAAGAUACAGUUGAGCCUCCUGCACCUCCCACCAACUUGAAGGUCCUUGACAGUACCAAAUCAACCAUCACCCUGGGUUGGACCAAGCCCAUUUCAGAUGGUGGAGCACCCCUUAUUGGCUAUGUUGUGGAAACGAGAGCGCAGGGAAGUGCAAAGAAAGGAGAUGAUGGUUGGAAGAGGUGCAACUCGGCAGCACAGCUGAUUGUGUGCGAGUUCACAGUCACAAGUCUGGAUGAGAACCUUACGUAUGAAUUUAGAGUUUCAGCUCAGAACCAGGUGGGCAUGAGCCUGCCUUGUGACCUUGAGGGUGCUGUGAUACCAAAGGAGAUUCUAGAGGCUCCAGAGGUCGAUUUGGAUGCCAACCUGAAGCAGGGACUGACAGUUAGAGCUGGCUGUCCUAUUAGACUAUGUGCCACUAUCAGAGGUCGACCAGCUCCAAAAGUCACUUGGAGGAGGAUGGGUAUUGAUAAUGUGGUUAGGAAGGGAAAAGUUGACAUUAUUGACACCAUGACCUUCUUGGUCAUCCCUGACAGCACUCGCUAUGAUUCUGGAAAAUACUGCCUGACUCUGCGGAGUACUGCAGGAGAGAAAGCUGUGUUUGUCAAUGUUAAAGUCCUUGACACUCCUGGACCUGUGACAAAUCUGGAAGCUACUGACAUCAAACAGACAUCAGCCAUGCUCUCCUGGGGUCCCCCAGAGACUGACGGUGGCAGUGAGGUUACCCACUACAUUGUCGAGAAACGUGAAAUCGACCGCAAGACUUGGGCAACUGUCAAAGGCGAAGUUGAGAAGGAUAAGAUUCCCUUCAAAGUCAGUGGCCUGACACCAGGCACUGAGUACUACUUCAGAGUCAUGGCUGUCAAUGAGUAUGGUCCUGGAGUUCCAAAGGUGUCACCUACUUCCUACCUGGCUUCUGAUCCUGUCAGCAAGCCUGAUCCAUGUGAAAAGAUUGAAGUUCUGGAGAUAACCAAGAACAGUGCCACCAUUGGCUGGGUUAGACCUGCAAGGGAUGGUGGUGCCAAGAUUGAUGGCUACGUUAUAGAAUACAUAGAGGAGGAAGAGGAGGCAGAACCUGAAAAGGAAGUAUGGAAUGCCUACACUACAGUGAAAGGUUUGACAAUCAGCAUAAGCGGCCUGAAGGAGGGAAAGAGGUACAAGUUCAAAGUGGCUGCCAAGAACAUUAUGGGCAUGAGCUCGUUUACCGAGACCAGGCAGCCAGUGGAGAUCAAGGAACAGAUGUUGGAACCAAAGAUUGUCAUGACAGACACAGCAAGCGCCAGAGCUGGAGCUAAGCUGAGAGUGGAGGCACUGGUUUCCGGAAAACCUGCCCCAACCUGCAAGUGGAUGCGUGGUGAGGAUGCAGUCGUCCCCUCAAGCCGUCUGGCCGUGCACCAGUCAGGAAACCUUUGUGUCUUGAUCAUCAAAGACGUGUCAAGGACUGACAGCGGAGAGUACAGUCUUGUGGCUGAGAACACCUCCGCAAAGGUGACCCAGUCCCUGAAGAUUGUUAUCAGAGACAUCCCUGGUCCUCCUGAGGGCCCUGUGGAAAUCAGCGACAUCGAUUCUGAUGCCUGCUCGCUGUCCUGGAACAAACCACUGGAAGACGGUGGCAGCAAUAUCACCAACUAUGUGGUGGAAAAAUGUGACGUGACUAGAGGUGACUGGGUAACAGCUGUCUCUUCUGGCCUGAAGACCAGUUGCAGGCUUGGAAAGCUCGUCCCUGGAAAAGAAUAUGCGUUCCGUAUACGUGCUGAGAACCGUUAUGGUGUGUCAGACCCCAUUCAGUCUGACAGGAUGGUUGCCAAGUUCCCCUUCGAUGUUCCUAGUGAACCCCUAAACUGCCGCAUCAACAAGACCAACAAGGACUGUAUGUUUGUGGCCUGGGAUAAGCCAGAGAAUGACGGUGGCAGUCCUAUCACAGGUUACUACAUAGAACGCAAGGAGAGGAACAGCCUGCUGUGGGUGAAAGCCAAUGACACCGUUGUACGCACCACUGAGUACCCAUGUGCUGGCCUCAUUGAAGGCCUUGAAUACACAUUCAGAGUGUCUGCCAUCAACCGUGCUGGCCAGGGCAAACCAAGCAAGAAGACUGACUUUGUCACUGCUAGAACCCCUAUUGACACUCCAGGUAAACCUGAGGUCCUAGAUGUAACCAAGAACUCUGUCACUCUGGUUUGGACUCGUCCCAAGAAUGAUGGUGGCAGUAAGAUCAUUGGCUACUAUGUUGAGGCCAUGCGGGUGCCAGGAGACAUCUGGAUACGUUGCAACACCAGCAGCCAGAAUGUCCCAAGGGAGGAGUAUACAGUGACUGGCCUGGAGAGGGACCUUCAGUACCAGUUCAGAGUUAUAGCCAAAACUGCUGUCAACAUAAGCAAACCCUCUGAGCCCACAGAUCCUGUCCUUGUUUGUGCUGAGAAUGUUCCUCCAAGGGUCGAACUUAAUGCCAGGAUGCAGAAAGGUCUUAAGGUAAAGGCCGGAACCACAAUUCUUCUGGAGGCUGAGGUGUUUGGUAAGCCUAUGCCCAGAGUUACCUGGAAGAGAGGAGAUGAUAGCCUGAAGUCAGGUGAAGGCCAGGUCAUCACCCAGCAGAGGCAUCACUUCCAGCUAGAGAUGACAGAAGUCAGCAAAGACCACACAGGAACCUACACCAUCCAGGCCGAUAACGCCAGUGGUUCGAAGGCUGCGGAAAUCCAGGUCAAUGUCCUGGAUGUGCCUGGUCCCCCUGCAAGUGCCAAGUGUGUAGAGGUGUUCGCCACCAGUAUAAAGCUGUCUUGGGAGCCUCCUCUGAAGGAUGGAGGUGCUGCCAUCAGCAACUACAUCAUAGACAAGCGUGAGACCAGCAGAGCCAACUGGGCCCAGGUCAUUGCAAAACAUAAGGGGGAAAUCCUUGAGCUGAAUGUGGAGAAGCUGAUUGAAGGUCGUGAAUACCAGUUCAGAAUCCGUGCUGAGAACAUGUGGGGAGUUGGAGACCCCUUUAUCACCAACCCUGCAAUUGCAAAGAACCCAUUUACUGUACCUGGCUCUUGCGAGGCCCCAGUGAUCACAAAUGUGACCAAGGAUCGUAUGACUGUGAGCUGGAAAGAGCCUGCUGAUGAUGGAAAAUCCACUAUCUUGGGUUACAUGCUUGAAAAGAAAGAGAGCAAGGAGAUUAACUGGACCAAGCUGAACAGGAAGCCCAUGACAGAGAGGAGCCUAGAUGUUACAGGUCUCACAGAGGGAGCAGAGUAUGAGUUCAGAGUCACUGCUGUCAAUGUGGCAGGGCUUGGCAAACCCAGCGAGCCCUCUGCUGGAACCACUGCACAGAAUCCCAUCACUCCUCCUGGCCCAGUUGUGAACCCAAGUGUAGCGGACACAACUCGCAGUACCAUUAGCCUCACCUGGACCACCCCAGCCAAUAAUGGAGGAAGUCCCAUCAUUGGAUACUUGGUGGAGUGCAAGAGGGCAGACACCACAGACUGGAUCAGAUGCAAUGUCCCAAGGAACCUGCAGGAAACCAACUAUGUUAUCCAGAAUCUUAUUGACAAAGCUGAGUACCAGUGCCGCAUCACUGCUGUCAACAAAGUUGGAUUCGGUGAGCCAGUUGAAGUACCUGGCAAGCAUGUUGCCAAAGACAUCAUUGUUCCACCGGAGGCAGAGCUGAGUGCAGAAAUGAAGGAGGGCCUGGAGCUGAAUGCUGGUGCCAUUAUGAGGUUGCAAGCAAUCAUCAAGGGCCAUCCUGUUCCCAAGGUCACCUGGGCAAAGAUGAACACUAAUAUCAAGAACCGCCAGGGCAUUAUCAUAAAAUCAACUAACACUGACACCUUGGUGAUGGUGGAAAAUGUAAACAGAUAUGAUGCUGGCAAAUAUAUUCUGAGCCUGGAUAGCUUGGCUGGCAUGAAGAUGUACACCAUUGUUGUCAAGAUCUUUGAUACUCCUGGACCUCCAGUCAACUUAAUUGUGAAGGAGUCAAGUAAGGACAGUGCAUCCAUCUAUUGGGAUGCUCCUCUGAUCAAUGGUGGCCAUGAAGUCACCCACUACAUAGUGGAGAAGCGUGACACAGAGAGGAAGGCCUGGUCCAUUGUCUCAAACAACUGCGACAAGACAUCAUUCAAAGUGCCAGACCUGGAUGCUGGACGGUCUUACUGCUUCAGAGUGUCUGCAGUUAAUAAGCUUGGUGCCGGAGAGUGUUGUGAGACCGCCGAUGCAGUAAAGGCAUCUGAGGAGCCUGGUCCGGUCAUGGACUUCAAGACCCUGUUGGUUACCAAGGACUCUUGCACUUUAAGCUGGAAGAAACCCCUCACAGAUGGUGGCAGCCGCAUUAUCUGCUAUGUUCUUGAGGUUCUCAAUGGGGACGACAAAUACAAGGAGCUAAUGAGGUCCAAAAACAUGCAGUAUAGUGCCAAGGACCUGGUGGAGGACAGAGAGUAUAACUACAGAGUUAAGGCUGUGAAUGACUCAGGAGAGAGCUCUGCCAAAGAACUGAAAGUGGUUGCCAAAGACCAGAUCAUUCUUCCCAGCUGUGACUUAAGGGACUUGCCUAACAUGUGCUACAUUGCCAAGGAGGGCAGCACCGUUCGUCUGAAGAUCCCAAUCAUCGGAAAACCUACCCCCAAGGUCUCGUGGAAGAAGGGAGAUGAUGAAGACCUGACAGACACAGGCAGAGUGUGCGCAGAGUCCUCUUCAGUUAACACAACCCUCCUGAUUAGGGACUGCCAAAGGAGUGAUGCUUCAAAGUACACCAUCACUCUAAGAAACAGUGCUGGAAGCAAGGAGUCCACCAUUUUUAUCAGGGUGGUGGGAAAACCUGGUAUCCCUAUCGGACCAGUGAAGUUUAAAGAUGUGACUGCAGAUGGUGCUACACUGAAGUGGGGUGCUCCCAAGGAUGAUGGUGGUUCAGAGAUCACAAACUACAUCCUGGAAAAGAGGGACUCCGUCACCAACAUGUGGGUUAAUAUAUCCUCCACUGUGGAGACCAACACCAUGAGGGUGACCGGCCUCCAUGAGGGCACAGAGUACAUUUUCAGAGUCUGUGCUGAAAACAAGUACGGAGUUGGAGAAGGACUCAAGUCUGAACCAGUUGUAGCUAAACAUCCAUUCAAUGUUCCGGAUGCUCCUCUUCCACCUCAAAUCAUGAGUAUGCGCCAUGACUCCGCUUACCUGACCUGGUUUGAUCCUAGGAAAACUGGUGGAUCACCGAUAACAGGCUACCAUGUUGAGUUCAAGGAAAGAAACAGUAUGUUGUGGAAAAGGGCAAGCCCGACAGCCUUGAGGAUGAAGGAACACAAGGUAACAGGGCUGACUGAAGGACUGGAGUACGAGUUCAGAGUCAUGGCUAACAACCUGGCUGGUAUCGGAAGACCAAGUGCUCCCACCGAUCCACAGGUGGCCUUAGAUCCCAUUGAUGCCCCUGGUAAACCUGAUGUGAUCAGCAUCACCAUAAGUACUGUGACCAUGCAGUGGACAGAGCCCCAAUUUGAUGGUGGGCACAGACUGACUGGCUACAUCGUUGAGAGGCGUGACUUGCCAUCCAAGAUAUGGGUGAAGGCCAACAAUGUGAAUGUUGUGGAGCCUGCAUUCACUGUGACAGAUCUACAGGAGGGAUGCAAAUAUGAGUUCAGAAUCAGAGCAAAGAAUGCUGCCGGCGCUCUCAGUCCACCCUCUGAGCAGACAGAUACCAUUAUCUGCAGAGAUGAAUAUGCGGCACCAACCAUUAUAAUAGAUGCGCAGGUGAAGGAGGGUCUGACUGUCAGAGCUGGGGAUACUAUUGUCAUUACUGCCACAAGUAUUUUAGGCAAGCCUGCACCAACCUCUUGCUGGUCAAAGGGAGGAAAAUAUUUCAAACCUUCUGAUCUUGUUCAUAUUGAGACCACUGCAACUUCCUCCACGCUCUCUAUCAAGUAUGCUGGCAGGAAGGACUCUGGAGAGUAUAUUAUCACUGCUAGCAACCCCUUCGGUGUAAAUGAAGAAACAGUCAAGGUCACAGUCCUGGAUGUUCCUGGAGCUCCUGGACCCAUUGAAAGUAGUGGUGUUUCCUCUGAAAAAGUUACUCUUACCUGGACAGCUCCUACUGAGGAUGGAGGCUCUCCUAUUAAGUAUUACACUCUAGAAAAGAGAGAGACCAGUCGCCUGCUUUGGACAAUCCUGGAGAAGAAGGUCAUUGACUCUCACUAUGUUGCCAACAAGCUCAUCCAGGGCAAUGAGUAUUUCUUCAGAGUCUCUGCUGUUAACCAGUAUGGUGGCAGUGAGCCAUCUCACUCUGAAGCAGUCAAGUUGGUUGAUAGAUUUGGUCCACCUGGUCCACCAUCUAAACCAGAAGUAGAGAAAGUUGAUGGACACUCAGCAACUGUCACUUGGAGAAGACCUGUCGAGGAUGGGGGAAGUGACAUCAUAGGUUACUGUGUUGAGAAAAAGGAGAAAAAGGCUAUGAGAUGGCUUAGGGCAUCAAAGAAAUCCAUCGCUGAGCUCAGCUAUGAAGUCACAGGUCUCACUGAGGGCAUGGAAUAUGAGUUCCGUGUUCUUGCAGAGAACAAAGCUGGCUUUGGAGAGCCAAGUGAACCAUCUAUGCCUGUCAGAACAGUAGUUGUUGCCUAUGUACCUGGGCCUCCAGUCAAUCCAAGAGCCACAGACACAACCAAAACCACUGCCACUCUGAACUGGGGAAAGCCUCUUGACAAUGGUGGGCUUGAAGUCACUGGGUAUGUGAUUGAGCACAAGAAAGAAGGAACAGAAGAAUGGGUGAAGGACACUCCUUCAUCACCACUAAGAAUCACAGAGUUUGUAGUUCCCAAUCUAGAAAAUGGGGCAAAAUACUACUUCAGAAUUAGUGCUGUGAAUGCUAAGGGGGCAGGUGAACCUGCUGAAACUCAGGAGCUGGUUGAGAUUGUUGAGCGUGCAGCAGAACCUGAUUUGGAGCUAGAUAUUGAGCUGAGAAGAACCCUUGUUGUAAGGGCUGGCUGCUCCAUUCGCCUCUUUGUCCCUAUCAAGGGACGUCCUGCACCAACAGUCAGCUGGACCAAAGAAGGUGGCCCUGUCCCACGUGCUGUCAUUGACAGUACUGAGUCUUUUACAAUGCUGAUUAUCCCAGAGAGUUCAAGAAUUGAUGCAGGCAAAUAUGAGCUUACCCUUGAAAACACUGCUGGAAAGAAGAGUGCUGAUAUACAUGUGAGAGUUCUAGAUUCACCUGGACCUCCACUUAACCUUAAACCAGUCAAGAUUGACAAGGAUAGCAUCAUUCUUCAGUGGGAGAUGCCGCUCAUUGAUGGUGGAGCCAAGAUCACAAACUAUAUCAUUCAGAAGAGAGAAUCAACACGCAAAGCUUUUGUCACUGCCAUUACAAAUUGCCCCACCACUUCAGUCAGGAUUGCAGAGCUUGGUGAAGGCUGUGAAUACUACUUCAGAGUGUCUGCUGAGAAUGAGUAUGGCAUUGGUGAGGCGGUUGAAACUGCUGACCCCAUUCGUGCAUCCCAGGCCCCAACUCCUCCAGAGAGUAUAAUUCCCACUGAUAUCACAAAGAAUUCUGUGAGCUUGGCUUGGACUAAACCCAAGCAUGAUGGUGGAAGCAGGAUUACUGGAUAUGUCCUUGAAGCACAGAAGAAAGGAACUGAUCAGUGGGCACACGUAACAACAGUUAAGACCAUGGAUUUCACAGUGAAGAAUCUGAAUGAGAAUGAGGAGUACAUUUUCCGUGUAAUGGCUGUAAAUCACUCCGGUAGAAGUGCCCCACGUGACAGCAAACUAAUCGCUGUCAAGGACUGUACUUCCCUGCCUGAGUUUGAUCUUCGUGGUGUGUGUCAGAAAACUGUUAUUGCCAAGGCUGGAGAUGACAUCAAGGUUGAAAUUCCAGUUAUGGGACGUCCUAGACCAUCUGUCUCCUGGCAGAAGGACGGCGCAGCCUUAAAACUCACUCAGAGAACCAAUGUGGAAACUACUGCUGCUACUGUUACGCUCAGCAUAAAUGAAUGCACCAGAGCAGAUGGUGGUGUUUACACCAUGACAGGGAAGAACAUUGUUGGUUCAGUGUCUGACAACAUCAUUGUCAAAGUACAUGAUGUACCUGGGCCACCAAAAGGACCAGUUAAGAUUGUGGAGAUAUCUCGAACAUAUUGCAUCUUUGCAUGGGACACUCCCGAUAAUGAUGGAGGAGUUCCAAUAAACAAUUAUGUGGUUGAAAUCAGAGACACAACUUCCCAAACAUGGAUAGAGCUGUCUUCAACCGUCAUUCGUACCAUGUUCAAAGCUAUCCGUUUAACCACAGGAUCAGAAUACCAGUUCAGAGUAAAGGCUAAGAACAGAUAUGGCGUUGGACCAGCCAUAACCUCAGAGGCAGUGGUGGCUGCCUAUCCAUUUAAGGUCCCUGGGCCUCCUGGUACCCCUGGUGUUGUUGCCUUUACCAAGGAUUCAAUAACAGUUGGCUGGAAUGAACCUGUCGCUGAUGGUGGAAAUGAAGUCAUUGGUUAUCAUGUUGAAAGGAAAGAAAGAAGCAGCAUCAUGUGGAAUAAAAUCAGCAAGGGUCUUGUGAAAGGAAACCUCUUUAAAUCCACAGGUCUUGAAGAUGGAGUGGCCUAUGAGUUCCGUGUCAUGGCUGAAAACAUGGCUGGAGUUGGCAAGCCCAGCAAGUCCUCAGAAGCAAUACUGGCCUUGGACCCUGUUGACCCACCAGGUCAACCAGUGCCAAUAUUUGUCAACAAGAAUGUAAUUACUAUUCAGUGGACAAAGCCCGAGUAUGAUGGUGGCUUCAAAAUCACUGGCUACACAGUGGAGAAGAAAGAAUUACCUACUGGGCGCUGGAUGAGAGCCAACUUCACCAACAUCAUUGACACAACAUUCACUGUAAGUGGACUGACUCAAGAUGCUGCUUAUGAGUUCCGUGUCAUAGCCAGGAACUCAGCAGGUGCAGUUAGUGUGCCCUCAGAUCCCUCAGACCCAAUUACCUGCAAAGAUGACAUUAUUGAGCCACGCAUAAUGGUAGAUGCAAUCUUCAAGGAUGUUGUUUUACUGAAGGCAGGAGAGUCAUUUAAACUUGAUGCUGACAUUGCUGGACAACCAACUCCAUCUAUGGUUUGGACCAAGAAUGGAAAGGAAAUUGAGAACACACUGAAACUGGAAGUUAGGUUCACAGAACUGACAACCAUCCUGACCAACAAGGACUCUGUCAGAUCAGAUGGAGGAGAAUUUGUUUUGACUGCCACUAAUGUUGGUGGAUUUGCUAAGCACAUCUUCAAUGUUAAAGUGCUAGACAGGCCUGGACCACCAGUUGGCCCUCUUCAGGUUUCUCAUGUUACAGCUGAUAAUUGCAUGCUAACCUGGGCUCCACCUGCAGAUGAUGGAGGUGCCAAGAUUGAAGGAUAUGUAAUUGAAAAGCGGGAGUCAAGCAGAUUGGUUUGGACAAAUGUGGUUUCAGACCUGCAGGUUACACAGCAUAAGGUGACCCAGCUGCUUAAGGGAAACGAAUACAUUUUCAGAGUUAUGGCAGUAAACAAGUAUGGAAUUGGUGAAUCUCUUGAUUCAGACCCAACUAUUGCAGACAACCCAUACACAGUCCCAGAUCCACCUGAGAAUCCUGAGGUGACAGCUAUCACUAAAGACUCAAUGGUUGUUAUGUGGCAAGCACCUAAGAGUGAUGGUGGAACACCCAUCAUCAACUACAAUAUUCAAAGAAAAGACCGAAUUGGCCUCAGCUGGGUAAAAUGCAACAAAAGGAAAGUCAAAGAUCUACAAUUCAAGGCAACAGGUCUUGUUGUUUCACAUGAAUAUAAAUUCAGAAUAAUUGCAGAGAAUGCUGCCGGAGUGAGUGCACACAGUGCCUCGAGUUCAUUCUACAAGGCCAGCGAUGCAUUAUACAAGCCUGGGGUUCCAUGCAACCCCCGCAUCUUGGACACAACCAAAUCCUCGAUUACUGUUGCCUGGAACAAACCUGUAUAUGACGGUGGCUCUGACAUCACAGGCUACAUUGUGGAGACCUGUACUCCAUCUGAAAAGGAGGAAGAGGAGGAAUGGACCAUAGCAACACCCAAAGAAGGCCUCCUUGCCACGUCAUUCACUAUUAUUAAUCUGAAGGAAAAUCAGGAGUACAAGAUUAACAUCUCUGCUGUCAACAGUGAAGGAGUUGGAGAUGUAGCAUCUGUACCUGGUAAUCCUAAAGCAGAGGACAGGCUUCUCCCCCCAGAGAUUGAUUUGGACGCUGAGCUCCGCAAGUUAAUCAAUCUUAGAGCAUGCUGCUCUCUAAGACUGUUUGUGCCUAUCAGAGGCAGACCGGCUCCUCAGGCUAAAUGGACCAAAGGAGAAGGGCAGUCUAUUGAAAGGGCAACCAUUGACAGCACAACUUCUUACACAUCACUUGUAAUUGAGAAUGUAAACAGAUUUGACAGUGGAAAGUAUAAUCUUACAGUGGAAAAUAGCUCCGGCUCCAAGACAGUUACAGUCCAAGUCAGGGUGCUUGAUACACCAAGUGCCCCACAAAAUCUGAAGAUAACUGCUGUAACUAAUGAAGCUGUGACACUGACUUGGGAUCCACCAGUGAAUGAUGGAGGAGUAAAGAUUAAAAACUUUUUAGUUGAAAAACGUGAGUCUACAAGAAAAGCUUAUGCCACAGUCAGUGCUAUGUGCCAUCAUACCACCUUCACAGUUGACCAGCUCCUGGAAGGAUGCAAUUAUUACUUCAGAGUUCUAGCUGAGAAUGAAUAUGGCAUUGGAUUGCCCAUUGAAACUGGUGAGUCAGUUAAAGUGUCAGAGAAACCACAGCCACCUGGCAAAAUCACUCUCAAGGACGUUACCAAAAACAGUGUCACUCUCUGCUGGGAGAAGCCAGUGCAUGAUGGUGGCAGCAGAGUAGGCUGUUAUGUUGUUGAGAUCCAGCCAAAGGGAGUUGAUAAGUGGACCCAAGCAGUGAUUGUAAAAGAAACAGAAGCUACUAUAAGUGGACUCAAUGCAGGGGAAGAAUACAUGUUCCGUGUAGCAGCAAGAAAUGAAAAGGGAACAAGUGACCCACGUCAAAUUGGUGUGCCAGUGAUUGUAAAAGAUCUUGUGAUUGCACCUGUUGCAAAAAUGUUGUUUAACACAUUCAGUGUGUUGGCAGGAGAAGAUCUGACAGUGGACGUUCCAUAUGUGGCACGCCCAAAAGCAGCUGUCUCCUGGAUAAAAGAUGGCCAGCCUCUGAAGAGAACUACCAGAGUAAACUUUAGUGCAACUGACACAAUGCUGAACCUCAAAAUAAAAGAGGCCACUAAAGAUGAUGUUGGAAAGUACCAUAUUACUCUUACCAACACAGCAGGAGAGACAACAGCAGACAUUGGCAUUGUUGUUCUUGACAAACCUGGUCAGCCAGGUGGCCCAAUUAAAGUUGAAGAGGUCACUUCUGACAGUGUCACUAUCUCCUGGAACCCACCAGAAUAUGAUGGUGGUUGUACCAUUAAAAAUUACAUUGUGGAAAAGAGAGACACAUCCACAACUACUUGGAUGAUUGUGUCUGCCAACCUUGCUAGGACCAAAAUCAAGGCAGGCAGAUUGAAGACUGGCUCUGAGUAUCAGUUUAGAAUCACUGCAGAAAACAGAUAUGGAAAAGGUCCAGCUCUUCUUUCAGAGUGUAUUACAGCUCAAUACCCUUACAAGCUGCCAGGACCCCCGGGUACACCCUCCAUUGCAGCCUGUGCCAAGGACAGCAUGGUGAUUGUUUGGAAUGAACCUGUGAUUGAUGGUGGAAGCACAAUUUGUGGCUAUCAUCUUGAACGCAAGGAGAGAAACAGUAUAAUGUGGGUUAAACUUAACAAAUCUCUAAUUACUGAACAAACCUUCAAGACCACUGGUCUUGAGCCAGGAAUGGAGUAUGAAUACAGAGUUUAUGCUGAAAACAUUGUUGGAGUAGGCAAAGUGAGCAAAGUGUCAGAGGGAACUAUUGCGAGAGAUCCUUGUGAUCCUCCCGGCACCCCGGAAGCAACUAAGAUCGCUAAAGAUUCUGUGACCAUUGUUUGGACCAAGCCUGAGUAUGAUGGUGGUGCAAAGGUAACAGGCUAUAUUGUGGAAAAGAAAGAGCUUCCUGAAGGUCGUUGGCUAAAGGCUAACUUUACUAACGUCAUUGAGACAGAAUAUGUUGCAACAGGACUUGUACAGGACAAUCAAUAUGAGUUCCGUGUAAUCGCCAGAAAUGCUGCUGGUGUUUUCAGUAUCCCCUCUUACAGCACAGGUCCUAUCACUGCCAGGGAUGAGAUUGAACCACCACGUCUCAGCAUUGACCCAGAAUACACACAAAACAUUGUAGUUAAUGCUGGAGACAACUUCAAGAUUGAUGCAGAUGUCCAUGGCAAACCAUUGCCCUCUAUCCACUGGAUGAAGGGAGAGCAGGAACUAGGCAACACUAUUCAUAGAGAGAUUAAGAAUACACCCACCAGAGCUUAUAUAUCUGUCAAGGAAGCUAAACUGUCUGAUGGAGGCCAAUACACCCUGCUAUUAAAAAAUCCAGGAGGAGAAAAGGCUGUACAAGUCAACGUGGUUGUUCUAGAUAAACCUGGAGAACCACAGGGACCUCUUGAUGUGACAGGAAUAAAUUUAGACCGUUGCUGUCUUGCGUGGAAACCACCACUUCAAGAUGGUGGCAGCAAGAUAUCUCACUACAUUGUGGAGAGGAGAGAGACAAGCAGACUAGUCUGGACUGUUGUUGAUUCGAAAGUGAAAAAUAUUUGCUUAAAGGUCACAAAGCUCCUGGAAGGAAAUGAGUACAUCUUUAGAGUGCGAGCUGUCAACCACUUUGGAGUGGGCGCACCCCUUGAGUCUACUGCAGUCACAAUCAAAGAUCCAUAUAUGCCUCCUGGCACACCGAAAAGUUUGGAAGUUUCAGAAAUUAAAAAGGAUUCAAUGAUGCUUACCUGGGAUGCUCCCUCAGAAGAUGGAGGCAGUCUUAUAACUGGAUACAUAAUUGAGAAACAUGACAAAGAAGGUGUAAGAUGGACCAGGUGCAACAGGAAAACAGUCACUGACUUGUCUUUUAAGGUGACCGGACUCCUGGAAAACCAUAGUUAUGAGUUCAGAGUUGCAGCUGAAAAUGCUGUCGGUGUUGGUGAGCCAAGCUCCCCAACUGUAUUCUUUAAAGCUCUUGAUCCCAUCUUCAGUCCUGGCCCACCACAUAAUCCACGGGUUACUGAUACAACAAAAACAUCAGUGUAUCUAUCAUGGGGCAGGCCUGUCUGUGAUGGAGGCUGUGAGAUUCAAGGAUAUAUUGUUGAGUGUUGCAUUACUACUGAGGCAGAGUGGAUGAUGUGCACACCACCAACAGGUGUUAAGAAGACCAAGUUUGAGGUUGCAAACCUGAAGGAAAACCAGGCAUACAAGUUCAGAAUAUUUGCUAUCAACAAAGUUGGAGUUGGUGAGCAUGCUGAUGUCUCUGGAGCUGUUAUCGUACAAGACAGGGCAGAAGAGCCAGACCUUGACAUUGACCCAGAACUGAGGAAAAUUGUGACCAUUAAAUCUGGUGCUUCUCUUAGACUUUUCAUUCCAAUCAAAGGAAGGCCCAUUCCUACUGUCAAAUGGGACAAAGAUGAAGCUGCACUAAAAGAGACUGCUCAGGUUGAGUCGACCAGCAGUUACACAUCCCUUGUAAUUGACAAAGUGAGCAGGAAUGACAGUGGAAAAUAUAAUCUCACUAUAGAGAACUCCAGUGGAACCAAAUCUGCAUUUGUUGUUGUCCGUGUCCUCGACACACCUAGUGCCCCUGUUAACCUGAAAGUAAAAGAAAUUACUAACCAGUCCGUGACUCUGGCAUGGGAACCAUCUCUUUUGGAUGGUGGGUCCAAGAUCAAGAACUACAUUGUUGAAAAGCGAGAGAGCACGCGCAAAACAUAUGCAGCAGUUGUCACAAAUUGUCAUGCUCUAUCAUGGAAAAUAGAGCCACUCCAGGAGGGUUGCAGUUACUACUUCCGUGUCCUUGCUGAGAAUGCUCAUGGUGUUGGCCUGCCUGUGUCAACUAUUGAUCCUCUAAAGGUCUCAGAGGUGCCCCAGUCGCCAAGGAGCUUGAUUGUUAAAGACCAAACCAAAACAAGUAUCUCAUUGGCUUGGGAGAGGCCAGAGUAUGAUGGUGGUAGCAGAGUAAUGCAGUACCUGCUCGAGGUGCAGCUUAAGGGUACUGAAAAGUGGUCUGGUGUGAACACAUUUAAGACAAUGGAGGCCACUGUUUCCAAUCUGAACCCAGGAGAGGAGUAUCUGUUUAGAGUUACUGCAAUCAAUGAUAAGGGCAAGAGUGACCCCAAAGUCCUUGCUGGUCCAGUCAUGACCAAGGACUUAGUCUUUGAGCCGGAAGUUCGACCAGGUUUUAGCAGCUACAGUGUCCAUGUGGGUAAAGACCUAAAUGUUGAUAUUCCUAUCUUUGGACGCCCUAAACCGACUGUCACAUGGUCUAAAGAUGGUGCUUCACUUAAGUUCACGACCAGAGUCAACAUUGUCAACACACCAACACAUACAACACUGAGCAUUAAAGAGGCAGCAGGGGAUGAUGGUGGAAUGUACAGUAUAAAUGCUGCAAACUCAGCAGGAAAGAAGGACACAACUGUAGAGAUCAUUGUACUUGACAAGCCUGGCCCUCCUUCAGGGCCUGUAAGGUUCGAUGAAAUCACAACACAGAGUGUCACUAUUUCAUGGGAUCCACCAAAGCAUAAUGGGGGCUGCCAGAUUUCAAACUAUAUUGUACAAAAGAGAGAUACUACUACGUCAACAUGGGAAAAUGUAAGCAUCAACUGUGCUAGAACUACCAUUAAAGUGCCUAGACUUAAGACUGGAGCUGAGUACCAGUUCAGGAUAAUUGCCCAGAACCGUUAUGGAAAGAGUCAUGGUCUGGAUUCAUCUGUUGUAGUUGCUCAGUACCCAUACAGAGAGCCAGGCCCACCAGGCACUCCUUUCAUUUCUUCGCUCUCUAGGGACCACCAGAUAGUGGAGUGGCAUGAGCCUGUCGCAGAUGGAGGCAGCCCUGUUCUCGGCUACCAUCUUGAAAGGAAAGAGAGGAAUAGUAUUCUCUGGGUCAAGAUCAACAAGACACUUAUUCAUGGGAAUAGUUUCAAGAGUCAUCCCUUGGAGGAGGGUAUAGAGUAUGAAUAUAGGGUCUAUGCUGAAAACAUUGUUGGUAUAGGCAGGUGCAGUAAGGUCUCUGAGGGCUGCUUUGCCCGUGACCCAUGUGACUCUCCUGGUACACCAGAAGCCAUCCAUGUGACCAAAGACACCAUUGUCAUUCAAUGGACUAAACCAGAGUAUGAUGGUGGCAGUAAUAUAACUGGCUAUACUGUGGAGAAGCGUGAUCUGCCAGAGGGCAGGUGGGUAAGGGCAAACUUCACAAAUGUCAUUGAAACACAGUUCACUGUCACUGGUCUGACUGAAAAUGCCCAGUAUGACUUCAGAGUCAUUGCUAAAAAUGCUGUUGGAACUGUAAGUAAGCCAUCUUACAACAGUGGACCAAUAACUGCAAGUGAUGAGUUGGAAGCACCCAAAUUCUCCAUUGACCCUGCUUUCACAAAGACCAUUAUCAUAAAUGCCAGAGAAACAUUUAAGCUAGAUGCUGAUGUCAGAGGCAAGCCACUGCCCAUGAUCCAGUGGUUCAAAGAUGAAAAACCAAUUGAGAAUACACUCAGACUAGAGAUCAAAAACACAGAAAACCAUGCAAUGAUUGUCAUCAAGGACUGUGUAAGAAUUGAUGGUGGAACAUAUACUUUGCAGCUAACAAAUGAGGCUGGUAUUGAAUCUGUUCCAUUCAAGGUCUUGGUUCUGGACAGGCCUAGCCCAUGUGAAGGACCCCUCUGUAUUGCAGGAGUGGCUGAAGACAGAUGCACACUGGUAUGGCGUGCUCCUCUGCAUGAUGGAGGUAGUCCUAUUACUCAUUAUAUCAUUGAAAGAAGAGAGACUAGCCGUCUAGCUUGGACUGUUGUUUCCAACAGCUGUGACAACACAUGCUACAAAGUCACAAAAUUACUGGAAGGCAAUGAGUACAUGUUCCGUGUCAUGGCAGUGAACAGUUACGGUAUCAGUGAGCCACUGGAGUCUGGUGGAGUGAUUAUGAAGACUCCAUUUGUUCCCCCUGGUCAACCUCACAUUGAAGAUGUAUCCAAUAUUGCCCAUGAUGGCAUGACCAUCACUUGGUCUGGCCCUGAGAAUGAUGGCGGCUGUGAGAUUACCAAUUACAUAAUUGAGAAGAAGGAUAGAAGUGGAAUCAAAUGGACCAGAUGCAACAGGCAAAAAGUAACAGAUCUCUCCUUUAGAGCUACAAGUCUUACCAAGGACCAUGAAUAUGAGUUCAGAGUGAUUGCUGAGAAUGUAGUUGGAGCGGGGGAGCCAAGCCUUCCAAGUUCAUACUUCAAGGCCUGUGAUCCCAAGUACAAACCUGGUGCCCCAGCAUAUGUAAAUGUGAUUGACUCCACAAAGAGUUCUAUUACAGUGUCAUGGGGUAAGCCUCUGUUUGAUGGUGGCAGUGCCAUUCAAGGUUACAUUGUUGAAGUCUGCAAGGCUGAGGAGGAGGAAUGGACCAUGGCAACCCCCCCAACUGGCCUGCGUGUCAACAAAUAUGAGAUUACAAAACUUACUGAAGGUCAGGAGUACAAGAUCCAGGUUUGUGCUCUGAACAAACUGGGUGUUGGUGAACCAGCAGCUCCUUCUGGAACAGCUAAGCCAGAAGAAAGGGUGGACCCGCCACAGAUCCAGCUUGACUCUGAGCUGAGGAAGGGCAUAAUUGUUAAAGCUGGUGGAUCAGCUAGAAUCAAUAUUCCAUUCAAAGGCAGGCCAACACCUGAGAUUAAGUGGACUAAGGAUGAGGGAGACAUGACUGAAAAGGUGGUGGUUGAGAAAGCUCUCAAUUUCACACAGCUGUCUAUUGACUCGUGUGACAGGGGUGAUUCAGGGAAAUACACCCUAAGCCUUACAAACAGCAGUGGCUCUGUGUCUGAGGUUGUUGCUGUUAAAGUCCUGGAUACACCCGGGGCCCCACAGAACCUUGUGGUUAAAGAAAUCAAAAGGGACUGUGUCACUCUGGUGUGGGAUGCCCCACUAAUUGAUGGAGGUUCUAAAAUAAAGAACUAUGUCAUUGACAAACGGGAAUCAACCAGAAAGGCAUAUGCAAAUGUGUCCACUAAAUGCAGUAAAACAACAUUCAAAGUUGAGAACUUGGUUGAAGGUGCCAUGUAUUAUUUCAGAGUCAUGGCUGAGAAUGAUUAUGGAAUUGGCCAGGCUGUUGAAACAAAGACAGCUUCCAAGGCUUCUGAGGUACCAAUGCCUGUCGGGAAUGUCUACCUCACUGAUGUUACCAAGGCCAGUGUCUCAUUGGCUUGGCAGAAACCUGAGCAUGAUGGAGGCAGUAGAAUUGGUGGUUACCUAAUAGAGAUGCAGCCAAAGGGUACAGAUAAGUGGGGAGUUGCAACAAAUACAAAGACAUGUGACGGCACUGUCACAGGCCUCACAUCUGGAACAGAAUACCUAUUCCGAAUCAUUGCUUACAAUGAGAAGGGUAAGAGUGAACCAAAGGCCCUUGCUGCACCAGUUGUUGCCAGUGACAUGACAAUGGAACCAAGCAUUAAGAUGCAAUUCAAAACUUACAGUGUAUUAGCUGGAAAAGAUCUUAAAUUGGAGUUCCCUGUCAUUGGUAGACCAAAACCUAGAGUCAUCUGGGCAAAAGAUGGUCAGUCUCUGAAAGUAACAUCAAGGGUAAAUGUAGUGAGCACUCCAUCCACAACUGGAAUUCAAAUUACUGAAGCGUGCAAGGAGGACUUUGGAAAAUACUCUAUUUCAGCAACCAAUACUGUGGGCACAAUCACAGAGGAUGUAACUGUCAUUAUCCUUGACAAGCCUGGUCCACCAACGGGUCCAGUCAAGGUUGUUGAAGUGAGCAACACCUUUGUUCAUCUUUCAUGGGAUCCACCUGAGUACACAGGUGGAUGCCAGGUAAAGAACUAUAUAGUUGAGAAAAGAGACACCACCACUACAACAUGGCAGUCUGUUACAACACAGCUUGCUAGAACAGCUUUCAAGGUCACAAAACUUAAGACUGGUGCAGAGUACCAGUUCAGAAUCAUAGCUGAGAACAGAUAUGGAAAGGGUGCAUCACUGGACUCCAAAGCCAUUGUUGUGCAAUAUCCAUACAAACCCCCAGGGCCUCCAGGAACACCACGUGUCAAAUCGGCAACAAAGGAAAUGAUGAUCAUUGAAUGGAAUGAGCCAGUCAUUGAUGGCGGAAGUGCAGUUAUUGGUUACCAUCUGGAAAGCAAGGAGAGAAGCAGUAUACUGUGGAACAAACUGAACAAAACUCUUAUCACUGAUACUCAGUUCAAGAUCUGCAAUCUUGAGGAGGGUAUUGGAUAUGAAUUCAGAGUCUGUGGGGAGAAUAUUGUUGGAAUCGGAAGAUGCAGUAAAGUCUCUGAGUCAUUUGUUGCUCGUGACCCAUGUGAUCCCCCUGGUGCUCCCGAAGCUGUAUCUAUUUCUAAGAACCUUAUCAAGAUUCAGUGGACCAAGCCUGAGUAUGAUGGUGGCAGCAAAGUUAAUGGAUAUAUAGUGGAAAGGAAAGAUCUUUCCUCCCCUGAUGGGCGUUGGGUAAGAGCUAACUUCACUAAUAUAAUUGAGACUGAGUAUACUGUCACUGGUCUUACCGAGAAUGAGCAAUAUGAAUUCAGAGUAAUUGCAAGAAAUGCAGCUGGAGUGUUCAGUGAGCCAUCCGACAGCUCCGGACCUAUUACGGCUACUGAUGAAAUUGAACCACCAAGGGCUUCAAUGGACCCAAAAUACAAGGAUGUCAUAGUUGUCAAUGCUGGAGAACAUUUGCUUCUUGAUGCAGACAUUUAUGGAAAACCAAUUCCUGAUGUUGUCUGGCUUAAAGACGGCCAGGAAAUGGACAAAGCCCUACGUAUUGAAGUGAGAACUACACAGAAACGUGCAACCUUAACCAUUAAGGAUGUUACCAAACUUGAUGCUGGCCACUAUGACCUUGUCCUAAAAAAUCUAGGGGGUACAAAGACCUUCCCUAUUACUGUCAGAGUCCUUGAUAAACCAGGUCCACCCACUGGACCCAUGAAUAUAACAGGAGUCAUGUCUGACAGGUGCACCCUUUCCUGGUCUGAGCCAUCCCUGGAUGGUGGGGCUAGCAUCUCUCACUAUAUCUUGGAGAAGAGAGAGACAAGCAGGCUGUCAUGGACAGUGGCGGCAGCAAAUGUAAAGACAUUGUAUUAUAAACUGACAAAUUUGCUCUCUGGAAAUGAAUACAUUUUCAGAGUCAGGGCGGUCAACAAGUAUGGUGUUGGUGAUAAUCUUGAGAGUGAACCCAUCAUUGCACAAAAUCCUUACAAGCCACCUACUGCUCCUGGAACUCCAGAGGCAAGUCAGAUCACAAAAGACUCAAUGAUUCUGUCAUGGACCCCUCCAGAACAGACUGGUGGUGCGGACAUUGAAGGCUACCACCUUGAAAAACGUGACAAAGAUAGUGUGAGGUGGACAAAAUGCAACAGACAAAAGCUGACUGACACCCACUUCAAGGUCACAGGUUUGUUGACAGAUCACUUCUAUGAGUUCCGUGUUGCAGCUGAGAAUGAGGCUGGAAUGGGAGACCUCAGUGAACUGUCUCUAAUGAACAGAGCUUGUGAUGCCACAACACCACCUGGUCCUCCACACCAUCCCAAGGUUACAGAUUACACAAAAUCUUCUGUGUCUCUGUCCUGGGGAAAACCUGAAUUUGAUGGUGGUGCCUAUAUUAAAGGCUACAUUGUUGAAAUGAGAGAGUCAGUAGAAAAAGAAUGGAACAUGUGCACUCCACCCACAGGCACUCAAGCCACAAAACUUACUAUCCCAGACCUGAAGGAGGGUGGAGAGUACCAAUUCCGUGUCUGCGCUAUUAACUCUGAGGGAGUGGGAGAGGCUGCUGAUAUCCAUGGCACUGUCGUAACUUCUGACAGGGCAGAAGCACCAGAGAUUGAGCUUGAUGCCGAUCUCAGAAAAGUGGUCUCUGUCCGUGCUGGUGGAACGCUUCGUCUGUUUGUCACCAUCAGAGGAAGACCUCAACCUGCUGUGAAAUGGGAAAAGGUUGAGGGUACUCUCACAGACCGGGCUUCUAUUGACACAACUAGUUCAUACACUAUGAUUGUUAUUGACAAUGUUAACCGCUUUGAUAGUGGGAAAUACUCACUUACACUGGAGAAUAGCAGUGGCAAAAAAUCUGCUAUCGUUGCAGUAAGAAUUUUAGAUACACCAAGUGCACCACAAAACUUUGCCGUGAAGGAGCUUAAGAAGGAUUCAGUAACUCUUGCCUGGGAUUCUCCACUUACUGAUGGGGGUUCAAAAAUCACAAACUACAUUGUAGAAAAGAGAGAGUCUGUUAGGAAGGCCUAUACUACUGUCACCAGCAACUGCACAGCCAACUCAUUCAAGAUUGAAGAGUUACCUGAGGGUGGAAUUUUCUACUUCAGAGUCUGUGCUGUUAAUGAAUAUGGCCAAGGACAGAUGGUUGAAACCAAAGAAGUCAAAGUGUCUGAAGUACCCCUGCCACCAAGCAAGGUUACCCUUGUAGAUUUGACAAAGACCAGCGUGUCACUAGCAUGGGCCAAACCUGCUCAUGAUGGUGGAAGCAAAGUUAUGUGUUACAAUGUAGAAUUCAAGCCUAAGAGUGGAGAUAAAUGGGGCACAGCAUGCACAGUCAAAGUGCCUGAAGCAACUAUUCCAAAUCUUACUCCUAAUGAAGCCUAUUUGUUUAGAGUUAUUGCAAUAAAUGAGAAGGGAAAGAGUGAGCCAAAGGAGCUUGGCUUGCCUGUGGUUGCAAAGGAUGUUGCAAUUGAACCAUCUAUCAAUUUGCUGUUUAACACAUACAGUGUGAAGUCUGGCAAAGACCUUACCUUGGAGGUACCAGUAAGAGGCAGGCCCAAGCCUGUCGUAUCCUGGAAAAAGGAUGGACUUCCGUUAAAGCAAACAUCAUCAGUGACCAUCCUGAACACAGCAACCGCUUCCAAAAUCAUUAUCAAAGAGGCUACCAGAGAACAUGUUGGAAAGUACGAGAUAACCUUGGCCAACACAGCAGGAACUGCCAAUGCGGAUAUUGGAGUUGUUGUCCUUGACAAACCAGGUCCACCUAAAGGCAUUAAGGUGGAUGCUGUGACUUCAGACAGCAUCACACUGUCCUGGUCCCCACCAGAUUACGAUGGUGGCUGCUCCAUCAGUAACUAUAUUGUUGAGAAGAGGGACACAAACACACAAGAAUGGCAGAUGAUAGCAAGUAAUGUUGCCAGAACAUCUUUCAAGGCUGGCCGCCUGACACAUGGCGCAGAAUACCAAUUCCGUAUCUAUGCAGUAAAUCGUUAUGGAAAGAGUGCAAAUCUGGAUUCAUCUGGUAUCACUGCAAUGUACAACUUCAAACAACCUGGACCUCCUUCCACCCCUAUAGUGAAGUUGGCUACCAAGUCUUACAUGCUGGUAACUUGGAAUGAGCCAGUCAAUGACGGUGGUAGCCCUGUUCUGGGCUACCAUCUUGAAAUGAAAGAGCGUACUAGCAUUCUUUGGACAAAGAUGAACAGAGGGAUGAUCAAAGAUACAGAAUACAAAGUCAACGCAAUUGAGGAAGGAAUGGUUUAUGAAUACCGUGUAUAUGCUGAAAAUAUUGCAGGUAUUGGUAAAUGCAGCAAGGCCUGUGAAGGUGUAGCUGCCAGAGAUCCAUGUGAUCCUCCAGGAACACCUGUGAUCACUGCAAUUACCAGAACAUCCGUCUCAUUGUCUUGGGAUAAACCAGAGUAUGAUGGUGGAGCCAAGGUUUCUGGCUACACCAUUGAACGCAGAGACCUUCCUGAAGGACGCUGGACAAGAUGCAACUUCACUAAUGUGCCCGAGACCCACUAUGAUGUGACAGGCCUUACAGAGAGCAGCCAGUAUGACUUCCGUGUCAUUGCAAAGAAUGCAGCUGGAUUAUUCAGUGAACCAUCUUACAACACUGGCCCCAUUACUGUCAAGGCUGAUGUAGAUCCACCACGCAUCAUGAUGGAUGUCAAGUUCAGAGAAACAGUGCUUGUAAAAGCAGGAGAAUCUCUGAAGAUAAAUGCUGAUCUUGCUGGUCGUCCUGCCCCUGUCAUUUCCUGGACCAAGGAUGGCAAAGAGAUUGAGCUGAGAGCCAGAAUCCAGAUUGUUUCAACUGACACAAGCACUUCUGUAGUUGUAAAGGAUUGCAUCAGAAGAGAUUCUGGACAGUAUGCCCUGACUCUACAGAAUAUUGGUGGAACAGUUACCAUGCCAAUAAACUGUGUGAUUUUAGAUAAGCCAGGACCUCCAGCAGGACCGCUACAGAUCACAGGUCUCACUGCUGAGGAAUGCACUCUGUCAUGGGGUCCUCCUCAGGAAAUUGGUGGUGCUGACAUCACACAUUAUGUUGUUGAGAAGCGUGAGACCAGCCGCUUGGCAUGGACAGUGGUAAAGGGAGAUCUCACAAAAACAUAUUUCAAAGUCACUGGACUGCUAAAGGGCAAUGAAUAUAUAUUUAGAGUUUUGGCUGUUAACAAGCAUGGUCCUGGUGAGUCUCUGGAAAGUGAUGCUGUAAAAAUUACAGAUCCGUAUACAUUUGCCACUGCACCAACUAGUGUUGAUGUCACAGUCAUAACUGGAGAUUCAAUGACACUCACCUGGUGUAAGUCAGUCAGUGAUGGAGGCAGUCCCAUCAUUGGAUAUGUGAUUGAACGCCGUGAGAAGACAGGCAUGCGGUGGAUCCGUGUGAACAGGGAUCUUGUUGUUGAGUGUACAACUGUGGCAACAAAGCUGCGCAAGGGUUGUGAGUAUGACUACAGAGUCUAUGCUGAAAAUGCUGCUGGUUUGAGCCCUCCAAGUGAACGAUCUGCAACAUUUAGAGCAUUAGAUCCUCUGGUUGUUUCCUCUCGCCCGACAAAGCCAAAGAUUGUAAAUUCAACUAAGGACAGCAUAACAAUUGUCUGGAAACCACCAACAAAUGAUGGUGGUGCUCCCAUCCUUGGAUACAGUGAAGAAUAUGAAGAGGAAGAGGAAGAGGAGGUACCUGAAUCACCUGAAGAACUUGCAAGAUGGGUUGAGGCUAUCCCUCUGACGAAGAGCUUGGAGUUCACCGUUACUGGACUAAAGACAGAUGCAGAAUACGAAUUCUCUGUCAAGGCAAUAAACAAAGUUGGCAGCAGUGUGCGUAGCCUAUUUUCAGAUGCAGCUGCAGCAAUGGACAGAACAGCAGAGCCAUCAUUUGAUGUUGACAUUGAGAUGCACAAAGUGCUUAUCGUUAAGCAUGGCACAGCAUUUACUCUCAAUGUACCAUUCAAGGGAAAACCUGUACCGUCAGUGACAUGGGUCAAGGAAGGUGUUGAUCUUAAGGUCAGAGGAACCAUUGAAUCAACAAAAUCUAACACUUCACUGACCCUUGAGAAGUCAACUAGAAAUGACUCUGGAGAAUACAGUGUUACUAUUGAAUCCCCAUUGGGAAAAGCAACAUUGCCAAUGGUUGUCAAGGUGCUUGACUCUCCUGGACCCCCUGUCAAUGUUAAAGUAUCAGCAGUGACAAGGGAUACAGCAACCCUCGCUUGGGAAGCUCCAGAGAAUGAUGGAGGUGAUGCUGUGAAGGCCUAUCAUGUUGAAAAACGUGAGGCCAGUAAGAAGGCUUGGGUGUCUGUGACCAGCAACUGCCACACACUUUCUUACAAAGUGGAAGACCUGCAGGAGGGAGCCAUGUAUUACUUCAGAAUUAUUGGAGAAAAUGAAUAUGGAGUUGGUGUUCCUCAGGAGGCCAAGGCUGGAACAAAGAUUACAGAGGUUCCAAGUCUGCCUAUGAAACUUGGAGUUGCAAAUGUUACAAAGGACAGUGUGACAAUUGCCUGGACAAGACCAGAAUAUGAUGGUGGUAGCAGAGUCACUGGUUAUCUUAUUGAUGCCCUGGAGAAGGGACAGACCAAGUGGGUGAAGUGUGCCACUGUGAGGACCAUGACCCAUGUUAUUAAGAACCUGAGGGAGGGUGCUGAGUACUUUUUCAGAGUUCGUGCUGAAAACCAUGCUGGACUCAGUGAACCAAAGGAGAUGAUUGUACCCGUAAUUGUCAAAGAAAUACAUGAGGCCCCUGAAUUUGACAUGAAGAACUAUCCCAAGAGUACAGUUUAUGUAAAAGCAGGAUCAGAUCUGACCUUUGAGAUCCCUCUUACUGGUAGGCCCACGCCAAAGGUGACUAUGUCCAAGAAUAAUGUUGUCAUCAAGGGAUCUAAGAGGUUGCUUACAGAAGUGACUCCAGACAGUUUAAUCAUCACUCUAUUAGAAAGCAUAUCAACUGAUGCUGGAAAAUAUGAAGUGACUGCCUCAAAUUCUGGAGGCACUACCAAGAUCUUGAUUAUCUUCGUUGUCCUGGAUAAACCUGGGCCACCAGCUGGUCCGGUCGAGAUCGGAGAGGUCGGAGAAACAACUGUAUGUCUGAAAUGGGCACCUCCAGAAUAUGAUGGCGGCAGUCCUGUCACCAACUACAUUGUUCUGAAACGGGAAACUAGCACUCCCACCUGGGCAGAGGUGUCAACUAGCAUUGCCAGAAGUGCAAUCAAGGUGAAUAAGCUGACAAAGGGAGAAGGGUACCAGUUCAGGAUUAAGGCUCAAAAUCGCUUCGGUGUCAGCGACCACAUUGACAGCCAGCCAGUCAUGAUAAAACUUCCAUACAUCAUCCCUGGACCCCCAUCUACACCAUGGCUCAGCUUUGUAUCUAGGGAGAGUCUGACAGUCUGCUGGAAUGAGCCUGUCAAUGAUGGUGGAAACCCUGUGAUUGGAUAUCAUCUCCAGAUGAAAGAGAGGAGCAGUAUCCUCUGGCAGAAGGUCAAUAAGACAGCAAUCCCAGGAAAUCAGUGGCGAGUCUCCAACAUCUGCCCUGGCCUCAUCUAUGAAUUUAAGGUAGCAGCUGAAAAUGCUGCAGGUAUUGGAAAGAUGAGCAAGACCUCUGAAGAAGUGCUUGCAAUUGAUGCCUGUGAGCCCCCAGCAAAUGUUCGCAUCACAGAAGUCACCAAGAACUCAGUCAGCCUGGCAUGGCAGAGGCCUCCAUAUGACGGUGGCAGCAAAAUUACAGGCUACAGUGUGGAGAGGAGGGAUGCUCCAAAUGGCAGAUGGGUGAAGGCCAACUUCACAAACAUUAUUGAGAUGGGCUUCACAGUUUCUGGACUGAACCAGGAUGAGUCUUAUGAGUUCAGAGUGUAUGCCAAGAAUGCAAUUGGGUCUGUCAGCAACCCAUCUCUCAUUGCUGGCCCAGUCACAUGUGUUGAUGCAUGUGGUGCCCCAGCUAUUGAUCUUCCUCCAGAGUAUCUGGAUGUGGUUCAGUACAAGGCUGGAACUUCAGUUAAGCUAAGAGUUGGCAUCAUUGCCAAGCCUCUGCCAACAAUUGAGUGGCUCAAGGAUGGAAAGGAGCUGGUAGCAACUUCUACAAUAUCUGUUGAGAGCACAACUGACUCUUCUGCUGUUCUGAUCAAAGAUGCAGCUCGCCUUCACACAGGCUCAUAUGAGAUAAAGAUCAAGAAUGUUCUCGGUUCAGCAUCUGCAACCAUUAGGAUUGAAAUCCUAGACAAACCUGGACCCCCAGCCGGCAUGAUUAACUUCAACUCCAUCACAGCAGACAAAAUUAUCUUCAGCUGGGAGCCUGUGCCUGAGUCAGACCAGGGUGGUUCAAAGGUCACCCACUACAUUGUUGAGCGGCGCGAAACCAGUAGAGUUGUCUGGUCAACAGUUUCAGACAGGCAUGAGGAGACACACGUCACUGUCGGCCAGCUUUUGCGUGGAAAUGAAUAUGUGUUCCGAGUAAUGGGUGUCAAUAAGUAUGGAGUUGGAGAGACACUGGAGUCAGAGCCUGUCAUUGCUAAGAACGCCUUUGUAACUCCUGGGCAGCCACAUACUCCUGAGGUGACUACCAUCACCAAGUCCACAAUGGUGGUAGAAUGGGACAAACCAGGUGUAGACGGAGGUAGCACUGUAACAGGCUACUACCUGGAGCGACGUGACAAGAAGAGCUUGCGCUGGAUAAGAGUUUAUAAAGACCCUAUCACUGACAUCAAACAGACUGUCUACCAUUUGACAGAAGGAAAUGAGUACCAGUACCGCAUCUGUGCCAUUAACAAAGCUGGGGAGGGACCGUUCUCUGAUGCAUCAGACUACUACAAGGCGGCUGACCCAGUUGAUCCCCCUGAUGAGCCAUGCAAGCUGAAGGUAGUGGACUCAACGAGGACAUCCAUUACUUUAGGCUGGUCCAAGCCAGAAUGGGAUGGAGGCAGUGAAGUCACAAACUACAUGGUGGAGAAGCUUAUUGAAGGAGAGCAAGAGUGGGCAAUGAUAACCUCCAAGGGAGAGGUAAAGACUACAGAAUACACAGUCCAUGACUUAAAACCAGAUGUCAACUACUUCUUCAGAGUCUCUGCUAUCAACUGUACUGGCCGAGGGGAGCCGCUGGAGAUGACUGAGCCUGUGCAGGCUAAGGAUAUCCUUGAGGAGGCCCAGGUUGAUUCAGAUGUGGCCAUGAGAACACACUACAUUGUGAAGGCAGGCAAGGAUGUGGAGCUGACUGUACCUCUAAAGGGCAGACCUUCUCCAACAGCUUCCUGGUGCAAGGGAGACGAAUGCAUUGAUCACAAUCCCAAAUAUGAGUUCCAUCACACAGACACCACUACAGUCCUUGUUAUGCGUGAGGUGACCAGGCUUGAUACUGGAAAGUACACAGUAAAGAUUGAAAAUGGUGUUGGAGAGCCAAAGAAACUGACCCUGUCUGUGAAGGUCCAGGAUACUCCAGCUCAGUGCAAGAAUCUUGUGCUGAAGGAGGUGACCCGUGGAAAGGUCACUCUCUGCUGGGAGCCUCCACUUCUUGAUGGUGGUGCUGAGAUCACAAACUACAUAGUUGAGAAGAGAGACUCCUCCAAGAGAUCUUACUCUGCAGUGACAAGCAAAUGCACAGACACAACAUACACUAUUGAAGAUCUCUCAGAGAAGACAUCCUUCUUCUUCCGUGUGUUAGCAGAAAAUGAGAACGGUGUUGGUGAUCCAUGUGAAACUCUUGAGCCUGUGAAAGCUACAGAGACCCCAGGACCAGUUAAGGAGGUUUCUAUGAAGGAUUCAUCAAAGACCUCUGUAACCCUGCAGUGGCUGAAGCCUGAUUAUGAUGGUGGCAGCAUUAUCUCUGACUACAUCAUUGAGAAGAAGCUCAAGGAUGAGGAAUGGUCAUUGGGAGGAACCAGCAGACAGUGUGAGUUUGAAGUUAAGAAACUCAAGGAGCACUCGGAUGUGUUCUUCAGAGUUGCUGCAAGAAAUGAGAAAGGACAGGGUGACUUUUUUGAGAUUGGACCUAUUAAAGUAAUCGAUUACAUCAUCACACCCGAGGCAAGCCUUGCUGAGUACCCAGAUGGCAGGAUAAGUGUCCGCCUGGGUCACAAUGUGCACAUUGAGCUGCCAUACAAAGGAAAACCAAGACCUUCUGUUCUGUGGCUGAAGGACAACCUGCCACUGAAGGAGAGUGACCAAGUUCGCUUCAAGAAGACGGAAAACAAAGCCACUCUAAUGAUUAAGAAUGUGACAAAGGAGAAUGGGGGCAAAUACACCUUGACUCUUGAUAACAAGGUCAAUAGGAGAUCCUCCCAUAUCCAUGUCAUCACACUUGGACCACCAUCCAAGCCUAUUGGACCCAUCCUCCUGGAUGAAGUCAGAGCUGAGAGCAUCAUGAUAUCCUGGGAAGAACCUAACGACGAUGGUGGUGGAGACAUUACCUGCUACACUGUGGAGAAGCGUGACACCUCCCAAUCCGACUGGAAGAUGGCCUGCUCCGGUGUACAGGGUAAUCAGUUCAAGGUCCCCAACCUUAUCAAGGGUGUCCAAUACCAGUUCAGGGUGUGUGCUGAAAACAGAUAUGGUGUCAGUGAGGCUUUAGUCUCACAGAUGGUCAUUGCCAAGCACCAGUUCAGACCUCCAGGCCCACCAGGCAUGCCCAUUGUGUAUAAUGUGACCACUGAUGGUAUGACAAUCCAAUGGGAGCAGCCAAUCUAUGAUGGUGGUACCCCCAUCCAGGGCUAUCAUGUGGAGAAGAAGGAAAAGAACAGCAUUAUGUGGCAAAAGGUGAACACUGUGUUGAUCACAGAAACAGACUACAGGAUCUUGGGACUCAUUGAAGGCCUUGGGUAUUCCUUCAGAGUCUACGCCCAGAAUGAUGCUGGCUUCAGUCGAAUGAGUGAUGAGAGCAAGUCAACCAUGGCUGUCAGUCCUGUUGAUCCUCCUGGCCAGCCUGAUUACAUUGAUGUGACUAGUGACACAGUGACCCUGAAAUGGGAUGCACCAAAGCGUGAUGGUGGUAGCAAGAUUGCCGGCUACAAUAUUGAGAAGCGUCAAGGACAUGGCCGCUGGUUCAAGGCCAACUUGACUGAUGUACAUGACUGCCAGUACACUGUCACAGGGUUGGCAACAAAUGAACGCUAUGAGUUCAGAGUGAUUGCAAGAAAUGCAAUUGGUGUUGUCAGUCCUCCCUCCAACUCCUCUGGCAUGAUUGUAGUUAGAAGUGAAAACGCUUGUCCAAAUAUUGAGUUUGGCCCAGAGUACUUUGAAGGUUUGACAGUCAAGGCAGGAGACAACAUCAGGCUGAAAGUGACAAUCACAGGGCGGCCUGUUCCCAAGGUGGUCUGGUACAGAGAUGGUGUUGAGAUUACCAAAAAGAUGAUGGACAUUGUCAAUGUCGCUGGAUCCAGCACCUUGUUUGUGAGGGAUGCUGAUCGUACCCACCGUGGCCUCUACACUGUGGAGGCUACAAAUGGAUCUGGAAGCAAGAAGGAGAAUAUCCUUGUUCAAGUCCAAGAUACUCCUGGGGAACCUGUAGGACCAAUGACGUUCAGUAAUAUCUCAGAAGGCAAGUGCACUCUGUCUUGGAACCCACCAGAGAAUGACGGCUGCGCCGAGAUUUCACAUUACAUUGUUGAGAAGCGUGAGACCGCCAAGAUCUCUUGGGCCUUGGUGUCUGAUGAAUGCAUGGAGUGCACAUUCAAUGCAACCAAGCUCAUCAAGACAAAUGAGUACCAGUUCAGGGUCUCCGCUGUAAACAAGUUUGGAGUUGGAAGAUCUUUGGAAUCCAGCCCCAUCAUUGCUCAGCUGCAAUACACUACUCCUGAUGCUCCAGGAACUCCUGACGCUACUGAGGUUACAGGAGAGAGCAUCACUCUGUCCUGGAGUCCUCCAACAUCUGAUGGAGGAAACCCCAUUCAGUAUUACCUCCUGGAGAAACGAGAAAAGAAAACUGUCCGGUUUUACAAGGUUAUAACCAAGAAGCCCAUUGUUGAAUGUGCCAACAAGGUGCUCCACCUAACAGAGGAUAUGGAAUACGAGUUCCGUGUAAUGGCAUUAAAUGAUGCUGGUGUUGGAGCUCCUAGCAACAUCUCUCUGCCUAUCAAAGCCACAGAGCCAAAGGAUAUUCCUUGUGCUCCAUCUGUAAUCUGUGUGUCCGACUCCACUAACACAUCCAUCAGCCUCGAAUGGACCAGGCCUGCGGAUGAUGGAGGCAUGGAGAUCACGGGUUACAUUGUUGAGAUGGUAAAGGGAGAAGAUGAAGAAUGGAAGAGAGUCAAUGAGGAGUUGGUCCCAGAAACAAAUUACAUUGUGACUGGUCUACAGACAGGGGCUGAGUACAAGUUCCGUGUGGCAGCUGUCAAUCACGUUGGUAGAGGUGAAGACAAGGAAAUUCCAGAGCCUGCUCAGGCUGUAGAUAGGCUAAUGCCACCACAGGUGGAUAUUGAUGCAACAUUCAAGCAGACACACAUUGUCAAGGCUGGAGGUUCUGCGUGCCUGGGCAUCCACUUCAGAGGAAAGCCUAUUCCGACAGCCACCUGGGUCAAGGAAGAAGGAGAACUAGGUGUCAUGUCAGAGAUCACAACUACAGAAGGCUACACUUCUCUAAGUAUUGAAAGCUGCUCAAGAAAUGAUACAGGUAAAUACACUGUUAACCUGGAAAACGCAAGUGGCAGCAAGUCCAUUACAUUCACUCUUAAGGUAAUGGACACUCCUGGAGCUCCACAGGCUGUAGCCUUCAAAGAGGUGUCCAGAGGCUCUGUCACACUUGUCUGGGAACCUCCUCUACUUGAUGGUGGAGCCCGAAUCCAUCACUUCAUUGUUGAGAGGCGUGAGGCUAGCCGUCGCACUUGGCAACAGUCUGGUGGCAAAUGUACACAGCUUAUCCUUAAGAUCCAGGACCUGCUUGAGGGAGUGCCAUACUUCUUCAGAGUCUCAGCCGAAAACCAACAUGGUGUUGGUGAGGCAUUUGAGCUUACUGAGCCUGUCAUUGCCACUGCAGAGCCCGCAAGUCCAAAGAGAAUGGAUAUCCUGGACACCACAGACAACUCUGUUUUACUGGGCUGGUUGAAACCAGAGCAUGAUGGAGGUAGCCGCAUCCAGUGCUACGUCAUUGAGGCUAAGCCAAAGGGUACAGACAAAUGGGUAGUGGUUGGAAACACCAAGAAUCUCACUUAUAUGGUUGAAAAGCUUAACAAGGGAGAUGAGUAUGACUUCCGUGUGAAGGCAAAGAAUGAGUCUGGCUACAGUCAACCCAGGGAAACUCUUACUUCUGCACUGGUCAAAGAGCCACACAUUGAACCAGCUGCUGACCUCAGUGACAUUGCCAACCAACUAAUUACAUGUAGGUCUGGCAGUACCUUCAUCAUCGAUGUUCCCAUCAGUGGUAGACCUGCUCCUAAAGUCAGCUGGAAGCUGGAAGAGAUGAGGCUGAAGAGCUCAGACAGAGUCUCCAUCAAAGUAACCAAGGAGAGAGCCAGCAUCUCAGUAAAGGAAGCCAUGAGAGGAGAUGGUGGUAAAUAUUUCCUAACUCUGGAGAAUGUAGCUGGAACCAGGACCUUUACCAUCAAAGUUAAUGUAACUGGUAGACCCAGUCCACCAACUGGACCCAUUGAAAUUUCAUCAAUCACCUCUGAGUCUUGCAUUGUAAACUGGCAACCUCCAGAGGAUGAUGGUGGCACUGACAUCACUAACUACAUUGUGGAGAAACGUGAGUCUGGCUCCACUGCCUGGCAGCUGAUCAACUCCAGUGUAAAGCGCACAUCUCUCCAUGUCAGUCACCUUACCAAGUACAUGCAGUACACGUUCAGAGUGUCUGCUGAGAAUAGAUUUGGUGUCAGCAAAACUACUGAGUCUGAGACAAUUGUUGCAGAGCAUCCUUUCACUCCUCCUGGCCCACCAACAAAACCCUCAAUCUUUAAUGUUUCUGCCAACACAAUGACCAUGAAAUGGGAGGAGCCAUACCAUGAUGGUGGCAGCAAGGUUACAGGUUACUGGAUCGAGAAGAAGGAAAGGAACAAUAUCCUGUGGGUGAGGGAGAACAAGAUCCCUUGCUUUGAGUGUUACUACAAGGUAGAGGGUCUGGUUGAAGGCCUGGAGUACCAAUUCAGAGUUUAUGCCAUGAACAGUGCUGGGCUAAGCAAAGCCAGUGAAGCCUCCAAGGGAGCAGUUGCUCAAAACCCAGUUGAUUCUCCAAGUAAGCCAGAAGUCACAAAUGUUACUAGAACCACCGUUUCCCUCAAAUGGUCAGCUCCACUGAAUGAUGGGGGCAGUCCCAUUGUUGGCUACAUUGUCGAGCGCAAGCCAUACACUUUGACUGGUGAAGGCCGCUGGCUUAAGUGCAACUACACCAAUGUGACAGACACUUUCUACACUGUAACUGCCCUGGGAGAGGGCGAGCCCUAUGAGUUCAGGGUCAUCGCCAAGAAUGCCAACCAGGUCUACAGCAUACCAUCUGAGUCCACUGGGUCUGUGCAAUGCAAGACAGACUUCGAACCUCCAAAAGCUCAGCUGGAUAGUAAACUCCUGUCUGAAACUGUGACGGUCAGAGCUGGUUCCGACCUGGUUCUGGACGCUGCAGUUGGAGGCAGACCUGACCCUAAAGCCUCUUGGUCCAAGGGCAACAGGGAUCUGGAAUUGUGUGAAAAGUAUCACCUUCAGUACACCCCCACCAAGGCCAUGGCCAUCAUCAAGUUCUGUGACAGAGAUGAUACUGGAAAGUACAUACUCACUGUCAGGAAUGUAAGUGGAACCAAGACUGCAGAGGUCAACGUCAAAGUGCUAGACACCCCUGGAGUUUGUGAAGGCAGCAUUAAGGUCAGCAAAAUCACAGAGGAGUCAUGCACACUAAGCUGGAAGCCUCCUCUUGAGGAUGGGGGCGAUGAGAUCUCCCACUACAUAGUGGAGAGGCGUGACACCAACAGACUGAACUGGGUCAUCAUGCAUGCUGAGUGCAAAGAACUCACUUGCGACAUCACUAGGCUCUUCAAGAAUACUGAAUACCUGUUCAGAGUCCGGGGAGUCAACAAGUAUGGAGCUGGAGUCUACCUCCAGUCAGAACCAAUAUUUGCAAGAAACACUUUCACUGUGCCAACUCCUCCUGGUGCUCCAGAAAUACUCGUGUCAGGAAAGGACUUUGCGACCAUUGAGUGGCUGAAGCCAGAAAGUGAUGGUGGUAGCCCACUGAUCCACUACCUUGUAGAGAGGCGCGAGAGGAAGAGUGCCCGCUGGGUGAAGGUGAACAGGGAUGGAGCCCACCUGGACACCACAUUGAAGGUGUCUGGUUUGAUUGAAAGCAACAUCUACCAGUUCAGAGUGACUGCCAUCAACAAAGCUGGAGAGAGUGAAACCAGCGAGGUUUCUCUGUAUGUUGUCUGCAGAGUGCCAACAUGUACCCCUGCUCCUCCCUCUAUUCCUCGUAUUACUGACACCCAUGCCGACAGCAUCAGCCUGGCCUGGUCCCGCCCUGUGGAGGACGGAGGAGCUGAUGUGAUGGGCUACAUCCUGGAGAUGCGGGAAGCUGGGGCAGAGGAAUGGAGUAAGGCCCAUGAAAAGACCCUUCGUGCAACUGAGCAUGUUGUGACCGGACUGUCUGCUGGCAAGAAGUACUGCUUUAGAGUUGCUGGCAUCAACAUUAACGGUACAGGAGACUUCAGUGAGCCUUGUACUGAGACUGAACCCGUGGAGAGAAUUGAAACCCCUGACUUUGAGCUCCAUGAUGACUUAAAGAAGACCAUCUGCUUGCGUGCUGGAGGCUCGCUACGAAUGUUUGUUAAAGUCACUGGUCGUCCUGCUCCUGCCAUCACUUGGAGCAAACAUGAUGUUGACCUUCAAAACAGAGGUUUCAUUGAGGUUACAAAUACGUCCACCACACUCAUCAUUGACAAGGUCCACCGCUACGAUGCUGGCAAGUACACACUGGUUGCUGAGAACUCAGCUGGAAAGCAGGAGGUCAACAUUCUUGUCAAGGUCUACGAUACUCCUGGACCAACUGGACCAAUCAAGAUUAAAGAGUUGACUAAGGAGUCUGCUACUAUCUCUUGGGAAGCCCCAACUGUGGAUGGUGGUGCUCCUGUCAACAACUACAUCAUUGAGAGGCGUGAGGCAUCCAUGAGAGCCUACAAGACCGUCACCUCAAAGUGUACUAAGACAUCAUACAAGAUUGACGGCUUGAUGGAGGGUAUGCUGUACUACUUCAGGGUCCUCCCCGAGAACAUUUAUGGUAUCGGUGAACCCUGUGAGACUCCAGAUGUCAUCCUGGUGUGUGAGGUUCCUCUGCCGCCACAAAAGCUGGAGGUGAUUGAUGUCACUAAAAGCACUGUCACCCUGGGCUGGGAGAAGCCAGAGCAUGAUGGUGGCAGCAGACUGACAGGCUAUCUCAUUGAAGCAUGCAAGUUCGGCACCGAUAAAUGGAUGAAGGUUGCUACACUGAAGACCACAGACCUUGAGCACACCAUCGAGAAGCUUAAUGAGAAAGAGCAGUACUUGAUAAGAAUCAGGGCAAUCAACAGCCGAGGAGCCAGUGAGCCCAAAGAGCUUGUCACAGCUGUCACAGUACAGGAACAGAGAGUAAUGCCUUUGGUAGACUUCUCCAGUAUUCCACAGAAGGUUGUCAAUGUCCUGGCUGGCAAGACUCUCGAUCUAGACCUGCCCAUCAUUGGCAGGCCUCCUCCUGUUUGUUCCUGGUACUUCAGUGAUAACAAGAUAAAAGUCACAGACCGCAUUAAGGUCAAGAGCACUGGCAAGUUUACCAAACUGACCAUGUCUGACACCACCAUUGAUGACACUGGCGACUAUACCCUGGAGGUGAAGAAUGCAGUUGGUGUUAUCAACGAGGUCAUCAAGGUCAUCAUCCUCUCCAAACCGGAUGAACCAAAGGGACCCAUUAGGUUUGAUGAGAUUGAUGCCACCACCGUCACCUGCAGCUGGGAUCCCCCAGUCAGAGAUGGCGGAGCUCCCAUUAGUGGCUAUGUGGUUGAGCAACGUGAAGCUCACAGACCUGGCUGGGUGCCAGUGUGCGACUCUGUGAGCCGACCAACAUUCAAGUUUGAGAACUUGAUUGAGGGAGAUGAGUAUGUCUUCCGCACAGCUGCCAUUAAUCGUUAUGGCACCGGAGAGUUCCAGCAGUCUGAGAUUGUAACCUGCAGGAGCCUAAAGAAUGUGUCUGGACCUCCUGGCCGUCCAACCAUCUUUGAUGUGUCCCGUGAUGGCAUGACUGUGGCCUGGAACCCACCAGAUGAAGAUGGUGGUCUUGAGGUUUCUGGAUACAUUAUUGAGCGCAAAGAAGUCAGGUCUGACAGAUGGGUACGGGCCAACAAGAACCCUAUCACCAUGACCAGAUAUAGGUCAACAGAGCUGAUUGAGGGCCUUGAGUAUGAACACAGAAUCACUGCCAUCAAUGCAAGAGGACUGAGCAAGCCAAGUCUGCCAUCUAAACCAGCAGUGGCAACAGAUCCCAUUGAUCCGCCUGGCUGUCCUCAAAACCCAAGGAUCACUGAUACCACCAAGUCCUCUGUAUCGCUAGCUUGGAGUCCUCCUGAUGAUGAGGGAGAUGCAAGAGUUGACGGUUACUUGAUUGAGAUGCAGAAGGUGGGCACAAUGGCCUGGAUCAAGUGCAACACCACACCAUCUCUAAUCUGCGAGUACACACUGACAAACAUGCCACAAGCAGAGGAGUUCAAAUUCCGUGUAAUGGCCUGCAAUGCUGGCGGUUCUGGAGAGCCAGCUGAGGUGCCUGGAACUGUCACUGUGACAGAGAUGCUUGAAUCCCCAGACUUUGAACUGGAGCUCAAAUAUAAAGAUUUGUACGUGGUCCGCCAGGGAGGAGUGGUUAGACUUUCUGUGCCAAUCAAGGGUAAACCUCAACCAACCUGCAAGUGGUCCAAGGAUGGCGGUGCAUACUCUACCAUGGCCAUGAUUGCUUCCACUGAGGAUGCCAGUGAGCUAGUGAUCAAAGGAGCGGAGAGGGGCGACUCUGGAGUAUACGACCUCCUGCUAGAGAAUAGGGUUGGCAAGAAGAAGGCUCAAAUAAAGGUAAAGGUCAUUGGCCGCCCAACUGCUCCAGAGGGACCAAUGCUCUUUGAGGAGAUCCAGGCCAACUCUGUCAAGGUGUCUUGGAAGGUGCCAACAGAUGAUGGUGGCUCAGAGAUCCUGGGUUAUAUCGUAGAAAGACGUGAGGCAGCCAGAAACGCUUGGUACACUGUGGACUCAAGGGUAACUGACACUCAGCUGGUUGUCAAGGGCUUAAAGGAGGGAACAGAGUACCACUUCAAGGUAACAGCUGAAAAUUCCUUUGGAAUCAGCUCCUCUCUGAAGUCGGAGCGGCCACUGGUGCCAAAGACUCCUCUCUGUCCCCCUGAGCCUUCAGCCACCCCACCAGAAAUUAUGGAUGUGACAAAGAGCUCUGUGGCAUUGGCAUGGUCCAGACCAAAGGACGACGGCGGUACUGCCAUCAUUGGGUACUUUGUGGAGUACAAACUGGUGUCUGCUGAGUCAUGGUCCCGACACCAGAGCAAGAUCACCUCUACUAUGUUUACUCUACCUGGACUCACCCCUGAUUCAGACUACCACUUCCGCAUUGUUGCUGUCAACGGCAUUGGUGAGAGCGAAGCUGGUCCUUUGUCAGACCCUGUCACGUGCAAGGAUCCUUUCGACAAACCAAGCCAGCCAGGAGAGAUUGACACAGUGAAGGUUUCAAACAACUGCAUUAACAUCCGCUGGCAAGCUCCAGAGUGUGAUGGUGGAAAGGAGGUCCUAGGCUACUGGGUAGAGUACAGAAAGUCCAUUGAGAGCACAUGGAAGAAGUGCAACAAACAGAGGCUGAAAGAAAAGGAGUUCAUCAUGCCUGGAUUGGCUGAGGCCACAGAUUAUGAGUUCAGAGUAUUUGCUGAGAAUGAGACAGGAAUGAGUAGACCCCGUAGGACUGCCACAUGCAUCAAGACCAAACUGAGUGUUGAAACUAAACCAAGUCUAAGAAAGGAAAUGGAUGAAGUAACGACCAAGCUUGGCCAGCCUGCUGUCAUGAAGUGCCAGAUUAUUGGUAGACCUGUCCCUGACAUCAAGUGGUAUCAUGCUGGCAAGGAGAUUGUUGAGUCACGCAAGUACGAGAUGAGCUCUGAUGGCCGCAACAACUCUCUAUCCAUCAUGACCGACCAACAGGAGGAUGAAGGACAGUAUACAUGCAAGGGCAUCAAUGAUGCUGGAGAAGCUGAGACCACAGGCAUGUUGGUGUUGGAAGCUGCUUCAUCCUUCCACCCCGACUACCCUCUGAAGGAGACCUACUACGCUGGCCUGGGAUCCACUCUGCGCGUCCACGCUGUCUACAUUGGCCGUCCAGAGCCAAAGAUCAUGUGGCUUCAAGGAUCAAAGACCCUGGAGAACACAGAGGACACAACCAUUGAGACCACAGAGCACUAUACACACCUGGUCAUCAAGAACGUACAGCGCAGACUCCAUGGAGGCAAAUACAGGAUCAGACUGCACAACCACUUCGGCAGGGCUGACACCGCAUUCAAUGUUGAAAUUUAUGACAAACCUGACAGGCCUCAGGGUCCCAUUGUGCUGGUUGCCCUCCUGAAGAACUCUGUCAUCAUCAGCUGGAAGCCUCCUACAGACGACGGAGGCUGCAUGAUCACCAAUUACAUUGUUGAGAAGCGUGAGGACAAAGAGGGCACUGAGUGGGAACUGGUAUCAUCAUCCAUCAAUGGCACAUCUUGCCGUGUACCUAACCUCAUUGACAGUGCCGGAUACUUCUUCCGUGUGUAUGCCCAGAAUCGCUACGGCAACAGUGAACCACUGGAGCUCACUUCACCUAUACUUAUCAAGAGCCAACUGGAGAAACCAUCCCCACCUCUUUCACCAGUUGUUUCUGGUAUCACUAAGGACUCUUGUGUGGUUUCCUGGAAGCCACCACUCAGUGAUGGAGGCUCCAAAAUCAAGAGCUAUUGCCUUGAGAAGAAGCAAAAGAAGGACAAGAAAGAAUGGAAUGAUUGGACCCCAGUGACCACGGAUGAAAUCAAACAAACAGUGUUCUCUGUCAAGCGUCUGACCGAAGGACUUGAGUGCAUUUUCCGUGUAAAGUGUGAGAAUGUCGGAGGACAAAGUGACUACAGUGAAGAGACUGCUCCCAUCAUUCCAGCCACAGCUGUAGAGGUUCGUGCUCCUGCCUUCAAGGAAGAGCUGAGGAACAUGAGUGUCAAGCACAAGAGCAAUGCUACACUUGUCUGCAAGAUUACAGGACAGCCUAAGCCUGUGAUUAAAUGGUUCAGGCGAGGAAAAGAGAUCCACUCCGAUGGAAAGAAGAUUAAGAUCCAGGAGUUUAAGGGAGGUUACCACCAGCUGGUCAUCACUGAAGCUGAUGAGGAAGAUUCUACUGUGUACCAGAUAAGGGCAACCAACCAGGGUGGCUCCAUCUGUGCAACUGUCUCUUUGGAUGUUGAAGUUCCUGCCAAGAUCAACCUGCCAAAGAAUCUGAAGGACAAGGAAGCUAUCCCUGCCCUGCGUGGAGAAGUUGUCAAUAUCAAGAUUCCUUUUGGUGGCAAACCAGAUCCUGUCAUCACAUGGCAGAAGGGACAAGAUCUCAUUGACAGCAACGGUCACUACCAAGUUAUUGUCACAAGAUCAUUCACUUCUUUGGUGUUCCCCAAUGGAGUGGAGAAAAAGGAUGCUGGUUUCUACAUUGUAUGUGCCAAGAACAGAUUUGGCAUUGAUCAGCAGACAGUCGAGCUGGAUGUGGCUGACGUACCUGAUCCUCCACGUGGUGUCACAGCUAGUGACGUCUCUAGAGAUUCAGUCUCACUGAACUGGGUAGCCCCAGCAAAUGAUGGUGGCAGCAAGGUUGUCAGCUACAUCAUUGAGAAGUGCCCAACAACUGCUGAGAGGUGGCAGCGUGUAGCCCAGUCCCGUGACACCCGUUACACCGUUACCAAUCUGUUCGGCGGAACCAGUUAUCAAUUCAGAGUCAUUGCGGAGAAUAAAUUUGGACAGAGUGCUCCAUCAGAGACCACUGGACCGGUCAUGACCAAGGAGGACAAAUCUAGAGUUCUGCUAUACGACAGAGAGGUUGAGGAUACUGAACGUGUGCCCAAAGGAAAGGCUCCACAUUCCGAAGCCAAGAAUUUGCACAACAAAUAUGCCAUUGCAGAAGAACUGAGCAGAGGUCAGUUUGGUAUUGUUCAUCGCUGUGUAAGCACUAGCUCUGAGAAGACCUACAUGGCUAAAUUUGUCAAAGUAAGAGGCGCUGAUCAAGCAAUUGUCAAGAAGGAAAUUGCAACACUGAAUUUGGCUAAACACACUAACUUCCUUCUCCUCCAUGAGUCUUUUGACAGCCCGGAGGAGCUGGUGAUGAUAUAUGACUUUAUCUCAGGUGCUGACAUAUUUGAACGCAUCAACAUAGCAGAGUUUGAGCUCAAUGAACGUGAGAUUGUCAACUACAUCAGACAGAUCUGCUCAGCUCUUGAAUUCCUACAUGCAGAGAGCUAUGGACACUUUGAUAUUAGACCCGAGAAUAUUGUGUACACUACUAGAACUAGCUCUAAUGUGAAGAUUAUUGAGUUGGGCCAGUCCAGACACCUGACCCCUGGAGAGCAAAUCAAGAUUCAGUAUACCACUGCAGAGUAUGCUGCGCCUGAGAUCCACCAGUGUGAUAUGGUUAGCAGUGUCACUGAUAUGUGGUCAGUUGGUGUCCUUGCCUAUGUGCUUCUCAGUGGACUUAAUCCUUUCAUUGCGGAAACCAAUCAACAGAUGAUUGACAAUAUCUCCAAUGCAGCCUACAGCUAUGAUGACGAGUCCUUCAAGCAAGUCAGUGUCGAUGCAUUAGACUUCACAGACCGCUUAAUGACAAAGGAACGUAAGCAUCGUAUGAAUGCAGCAGAAGCUCUGGCACAUCCUUGGUUGACUAAACCUGCUGAGGACAUCAGCACCAGAGCGAUCACAACUAGCAGACAUAAGCGAUACUACCAGACAAUGGUGAGGAAGGAGUGGAGCACUGUCGUCUCAGCAGCCCGUGUUGCCAGCGGUGGGUCCAUCAGGUCCCAGCGCGGUGUUUUUGUAGCAAAGGUGAAGAUUGCGCCAUUUGAAAAUGGUCCUGUAGCUGGCCAGAUUAGCCACGCUGUGGUAAAUGAGGGCAACAGUGUGAAGUUCAUCUGCAACAUUGAAAACUAUGAUAGCACCACUGAAGUGACAUGGUAUUGUGGUGUCAGGCAACUUGAAGCUGGUGACAAAUAUGAAAUCGAAUAUGAGGAUGGACUAGCUGUUAUCACUAUCAACAAGAUCACAAGAGCAGAUGAUGGUACUUACAGAUGCAAGAUUGUGAAUGAGUAUGGUGAGGACAGUGGCUAUGCAGAGCUAUUCAUCAAUGGCGUUAGAUCUUACCGUGACUUCUUCAUCAGCCGUGUGGUCAAGAGAACAAAGCGCAGAGUUGACACUGCCAGAAUGCUUCAGAAGCCACCAGAGUUCACACUUCCUCUGGUCAAUCAUACAGCCUACAUUGGUGAAGAUGUGCGUUUUGGUGUCACAAUCACUGUUCACCCUGAGCCUCGUGUCAUCUGGCACAAAUGUGGACAGAAGCUUAUACCUGGAAAUGAUGACAAGAAAUACACCUUUGUCAACGACAAGGGCCUGUACCAGCUGAUUAUCCACAAACUUGAAGUUGAUGAUGAUGCUGAGUACAGUGUUGUUGCCCGUAACAGGUACGGUGACGACAGCUGCAAGGCUCACCUUACUGUGGUUCCUCGACCUAAGCCAGCUGAUCUUACCUUGAGACCCAUGUUUAAACGCCUGCUUGCCAAUGUUGAGUGCAGAGAGGGCCAGAAUGUGCGCUUUGAGAUCAGAGUAUCAGGCCAUCCUGCACUGAAGUGGGAAAAGGAUGGCACACCUUUAGCCUUUGGACCAUCAAUUGAAGUUGUUCAUGAGGGUCUGGAUUACUUUAUCCUUCAUGUAAGAGACACUCUUCCAGAAGACUCUGGUGUGUACAGAGUUACUGCAACCAACUCUGCUGGGUCAGCCAGUUGCCAGGCCACUCUCAAAGUGGAACGUGUUGCCCAUGUAAAGAAGGAAUAUGAGAUGACUGCAAAGGAGAAGCAAGCUGCAGCUGGAAAAGAGGCCCUUGAGAAAAAAGUCAGGCUCUCUCAGAUUUUGACCGGCACUGUUAUUAUACCUUUACCACCUGCAGCAGUACAAGCUGUCAGGGAAGCAGCCACCAUGUUCAAACCUGCUGUGACAACAAAGAAGGGUGAAAAGACUGAGGCUGAGAUACAGAAAGAAAAAGAGGAGAGGAAGAAGCGGGCAGAUGAGAAGAGGCUGCGUAUGCCCUAUGUUGUCCCUACUCCCCGAGUUGUUAAUCCAGCUGCCCUUGAAGAAGAUGUGGAAAUAAAGCACUUCCAGCCACUUUCUGACAUGAAGUGGUAUAAGAAGCUUCGGGAUCAGUAUGAGUUCCCUGAACCUAUGGAAAAAAUCACACAGAAGAGAAUGAAGCGCAUUCGCCUUUCACGGUGGGAGCAGUUCUAUGAGGUGCCGAUCAGAAUCAAGGACCAGUACAAGCCUAAGUGGCGCAUCUCAUCCUUAACUCAGGAUGAUUUGGAAACUGUGAGGCCUGCAAGGCACCGCACUCCUUCCCCUGAGAUAGAUGUCUACCACAGGAUCAGGAGGAGGUCCCUGGGUGACCUUUCAGAUGAGGAGCUGCUUUUGCCUGUUGAUGAGUAUUUGUCAAUGAAGAGAACAGAGGAGGAUAGGCUUCGUCUGGAGGAAGAGUUGGAGCUUGGCUACUCUGCUUCUCCACCUAGUCUCAGCCCGGUUCGUUUCGAGCUGUCAGCCUUGCGUCCCUCAUCUCCUAGAAGAGCCUACAGUGAUGACGAAGAGGGAGAAGAAAUUCGCAGAUAUGACUCUUACCGAAUCCCAUCUAAAUAUGAGGCAGGCCCAAGUUUUGUUGACCUUCGCCAGCGUCAUGACAAAACAACAUACAAACCUCCAAGACAGAAGCAGAGAGUGUAUGAAGAGAGAGAAGAUCAAGAGCUGCUCCGCCCACACACAACUGCUCAGAGGAUCUCCUCCUACAAGAGUGAACUCAAACGCAUGGAGUUUGAGGAGAAGACUAGGACCGUGAAAAAGGAAACAACUGUCACUGUUGCAUACUCUGAGGGUAUUGAAUCUGAGCACCUGACAUCCUUUACCUCAGAAUAUAUUCCUAAACCAAUCAAGAAGAUCCCCAUGCCUGAGCCUGAGAGAAGGAGAUCUCCUACACCAGGAAAGGCUGCCAAGACAGACGUGACCCUUCCAAGAGUUGAUUUUGCUUCCAGGUAUGAGGAGAGAAAGCAGGCUCUAAGAUCAGAAAGAAGAUCAGUGGAAAGGAAGGUUGAGGUGGUGACACAGGCUCCCUUCAGCCUUGACCAUGCCCCACGUAUUACCAUCAGGAUGCGUUCUCAUCGUGUGCCCUACGGCUCAAGCACAAAGUUCACCCUGAAUGUCCAGGCCAAACCAGAACAAGAGGUCAAGUGGUUCCACAAUGGAAAGGAGAUUAACCAGAGUAGCAAAUACCACAUGACCAACCUUAGUGGGGUUCUUACUCUCCAGAUCAUCAACUGCAUCACUGAAGAUGCUGGAACUUAUCGUGUUGUCUGCAGGAAUGCCAAAGGAGAGACUUCUGACUAUGCCACCCUGGAUGUUGCAGGAGCUGAAUACGCUGCCUUCUCUUCACUCCGCAAGGAUGAGGAGCCUCCAUCCUCUCAUCUCCCUGAGAUGACCAGAACAGAGAUGUAUCAUGUCUCUUCCUCUAAAACAACAGUGAAGGAAACUAAAACUACAACAGAGUCAGUCACUGUUGUUGAGAAGCAAAGAGAGAAGCCCAGCUUAUCUGCAAGGUUCCUAACAAAGCCGAAUUCCCUGACUGUACAGGAGGGAGACUUUGUCAGGUUUGACUGUGAUGUGGAAGGUGAACCAGCACCGUCUAUCACUUGGCUGCACAAAGGAACAGUUGUUGGUUCCACUGCCCGUCACCACGUCAUCUCUUCUCAGAAUAACUCCACCUUUGAGAUCUGUGCUGCUGAGAUGUCAGAUGAAGGCAGCUACAGUGUGCUUGUGGAAAACGCUGGAGGCAAACAAGAGGCUCGAUUCACUCUGACCAUCAACAAGUCCAUGGAGAAAGUUGCCUCUCCCAGAGUCACCUCUCCAGAAGCCAAGUCUCCUCUCGCCAAGUCCCCUGAACCAGUGAAAUCACCUCAGAGAGUCAAGUCCCCUGAGCCAAUCAAGUCACCUCAGAGAGUGAAGUCUCCAGUCUCACCAAAGUCCCCUACACCAAAGUCCCCAACACCAAAGUCCCCUACUCCAUCUGAGAAGGAAUGAGUGACUUCUUCUACAAAGUCACUGCAGACUGGCGGAGAUUUCAACUGAGACUCCAGCUCAGCAACUGUCAACUUUGACAUUUGGUCCAUGAAAAAAAGCUAAUUUAUACCCCCCGUUUUUCUUCAUCCAGAACCUUUUAUUUAGUGAAUUAGCUAAAAUAAUACUUGAUAAAGAUCUGGAUUUCUGUUCUUGUAAAUAUAAACUAUUUUUGUACCAAACUUGACAUUAAUUUAUGCCAAACUAGACUCAAGUCUAAAGUUGUUAUGAAAUGUGCCAUAUUGGACAAGUAUGACUUAGGAUUUUUUAACCACUUUUCUGUGACAUGUACAUAAUGUAUAUAGCCGAAUUGAACGGUUAUGGGAAAUGUAUGCAUUGUUAUUUAUGACAAUAAUAUUAACUGAAACAAAAGAACAAAUGUUUUAACAGGAGAAAGUUUCACCUAGAACGAAUACCCUGUCAAACCAAGAAACUAAACAAUGUGCCUCAACGAUACGUUGAAGUCUUAAGAUUGCCUCAACAGGUAGAGAGGCUCCCUGUUGAUGUUAUGAACCACAAACAGAAAGACAAAGUUAUUGUUUUGAAGACGCGUCUGUGCGUGUUAUAUUACAGUUUCCUAUGAGUUGUACCAUGAGCGUAAGACCCUGAGUGCUGUUUGCAUUACCCUCAUGUAAGCAGCAUGAACUGGUCUUGUGCUCAGACUGACUGUGUCAUACCACCACGAUUUGAUGAGCAGCUCAGAGUGCAAGCGGCAUGCACUCUCAGCAUUUAGAUCUUUUUAUUUAAGAGCGCUGCUUCUGGCACAGAAUCGCCGGAUUGGCUUUUCUAAAUGUUACAUCUCCUGGCCAUAAAGAAACACAAAGUCAAAGCCGGCUCUGCUGUGCAGAAGCAGCGCUGUCUCUUGGAGGAUAGAUAACUAACGUGUUUUUGUGUUUGAGUGUGAGUGUUUGUAGCUUUUAGUCAUUUCACCUUGUCAGUAGUCAGGUCGUCUUCUUCUGCCUCACCACAGAGACUCUAGUUCCUGUGAGAAGAAAGAAUAGCAGACACAUGGUGCCCUGCACUUUUAUUUAAUUGAUCUGUUGAUGUAGAACUAUAAGUUGUCCUCCUUGAGUUUUAUGCAUUUCUGAUUUAAUAAAGCAUGAUUUCAGCACUA